CUCACAAUGAAAAUAACUGAGUUAUAAUGUUAUAUGUGUCACUUCUCUACGUUUGGAGUAAAUCUGGAAACAUCUCUCGUCGCUCUCUUCGUUAGGUAAACCAGCUGACAGGUGUGACAACUUGCAUAAAAUGGCUCUGCUGCCCUCCCAUGAUUCCCUGCAGCACCGACCAAUGGCGUGGCUCGUCCUUUGUGAUGUCACAGCGGUAUAAAGCCCCCCGCCGCCCGGCUGCCUGCUCUGAGCAGAGUCAGCGUUCCCGGCCUGGACGCCUCGGCUGGAGGGACUGCUGUCAGAAGGAAAAACAAAACUACACGGCGCUGACGGCCUGUAGUUUUGUUUUUUUCUGUGGGGUUCCUUUGAGGCUCAGCUGUUCUCUUGGAUUUUCUGACUGAAAUUUCUGGAUAAAGAUUUUCUGAUCUUCUGCAGUCAGCCCUCCUUUGGGCAUCCCAGGCAUCCUUGUGCAGACAAGGUGCCAACCAACAUGACAACACAGGCGCCAACGUUCACACAGCCGCUGCAGAGCGUCGUAGCACUUGAGGGUAGUGCUGCGACGUUCGAGGCUCAAGUUAGUGGUUCUCCAGUUCCUGAGGUGAGCUGGUUCCGUGAUGGCCAGGUUCUUUCCGCCGCCGCUCUGCCCGGCGUUCAGAUCUCGUUCAGCGACGGCCGCGCUGUUCUGAGGAUCCCCGCUGUGACCGCCGCACACAGCGGAAGAUUUUCUGUCAGAGCCACCAACGGCGCUGGACAAGCCACAAGCACCGCCGAACUCCUUGUUACAGCGGAGACGGCGCCUCCAAACUUCCUACAGAGACUGCAGAGCUCCACAGUGAGACAGGGCAGCCAGGUGAGGCUGGACGUCCGAGUUACAGGUAUCCCCGAACCUGUGGUCAAGUUCUACAGAGAGGGAGCCGAGAUCCAGAGCUCGGCCGACUUCAGGAUUCUCCAGGACGGAGACCUGUACAGUCUGCUGAUCGCUGAGGCCUUCCCAGAGGAUUCUGGGACGUAUUCUGUGACCGCUACCAACAGCAGUGGACGGGCCACCUCCACCGCAGAACUGCUGGUUCAGGGUGAGGAAGCUGUGCCCACUAAGAAAACCAAGACUAUUGUGUCCACAUCCCAGAUGGCGACUUCCCAGACCAGAGUGCAGAGGAAAAUGGAGGCGAGUUUCCAGGCCUCCACCAUGAUGGAGAUGCACGUAGAAGGAGGAAUGAUGACUCAGCAUUUGGCUCACAAAACCCCCCCGCGGGUUCCCCCAAAGCCGACCUCCAAGUCCCCGCCCUCCUUUGUUUCCAAGAUGUCCGGAGGGCGCCAGCAGUCACCUUCACCUGUCAGACACGUGAAGGGGCCAACACCCACACCUAUCAGACCUGUUUCUCCCUCCACCCGACUGUCCGUCUCCCCCAUCAGACCGGUCAAGUCUCCUGUGAUGACCAGGAAACAGGUAUCAGCUGCAGCUGAAGUCCUGCCGCCAUGGAAACAGGGAGACUACGUGGCUGAAGCCGGCUACACCAGUAUGACCAGUAUGACCAGCAUGACCAGUGUCAGCAGCGCUGCCCAGGUGCAUAUGGAGAAACACUGGGAGCAGCAGGUCACCGCCACCAGAGAGGACGAGUAUGUUUCCCCGGACGAUAAAAGCGUGGCGGUGGCUACUGUGGUUGCAGCCGUGGAUCAGGCUCGUAGCCGGGGGCCGUCUGAGGCCGCAGUGUCUGGAGAACAGGUAGACGCCCCCCUCCACCCCCACCCCCCCACGUCUGCUUCCAUCACCCCUCCACCUGCCACCUCAGACGCUGAGGGAGGGAAAAGAGCCGGGGCGGUGGCCACAGUGGUGGCCGCCGUCGACCUGGCUCGCGUCCGCCAGCCCGUGCAUGCAGAGGGCGGUGGAGCUGAAGAGGAGGAGGCUGUGGAGGUGGCGAUAAGGCAGCAGGCGGCAGAGAAACAAACUGUCGCAGCUACAGCAGCGGCUGCCGUUGCCGUGACCUCAGAGCAGCACAGAGUCCAGGUCUCCCAGAUUCAGAGAACAACAGAAAUCUCCUCCUACGUGGACUCUGGUGUCUCCGCGUCCUCAGUCCCACAUUUCACAGUCUCUAAAGUUUCUGUCCCUAAACAUGAAGCGAGCCACGAGGUGUCCAUCGCCGGCUCUGCCAUCGCCACUCUGCACAAAGAGCUGUCCUCCCCCGCCGCCCGCAGAAAGGUCAUCAAGCCCGUCAAGUCUCCCAGUCCAUCUCGCAGGGCGGCGGUGGAGGUGCGGGUGACGCCGGAGCCCCUCCCCCCACCGUUCAAAGACGUCAGAUAUCAGAGUCAGGUUGAGUUACAGCAGGGCGGGGCUUACGCAGUGAGUGAAGAGGAGUUUGAGGACUGGGAGCCUCAGGCAGCUGCUGUGCCCACGAGAGCCCAGGAGCCUGUGGUCCCUCCCACUCUGAUCGCUGGCCUGAAGAACGUGACGGUGACGGAGGGCGAGUCCGUGACCCUGGAGUGUCAGAUCAGCGGUCACCCAGCUCCCGUCAUCAUGUGGUUCAGAGAGGACUACAAGAUCGAGAGCUCCAUUGAUUUCCAGAUCAGCUACGAGAACGGAUUUGCCAGGCUGGUGAUCCGCGAGGCGUUCGCUGAAGACAGCGGACGCUUCACCUGCACCGCCACCAGUGAGGCGGGAACCGUCAGCACCUCCAGCUACCUGCUCGUCAAAGUGUCAGAAGAAAUCGAGAGCAGAGAGGAGACGACUGUCACUGAAAUUGGAAUCACACAAGAGAAAACUGUUGCUGUAGAGACAAAGGAACAGAUGGUGGCAGAGGUGACUACAGGAGAGUCCGCUGCUCCCUUCUUCAUCAAGAAACCCACUGUUCAGAAGCUGGUGGAGGGAGGAAGUGUCGUCUUCGAAUGCCAGGUCGGAGGAAACCCAAAACCUCACAUCAUCUGGAAGAAGAGCGGUGUGCCGCUCACUACUGGAUACAGAUACAAAGUCGCCUACAAGAAGGAGACUGGAGAAUGCAAACUGGAGAUCUCCAUGACGUUUGCUGAUGAUGCUGGAGAAUACUCCAUCUUCGUCAAGAAUCCUCACGGGGAAGCCUCGGUCUCCGCUGGCCUGCUGGAGGAAGAGGAAUAUGAAGCUUAUAUGAAGCAACAUGACGUGACGUAUAAAACUGAAGUAACAACAACAGUGGUCCAGGAGCCCUCUGUGGUUGUGAGCCAAUACGAGCUGGAACAGAAGAGGGUGACGACCCCCAUGAGCUUUGUCUCAGAAACGGAAUUCCUCAUUUCAGCCUUUGAGGAGAGGAUCAUUCAGGAGAUUGAGCUCCGUAUCAUGAGGAUUACCUACAGAGAGCUGGUGACAGAGGACGGAGAGCUGAUGGUGACUGCAGCAGAAGAGGAGGCAGUGCAGCCGGCCUUUGACACACCAGUCAAAAACUACCGCAUUAUGGACGGAAUGGGCGUUACUUUCCACUGCAAGAUGGGUGGAAAUCCACUGCCUAAGAUUGUUUGGUACAAAGACGGCCAGCGCAUCAGAGCUGGUGGCCGUUACCAGAUGGAGGUUCUUCAGGAUGGACGAGCCAGCCUUCGUGUACCUGUGGUGCUGCCAGAGGAUGAAGGCGUGUACACCGCCUUUGCCAGUAACAUGAAAGGAAAUGCUGUCAGCUCUGGGAAGCUGUACGUGGAGCCGUCCGGAGCUGUAACACCUCAGAGAUACACACCACAGCCGGCAAUGCAGAGAAUCAGGUCCACAUCUCCUCGUUCUCUGAGCCGCUCACCUGGUCGUUCUUCCAGCCGUUCUCCUGGACGUUCUCCCGCCCGUAGGCUCGAAGAGACAGAUGAGGCUCAGCUGGAAAGACUCUACAAACCUGUGUUUGUCAUGAAGCCUUCCUCAAUAAAAUGCUCCGAGGGGCAAACUGCCAGAUUUGACUUGAAGGUUGUUGGCAGACCCAUGCCCGACACAUACUGGUUCCACAAUGGACAACAAGUGGUCAAUGACUACACCCACAAGAUAGUGAUUAAAGAGGACGGUAUUCAGUCCCUGAUCAUUGUCCCGGCCAUGCCGCAAGACUCUGGAGAAUGGACAGUCGUGGCUCAGAACAGAGCUGGACGAACCUCUAUUUCUGUAAAUCUUACUGUUGACGCUCGGGAGAGCGUAGCACGCCCUCAGUUCACUGACAAGCUGAGGAACAUCACUGUGAAGCAGGGAACUCUGGUUGAACUGGCUGUUAAAGCCAUUGGAAACCCCCUGCCUGAUAUUGUCUGGCUGAAGAACAGUGACAUUAUCACACCACAGAAGCACCCACACAUCAAGAUCGAUGGUACUAAAGGAGAGGCCAAAUUCCAGAUUCCCUCAGCAGCUGGCUCAGACAGUGCCUGGUACACAGCUACAGCCAUUAACAAGGCUGGUAGAGACACAACUCGCUGCAGAGUCAACGUUGAGGUGGACUUUACUGCCCCUCAAGCUGAGAGGAAGCUCAUUAUUCCCAAAGGAACCUACAAGGCCAAAGAGAUUGCAGCUCCGGAGCUGGAGCCCCUUCACAUGCGAUACGGUCAAGAGCAGUGGGAGGAGGGCGACCUUUACGACAAAGAGAAGCAGCAGAAACCGCUGUUCAAGAAGAAGCUGACCUCUAUCCGGAUGAAGCGUUUCGGUCCAGCUCAUUUUGAGUGCAGACUGACCCCUAUUGGUGACCCCACCAUGGUGGUGGAGUGGCUGCAUGAUGGCAAACCCCUGGCAGCCGCUAACAGGUUGCGCAUGGUCAAUGAAUUUGGCUACUGCAGCCUUGACUAUGAAGUUGCUUACGCUAGAGACAGUGGCGUUAUCACCUGCAGAGCCUCAAACAAGUUUGGAGUUGACCAGACCUCAGCCACCCUGAUCGUCAAGGAUGAGAAAGGUCUUGUUGAGGAAUCACAGCUUCCUGAAGGCAGGAAGGGAGCGCACAGAAUUGAUGAGAUUGAGCGCAUGGCUCAUGAAGGAGGACCUGCAGGAGUCAGUACUGACGAUGAAUCUGAAAAGACCAAACCUGAUAUUGUCCUGCUUCCCGAGCCAGCCAGAGUGCUGGAGGGCGACAUUGCACGAUUCCGCUGCAGAGUGACUGGUUAUCCAGCACCCAAGGUUAACUGGUACCUUAACGGACAACUUAUCCGCAAAAGCAAGAGAUACAGACUUCGUUAUGACGGUAUUUACUACUUAGAGAUUGUCGACAUCAAGUCCUAUGAUGCAGGAGAGGUCAGGGUGGUUGCAGACAAUCCCUUGGGCACAACUGAGCACACUGUGAAGCUGGAGAUCCAACAGAAAGAGGACUUCAGAUCUGUCCUGCGUCGUGCUCCGGAAGCGAAGGCCGCAGAGGCUGCACACGAGACUGGCAGAGUUGGAUUUGAUGUUGUGAAGGUCGACCGAUCUGCCGAGGCCGCACAGGACAGGGAAGUUGUUACGCUUCGUAAGACACAAAGAGUUGUUCGCGAGAAAACCUCAGAGGAGUCUGCUGAGCUGAAGAGCAAGUUCAAGCGUAGGACAGAGGAAGGUUUCUACGAGUCCAUCUCUGCUGUGGAGUUCAAGUCUCGCAAGAGGGAUGACUCUUAUGAAGAUCUCCUGAAGAAGACUAAGGAGGAGCUGCUUCAUCGCAUGAAAGAGAAAGAAGAGGCCGAGAGGAAGAGGUUGGAGGAACAGGGCAAAGUCACCAUCCCCACAAUCAAGCCAGAGAGAGUCCAGCUCUCCCCCAGCAUGGAAGCACCCAGGAUCCUGGAGCGCAUCGCUAGCAAGACCGUUGCUCCAAUGGAUGAAGUCCGUUUCCGACUCAGAGUCGUGGGCAGACCAGAACCAGAGUGCCAGUGGUUCAAGAAUGGCAUUCAGUUGGAAAAGUCAGACCGUAUCUACUGGUACUGGCCUGAGGACCAUGUGUGUGAACUGGUGAUCAGAGAUGUCACAGUAGAGGAUUCUGCCAGCAUCAUGGUUAAAGCCAUCAAUAUUGCUGGAGAGGCCUCAAGCCACGCCUUCCUGCUUGUACAAGCCAAGGCGACAGUUAGCUUUACCCAGAACCUGGAGGAUGCCAGUGCCAGUGAGAAGGACACAAUGGUGACCUUUGAAUGUGAAACGAAUGAACCUUUCGUCAAAGUCAAGUGGCUCAAGAACAACACGGAGAUCUUUUCCGGAGACAAAUACAGAAUGCACUCAGACAGAAAGGUCCACUUCCUGUCUGUGUUGAUUAUUGAAAUGAGGGAUGACGCCGAAUACACUUGUGCGGUCAUAGAUGACGAGAGCAUCAGGACAAGCGCAAGGCUUCACGUAGAAGGCGCUGCCCUGGACCUCAUCAAACACUUGGAGAACAUUGAGGUACCAGAGACCUACGCUGGAGAGUUUGAGGUUGAGCUGUCUCGUGAGGACGCUGAAGGCAGCUGGUUCUUUGGAGACAAGGUGCUCUCUCCCAGCAGUAAAUACAUCAUGUCCUCCCGCCGAGGAAGACACACCCUGUCUGUCAAAGAUGUCAGGAAAGAGGACCAGGGGAAAUACACCUUUGUAUGUGGAGACCUGAGGACCAGUGCCUCACUGAAGAUGAAAUUGCGCCCGGUAACCCUGAUGCACCCCCUGACCGACCUCACGGUCUGUGAGGGUGACAUUGCUCAGCUGGAGGUGAGGUUCUCCCAGGAGAACGUUGAGGGAACCUGGAUGAAGAACGGCCAGGCCAUCUCCGCCUCGGACCGCAUCCACAUUGUAAUCGACAAACUGGUUCACAAGCUGCUGGUGGAGAAUGUCAGCAGAGAAGAUGCUGCUUCCUACUCUUUCGUGGUUCCCGCCCAAGACAUUUCCACCUCAGGCAAACUCAAUGUUCAAACUAUUGACAUUGUGGUGCCACUGAAGGACGUGUCCUCCAUCGAGGGCACCAAAGCUGUUCUGGAGGCCAAGAUCUCUGCUCAGGACAUCAGCUCGGUCAAAUGGUACCACAACGACAAACUGCUGUUGCCCAGUGACCGAAUCCAGAUGGUGGCAAAGGGAGCCAAGCAGCGUCUGGUCUUCACCCGGACCCACGCCUCCGACGGAGGGCACUACAAACUGGUAGUCGGCAAGGUUGACACCAGCUGCAACCUGACUGUCGAAGAGGUGCACAUUGUGAAGCAUAUGGAGGACAGAGUGUGCUCCGAGUCCCAGAACGUCACCUUUAAUGUGGAAGUUUCUCACCCUGGUAUUGACCCGGUCUGGACCUUCAGGAACCAGCAGCUCAAACCUGGACCCAAACACAAGAUGGAGUCUAAGGGCAAGGCUCACUCCCUGACUGUCAUUGACACCAUGAAGGAUGAGGAGGGCCAGUACAUGUUCCACGCUGGUGAAAAGACAUCCAGCGCCACGCUCACCGUCUCCGGUGGAGCCAUCACACGGCCCCUGCAGGACGUGACGGUGGCGGAGUCUCAGACAGCCGAGCUUGAGUGUCAAGUUGCCAACGCCGACGCCGAGGGUAAGUGGCUUAAGGAAGGUCAGCCCGUGGACUUCAAUGAGAACGUGGUGAGUGAGGUUAAGGGAGCCGUCAGGCGCCUCAUCAUUGUCAUCACCAGACCGCAGGACGUCGGAGAGUACACCUACCAGGUGGCCAACUCCAAAACAACCGCCAACCUCAGAGUGGAGGCGGUGAAGAUCAAGAAAACUCUCAGAAACCAGACUGUGACGGAAACCCAGGAGGCGGUGUUCACGCUGGAGCUCACCCACCCCGACGUGAAAGGAUCCCAGUGGAUCAAGAACGGAGUGGAGCUGCAGAACAGCGACAAGUACGAGAUCACCUCCGAGGGCAUGGUCCACACCCUGAAGGUGAAGGACUGCAACACACAGGACGAGUCAGUUUAUUCCUUCAAGCUGGGAAAACUGUCCGCCAAUGCCAGACUCAACGUAGAGACAAUCAAGAUUGUGAAGAAGAUAAAGGACGUGACAUCACUGUUGGACAGCACCGCCUCCUUUGAGAUGAGCCUUUCACAUGACAAUAUCCCCGUCAAGUGGAUGUUUAAAGGUGUGGAGCUGAAGUCAAGCGAAAAGUGUAAAAUUCUGUCGGAGAGGAAAGCUCACAAGCUGAUCCUGCAAAACGUCGACAGCAGCAACGCGGGAGAGUACACGGCUGUGGUGGGACACCUGCAGUGCAGCGCCACGCUCACUGUGGAGGCUCUGCGAGUCACCAAACCCAUGAAGAGCGUGGAGGUCCCAGAGACUCAGGUGGCCACGUUUGAGUGUGAAGUUUCUCACUUCAACGUGCCGUCCACCUGGCUGAAGGAUGGCGUGGAGAUUGAAAUGAGCGAGAGGUUCAGGAUCGUGGUUCAAGGAAAACUCCACCAGCUGAAGAUCAUGAACACCAGCAGGGACGACACAGCAGAGUACACCUUCAUCUGCGGGAACGACAAAGUCUCCGCGACGCUCACCGUUAACCCCAUCCUGAUCACCUCCAUGCUGAAGGACCUGAACGCUCAGGAGAGAGACACCAUCACCUUUGAGGUGACCGUCAACUACGAGGGCAUCACCUACAAGUGGCUGAAGAACGGCGUGGAGGUGAAGUCGUCGGACAGAUGUCAGGUCCGCAGCCGGCAGCUCACGCACUCGCUCACCAUACGAAACGUUCACUUCGGAGACGGAGGAGAGUAUCAGUUCGUGGCCGGCUCCGCCGCCACCGCCGCCAACCUGUUCGUCGAAGCUCGUCUGAUUGAAUUCACCAAGAAAAUCAAAGACAUAAAAAUCACAGAGAAGAAGAAGGCCAUUUUUGAAUGUGAGGUUUCUGAGCCGAAUAUCCAGGUGAUGUGGAUGAAGGACGGCCAGGAGCUGGACAUGUCCGAGGAACGGUACACCGUGACCGCAGAGAAGUACGUUCACCGUCUGAUGAUCCAGACGGUUCGCAUGUCCGACGCCGGAGAGUAUUCGGUGGUGGCCGGAUCGAGCGUCUCCAAAGCUCAGCUGAAUGUGGAGGGACGCGACAUCCGGAUCUCCGAACCAGCGGAGCGGGAAAUCACGGUUCUGGAGAAGCACAGAGCGACCUUUGAGUUCGAGGUGAACGAGGACGACGUGGAGGGUCGCUGGCUGAGGAAUGGCGCGGAGAUCCAGAUCUCGGCGGAGGAGAGGUUCAACUACGUGGCCAUCAGGAAGCUGCACCGCCUCACCAUCGCCGAGACCUACAGGAGCGACGCCGGCGAGUACACCUUCAUCGCCGGCAAGAACAGGAGCACCAUGCACCUGAGAGUCAAUAUCCCAGAACCUCCUCAGAUCCUCCGUCACAUGGAGCCCCAGUCGGUGGAGGCUGGUAAACCGGCUCGCUUCUCGGUGCAGGUGAGCGGCGUCCCUCAGCCUCAGGUCUUCUGGUACAAAGACUCCCAGGCUCUUUCUCCAGGCUUCAAGUGCAAGUUCCUCCACGACGGCAACGAGCACACGCUGCUGCUGAUUGAGGUCUUCCCCGAGGACGCCGCCGUCUACAACUGCGAGGCCAAGAACGAGUGCGGCACCGCCACGAGCACCGCUUCGCUCAAUGUGGAAGUCUCAGAGGUGGUUUCUCCGGACUCAGCUGCUCCUGUUGCUCCUCCGGUCUGCAUCCUGCCCAUCGCCAGCACCUCCACCGGCGAGGGAGAACCGGCUCGCUUCCAGUGCAGAGUCCGCGGAGACGAUGUGAAGAUCAGCUGGUUCCACAAGGAGAAGGAGAUCAAGCAGUCAGACUUCUUCAAGAUGUCUCAGUUUGACGACAGCUGCCAGCUGGAGAUCUCCAGGGUUUACCCGGAGGACGAGGGCGAGUACACCUGCGUGGCCACAAACAACGCUGGGACCGUCUCCUGCUCCGCCACUCUCACACUCGACGGGCAAAAACAAACAGUGGACUGUCCUGCUGAGAAUCAGUGGCACGUCUCCACCAGCCUCACCAGUAUAAAGAAACCUUCCAUUGGCCAAAAGCCUGUUUUCAUCCAUCCUAUCACAAGCUGCAUGGUCCCACACGGGGAGGUGGCCCGCUUUCAUGCAUGCGUAUCCGGCAUGCCGAAGCCAGAGAUUAGCUGGUUCCAUAACCGACAGCCGGUUCGGCCCACCAAAAACGUGGUGUUUCACUUCGACGAGGUGACGAACACCGCCACGCUCAUCAUAGUCGAUGCUUUCUCUGAGCAUGCGGGGCAGUACACCUGCAGGGCGGCCAAUAACGCUGGAGAGGCCACGUGCUCAGCCACCCUCACCAUUACCAGAGGAGAAGAAGAAGUGGCUCAUGUGAGAGAGCAGAUCGAAGCCAAGAUUGAGGAAGAAGUCAAAGAGCAUUGUAGCACCACCAUCACCACUGUCGAAGAACAAGAGGAAACCUACUACACUGGUGUCCAGUUACCAAAGAAAACAAAAACACUUGAAUUCAAGCCAGAGUCCAAACGUUACUCUUCCACUUUAGAGAAGAAGAAAGAAAAACCAGUUUUCCUUAGCCAGCUCUCCCCAGCAGCUGUAACCAGUGGGGAAACAGCCAGGUUUACCGUCAAAGUGUCCGGCUUUCCAAAGCCAACUGUUCAAUGGUCUCACAAUGGAACAAUACUUAAGACCUCCUCUAUGUAUAAGCUAAUAGAGGAGAGGGAGGAAUACACUUUAGUAAUCACCAAGGUCACAUCUGAGGUUCAGGGUGAGUACUCUUGCACUGCCACCAACAGAUUUGGCAAGACAACAUGCACCACGUACCUUGAAGUGAAAAAGCCUGAUGUUAGCCAGGCAGAGAAAUGGGUUGAGAAGAUGUUUAAGGUCACAGGUCAGCCUCCUACUUUCACUGUUCAGAUCCAGCCUGUGAGGUGCUCAGAAGGAGGAGAGGUUUAUUUUAAUUACAAAGCCAGCGGUGAUCCAAUCCCUGAUGUAAAGUGGUUCAAAGGUGCUUUCCAGAUCCAGCCCAGUAGAAACUGUAUCAUUAUAGCUAACCCAGAUGGAUCUGGCUUCAUCAAUAUGAAGAGUGUCAAACAGGAAGACAGUGGUUUGUAUACAUGUAAGGCCUCCAACCCAUUUGGGGAGGCGUCUUGUGGUGCUGAGCUUGUUGUGUUUAGGGAAUCAGUCUCUGUUUCCCACAAACAGGAGCAGAUGACAGUGGUUCAGAAGAAAGGCUACAAGGUUUCAAUGACAGAACAGGCAACCGAGUCUCGCUUGUACCAGGUCAGCCUCCCAGGCCAGGACAGGGCUAGGUCAGAUCAGAUGGUUUAUACCAUCGGCACUGAGGACCGGCAGAUAAUUCCCAGUGAGCAAGUGGGCUCCCUUAGAGACCUUGAUAUCUCUGCUGCAACUGUUCAUCGUGAGCAUUUGACCCACCAGGCAGCAGUGCUUCAGUCUCAUGAGAUAGAGGAGAGAGUGUCAAUGGUUCCUACCCAUCCACCUCAGGUUUCAGCUGUUCCUGCAAAACAGCUCCAUAUGGCAGCGUUUACAUCGUCUGUCGAAGAGAGUCAAGACCUCACAGAACAGCACUGUGAUCGCAUUCAAAGCCCUGAGGUCAUUGAGCUUCAGGUGGCUAGAGAAAAGAGGUCAAAGGUGAUGUCAGCUGUUGCUGAGGAGUUCACACCACUCUCUAGUGUUAGCACAGAGGCUCUGGCUGACAGGAAGUCUGCUAUGGUCAGACCCACUUCAGAACCUAAACAUCUCGUCAGUGGGCAUCAGGUCGAGUCACAACUGUCCAUCCUGAAAGAGCAGUCUCAGGACAUCCCCAAACCACAGGAGGAGAAGGGUUACAAGGUUAAGGAAGGUGUUAAGAUUUUAUACUCAGCCCAGUCUGCAGAAAAACGUGUGCUUGCAGAGGGCCACACAACUGAACUAGCAACAGCAGAUUCUGCUGUGAAGUCUUCCAUUGGAAAAGAACAGCACAAACCCAUCUUGGCCUCAGUCAGUGAGUCCAAACAGACUCUUUCCAAGGAGACUAAGUUCUCCAUGCAAAGGCCUGCUGAGGAGAUAGCCCGUCUCUCUAAGGAUAAAAUGAUGAAGGCAGCGCUAAUGGCUGAAGAGAAGCAAAUGCUACAGGCUGAGCCUACUCAGCAGCUGCCAAGUCUGGACAGUGCCAUGUCCAUUCAGUCACAAGUAGAAGGGGAGCAGGUGUUGCACCUGCAGGUUAUCACAGACCAGGACUUACUUCCAUCUGAGAGUAGCUUCACCUGUGAGAAACCAGCACCAGAGCAGGCAGGAACUCGGAAGAGUCCCACUCUGCUUCACACUGUUAGCCAGGAUGAGCAGAGGACAGUAGUUUGUGAGGACACAUCAGAGUUUGAGUCCAAGGCUAGCACCAUGGCCAUUCAGCCCCAGAAAGAGGCCCCUACUCUUCUGCAUCUCCAGUCAACCCAACCUGUGGAGGCGCUACCCAAAGAGGGUAUUCUCUUAAUUGAGAAGCCCGACCAGCAGGUGGCAGCACAGAAACAAGAAAAGACAAGGAGCCAUGCAGCCAUCUCCGAGGAGAGAAGGGAGCUCACAGCAGAUUACCACACAGAGUUGGAUUUGUCUGUGACUGGAGUUCAGUCUCACCCUCGAACUGAGCCCAGGCCUCAAAACAUCCUCCAGCUCUCCUACCAGCCUAUGCAGCUGCCAAAAGAGACGCCAGUUACAACUGAUGUCAAACAGCAGCGGGCCUUGGUGCAAAAGGAGGAUCGCUGGAAUGUGAUGCAUGUCACCAGUGUGGCAGAAAGUCAGGCCUUAGAGGAAGGUCACACACAGAGUCUUACAGCCGUGGAUAAAUUCACUUGUCAAAUGGCUGUAGAACCAAAAGUUUCCACUGAGCCAAUCCAGAUUGAGGAGAAGGAGAUCUCCACUGAGAGUAGUGUCGUUCUAGAGGCAGCAGAACAGGACUUUGCUGUUCAGAUCCAGGAAGGCCAGUCAGUCAGGCAGUCGAUAGUGAUGGAUGAGAAGCGAGUGCUCAUGGGUGAAAUCUCUCAGGAGAUCACCAAGUCUGAGUCUACUAAAGUCGUCGCAACCACGCAGCCAAAACUGUCCCUUUUGGCAUCAGAAUCAAAAGACAGCACAGCUCUUCCCAAAGAGAUGACGUUUUUGAUUCAGAUCCCUAAACCAUCCAGUCUGAAUAUACGCCGUCAGCUCAGAGAUGCCUUACAGUCUGCUGUGGCCAGUGACCAGCCAGUGUUACUGGCUGAUGUUGUAGGCAGGUUACAGGCUGUAGAAGUACAAGAGGUCAAGGUUCAAAGAGAGCCCAAACGGGCCAUGUUCACAUACCUCAUCACAACAACAGGUGCCCCCAUGGAGAUCACUCUGGCUUUUGAGGGUGAAUACCCUCGGACAGCUGACCUCAGAACUGAACUGCAGGCAGCUUUCCACUCCAUAGUGUACCAAGAGGCCCAUGUUCUUACUUCAGAACAGCCGGGCACUAUGCAGCUAGACAAACCUCAAAGGGCGCAGGUCACUUCAGCCUCCUCUAAGCAAAUGUUGUCAUCCAUGGUAGAGACAGUUAAUGUGGCAGAGAGUACAGUGGAUUUCACUGCCAUUAAAUCUCAUGCUGCUGCACUCAAGACAGAGUCUAAAAUGGAAGUUGAACAUGCUGCAGCUGGGCAAAAGGUUGUGGUGCAGGAAUCCAAAGCAGCAAAGAUGGAACAAUCCAUCUCUUCCCAUAUCAAAAUUUCCACUGAGGCUCACAUGGCUUUUGAGCAGUCGGUCCAGGUGUCGAGGCAGGAGGUGAGGUCAGUGACACUGAAAAGCCAAGAAAAAGAUCUAGGAGCGGCUAUUGUUACCACUUCCCUGCCUCCUACCACAGUCCCCACCGAACAGGCAGUGGAUGUCAGCAUCCAGAAGGAGCACAGGGAGGAGAUCUUCAAGGAGGAGAUCACAGUAUCUAGGCCAGAACAGAGAGAAUACCCUGUAAUAGUCACCUCCCUUGAAGACUUAUCUAUCGAAGAAGGUAGUAAAGUAACCUUUAGCACCACCAUUAAGUAUGUUACAAAAGUAAACUGGUUUUUCAAUGGACAAUUGUUGAAAUCUGGCAAAGAGUUCAAGUGUUCCAAAGACCAUGACACAUACACAUUGGUUAUCAACAAAAUUGUCAAGGAGAGGCAUCAAGGAGAAUAUGUUUGUGAAGCUGAGAAUGAAGCUGGCAGGACUACAACAUCUUCAAGGCUCACUGUGGUCUCAAGAGUGCCACCUGUCUUUAGGCAGAAAAUCACACCUCUGGAGAUAAACAUUGGCGGCCACGCCAAGUUCGAAUGUGAGAUUGAGGAUGCUCCAAGUGUGACCUUCAAGUGGUUCAAGUCUGGCAUUGAGAUCAGACAGGGCGAGAAGUAUCGGAUCCUCAGCCGCCACACCACUUCCUCUCUGGAGCUUCUGAACCCAGUCAAAGCGGACAGUGGUGAAUACACCUGCAAGGCUUCAAACCAGCAUGGCACCGACAGCUGCACUGCCUCGCUCAUUGUUACCGAAAUGUACCCACCGGUAUUUGUAUCAAAACCAGACCCAAUGACUUUAUAUGUGGGCAAACAAGCUGUGUUCCAGUGCACACUCACUGGAUCCUCACCAAUGGAAGUUGUCUGGCACAAGGACAACAUAGCCAUCUCUUCUGAAGGGAACUAUGUCAUGAAAUGUGAAAAGAACAAAUAUUCUCUUCACAUUAAAAGUCUUGAGCUGACUGAUCAGGGAGUGUUCCUAUGCAAGGCCUCCAACAGUGUCGGCACUGCUACAUUCACCACAGAACUCAAGGUUAUCAACAAGCCCAGCUUUGUUAAGAUCAUUGAGCCAGCGUCAGCUGCUAUUAAUGACCCGCUGAGGCUGGAGUGCCAAGUGGAUGAGGACACUGGUGUGACCGUCACCUGGACCAGGGAUGGCAAAAAAGUCCACCAGAGCAUGGAGUGUAAACUGUCCUUUGAGGACAAGGUGGCUGUUCUUGAGAUACCCAAGUCCAAACUGAAGGACUCUGGGAAAUAUGUGUGCACAGCCGCUAAUGAGGCUGGGAGCUCAUCCUGUGAGGCUGUGGUUACAGUUCAAGAGCCCCCUACCUUUGUCAAGAAAAUGGAACCUAAAAUUACAUGGAAACAGGGAAUAGCUGCUCGCUUACAGUGCUCCAUUAAAGGCUCACCCGAACUUCACAUCCACUGGUUCUGGAAUGAGAGAGAGCUCAGUGAUGGAGAAAAAUAUAAAAUCUCUUUCAAGAAUGGAGUUGCUACUUUGGAGAUAAUGAAUCUUAUGGUCACAGACAGUGGGAGUUACACCUGUGAGGUGUCAAAUAAUGCUGGCAGCGAGAGCUGCAACACCCUUAUAGCUGUUAAAGAGCCACCAUCUAUUAGAAAAGAGCUACGGACACUAGAGGCAGUGAAGGGAACAGCAGCUCAGCUGGAGUGCGAGAUCACAGGAACAGCUCCUUUUGAAAUAAGCUGGUUAAAGAAUAAAAAAGCAAUCACCAGUGAUCAGAAAUAUAAAAUAAUCUUCCAAGAGUCCUUGUCAAGGCUGGAGAUCCAGACCUUUGAAAGUGCAGAUGUUGGAGAUUAUCAGUGUGUCAUAACCAAUGAUGUGGGGAAAGUCACCACUAAGGCCUUAGCAAAACUUAAAGAGCCCCCAACUUUUUCAAAGAGGGUUGAGAGUGCUACAGCAGUGCUGGGAAGUAUAGUAAAACUACAAGGAACCAUUAAGGGCUCAGCUCCCAUCACUGUUAAAUGGAUGAAAGACUCUGAAAUACUGAGAGAUGAUGAUCCAAAUAUCAAGGUGGUAUUUGAGAACAAUGUUGCUAGCUUGUCGAUAACAACAGUGGCCAUCAGCCAUGGCGGGAAGUAUUUGUGCCAAGCUGAGAACGAGGCUGGGCAACAAAAAUGUGAAGCCACCUUGACUGUGCAAGAACCUGCCAGAAUUGUAGAACCUACAGAAUCCAUUAGUGUGACUGCAGGGGAUUCAGCCACAUUGGAGUGCACACUUUCUGGAAGCCCAGAACUCAAAGUGAAAUGGUUUAAAGAUGGGAAGGAAAUGAUCAGUGGCCGUAAAUAUAAGAUGACUCUGAAGGACAAUAUUGCCACCAUGAAGAUUCUUACGGCAGAAAAAGGAGACACUUCAGAGUACAAGAUAGAUGUGUCGAAUAAAGUUGGAAAAGACCAGUGCACAUGCUCAGUCACUGUCUUAGAUCGGAUAAUGCCUCCAACUUUCACCAAGUCCCUGAAAAGAGUCGAUGGUAAUAUUGGUAAUGACGUCUCCAUGGAUUGUAAGGUGUCUGGGUCACAACCCAUGACCAUAGCUUGGUUCAAAGAUGACCAGGAGAUUGUGUCUGGAUCCAAAUUCCAGCCUGAAUUCAAAGACAACUCUGCUACCCUGAGAAUUAUUCGGCUGGAGAAGGCGGAUUCUGGAGUUUACAAAUGCAGAGCCACCAAUUCAGCUGGCUUUAAAGAAACCAGCAGCACGCUCUAUGUCAAAGAGCCCCCAGUGUUCACCGUGAAACCAGACAACCAGGAUGUUAUACCAGGAACCACUGUUUCCUUCAAAGCAGCCUUCACUGGAACAGCUCCUUUGGCUGUUAAGUGGUUCAGAGAGGAAAAAGAGAUUGUAACUGGAGGCACAUAUUUCAUAAAGAAAGAUGCCUCCUCAAGCUCUUUGGAGAUUCACUCUGUGAAACCCAGUGAUUCCGCUAAAUACACUUGCCAAGUAUCCAACGAUGCUGGGAAGGUGGAUUGCACCACAGUGCUCUUUGUGAAAGAACCUCCUGUGUUUGUGAGGAAGCUUGAGGCGACCAAGCUCGUCACCAGCGGUGACACUGCCAGACUGGAGUGCAAAGUGACAGGCAGCCCUGUCAUCAGUUUAAAGUGGUUCAAAGAUGAGAUGGAGAUCAGCUCCAGUCCUAAAUACACAAUGGCCGUAACUGACUUAAUAGCAUCCCUGGAAAUGGUUGAUUGUACAGUAGGAGAUAGUGGAGAUUAUGUCUGUGUGGCAUCCAGCGAGGCUGGUAGUGACCGCUGCAGCAGCACAGUUACAGUCAAAGAACCACCAUUGUUUAUGCGUAGCUUGGAGCCCAAAGAUGUGGUGAAAGGUUCUGAGAUGAUGCUGGAAGGCCAAGUCACUGGUUCUGCCCCUUUCACUGUUUCGUUUUAUAAAAACACAAAGCUAAUUAGGAAUGACAAGAGACACAGGAUUACGGUGAAAGAUGACCUGGUAGCCCUGCAGGUGCUGGCAGUAGAGGCAGGGGAUGUUGGCUUGUACCAGUGUACUGUUGAGAAUGAAGUAGGGAAGGCCUCCUGUGAUUGUCAAGUAACACUAAAAGAACCACCAUCAUUUGUGCAAAAGCUGGAGAAACUCAGUUCGUUGGUGGGUAGCGAGGUUUCUCUGCAGUGCACACUGAAGGGCUCAGAGCCCAUGACUGUGUCCUGGCUUAAAGACAACCAUGAGCUCAAAGAGGCCGAAAACAUUCAGAUUACACAUGAGAACAGGACUGCUCUGCUGCACAUCACCAAUUUACAGAGCAAACAUGGCGGCAAAUACUCUUGCCAGGUGCAGAAUCAGGCUGGGAGCCAAAUGUGCUCUGCUGUGUUGACAGUCAAAGAGCCAGCUAAGGUCACAGAGGAGGCCAAGUCUAUCAGUGUGACUCAGGGGGAUCCAGCCACGCUGGAGGCCAGGUUCUCAGGCACAAAACCCCUGAAGGCCAAAUGGCUAAAGGCUGGCAAGGAGCUGACCUCAGGCCAGAGAUAUAAAGUACAGAGCACAGACACCAGCUCUGUGCUCAAGAUUAUUAAAACUGAGAAAAGUGACGGUGGUGAAUACACCUUUAAUGUUUCAAAUGAUGUCGGCCAAAGUUCUUGUGAGGCCACACUCACCAUUCUUGAACCACCAUGUAUUCUUGAAAAGCCUGAAUCCAUGAAUGUUCUGCCUGGCUCAAAGGUUUUGUUUAACGUGUUGCUCUCUGGCACGCCGCCACUGACCAUCAAAUGGUUUAAAAACAAGAAAGAGAUUUUAUCCAGUGCUGACUGCUCUGUGAUCAAAGAUAACACCUCAAGCUCACUGGAGCUCUUCUUUGCCAAAACCUCAGAUUCUGGAGACUAUGUGUGUGAAAUACAGAAUGAUGUCGGCUCCACUUCAUGCCAAGCAACACUCUUUGUCAAAGAGCCGCCUAAGUUCACACGUACUCCGGCCCGUGUGUCUGUGGUCCGUCCCAGUCAGAGUAAAGCCUUUGAGUGCCAGGUGACCGGCACACCUGAGAUAGACAUCUACUGGUUCAAAGAAGGCUCUGAGAUCAGCCCCAGUGAUCGCUACAAGAUGGCUUUUGUUAACUCUGUGGCCACUCUGGAAGUCUGUGGGGCUGAUACCAAAGACAGUGGGAUUUACUACUGUGAGGCUCGCAAUGAGGCUGGCAGCGAGAGCUGCAGCAUGGAGCUCAAGGUCAAAGAACCACCAUCAUUUAUUAGAGAUCUGGCUCCAUUUGAUGUUGUGAAGGGCUCCAGUGCCUGUUUCGAGUGUCAGGUUUCUGGGACAGGUCCAUUUGAGAUAACAUGGCACAAAGAUGCAAAAGCGAUCAAACCCAGUGCUAAACAUGGCUUCUCCCAGAUGAACGGCACUCUGGGUCUAGAGGUGCACAGAUGUGAUACUGUAGAUGUCGGUGAAUAUCAGUGUACUAUUGCUAACGAGGUGGGAAGCUGUACUUGUAAGACUACACUAAACCUCAAAGAACCACCAACAUUUACAAAGACGAUUGAGAACACUGCCACUGUUCUGGGUAAAAAGGCAGAGUUUCAGUGUAUUGUGGCAGGCUCGCCCAAUCUCUCUGUGCAAUGGCAAAAAGAUGAGAACUGGAUUUUGGAGGAUGCAAAGAUUGAAAGAACAUUUGAGAACAAUGUGGCCACUCUCAGGAUUCCUGUCUGUGAGGCGACACACAGCGGGAGGUAUUCCUGCCAGGUGGUAAAUGAGGCUGGGCAGGAUAAAUGCUUUGCUACCCUCACAGUGCAAGAGCCUCCUCAGAUCACUGAGAAACCUGAGGUGAUAAGGGUUACAGUUGGAGAUCCAGUCAGUCUGGACUGUAAAGUAACAGGCUCCCGUGAGCUCAGAGUGAAGUGGAUGAAAGAUGGCAGGGAGCUUCAGUCCAUCAGGCAGCAUAAGCUGAGCUUUGAGAACAACGUCAGCAGCCUAAAGAUUCAGUCUGCUCAGCGAGAGGACGAAGGAGAGUAUGUCUUCGAGGUGGCAAACCACAUUAGUAGCUGCACCUGCAAAGUCAAAGUGAUCGUACUAGAGCAAGUAAUUCCUCCGAGCUUCACCAAACCCCUGGUAGACAUGCAAGAGAUAUUGGGGUCCUUUGUUCAGAUAUGUUGCAAAAUAUCUGGUUCCCUCCCCAUCAGUGUGGAAUGGCAGAAAGACAAGAGCAAAAUCUCUAGUGGUGUAAAACACAAACUCAUUCAGCAGGACAAUGCUGUGUCCAUUGAAAUUGAGCAGCUAGAGAGAUCUGACGCCGGCUCCUACUCUUGCAAACUGACCAAUGCAGCGGGAAGUUGUGAAUGCAGUGGAUCCCUAAUGGUCAAAGAACCUCCAAGCUUUGUGACAAUGCCUGAAUCCCAGGUGGCUCUACCCAAUGCCACUGUCCGCUUCAAAGGCUCCUUUAAGGGAACUCCUCCAUUCACAGUCAAAUGGUUCAAGGAUGACACCGAGCUCAUGACUGGGCCCACUUGUUUUACGGGGCUGGAGGGACUAUCUUGCUUCUUAGAACUCUACUCAGUGGGCGUCACCCAGAGUGGAGUUUUCUCUUGCCAAGUCAGCAAUGAUGCUGGCUCUGCACGCUGUAGUGCAGACUUGACAGUCAAAGAACCACCAGAGUUUGUGCUGAAACUCCCCGCCACUAAGUGUGUUAAGUGGGGUGAGUCACUCCGCCUGGAGUGCAAAGUCAAUGGCACAGCUCCUCUGAAAAUUACCUGGUACAAACAGGACGCUAAGGUCACAGAUGGGGACAACUACAGGACAUCAUUUGUUGACUCAGUGGCAGUCCUGGAAUUGCUCUCCACCAGCUUUGAUGAUGAUGGAGUUUACACCUGUGAAGCUCAGAAUGAUGCUGGCAGUGUCAGUUGCAGCAGCACAAUUGCCGUUAAAGACGCCCCAUCUUUUGUCAAAGUACCUCAGCCUGUUGAGGGGCUUAAGGGUAAGGACGUGAGUCUGUACUGCGAGAUGAGCGGUACAGCUCCGUUCCAGGUCACCUGGUUCAAAGACAGGAAACCUCUGAUGGAGAGCAGGAAGUAUAAGAUGGUGAGCGAGGGCAGCUCAGCGACGCUGCAUGUCAUUGGGAUAGAGCCCUCAGAUGCCGGCGAAUAUGAGUGCAAAGUGUCAAACAGUGUAGGAAGUGACACCUGCCAGACGACAGUUAAACUCAGAGAGCCGCCAUCAUUUGUGAAGAAACUGUCAAACAUGACAGUGAUACUGGGAGAGGAGGUGACCCUUGUGGCCACUGUUAAAGGCUCUGAACCCAUUACUGUGUCCUGGGUUCAAGACAAGGAUCACAUUCUCAGGGACGGUGACAACAGGAAAAUCACCUUUGAGAACAACCAGGUCGCACUUAAAGUCUUUAAGGCAGAUGCAACCACGGCAGGCAAAUACACCUGCCAACUCAGAAACGAUGCUGGGAGUGUGGAGUGUUUCGCUAAGUUGACUGUUCUAGAACCUGCUAAAAUAGUGGAUAAGCCCGACACUCUGAGCGUGACGGCAGGUGAUAUCGCCGCCCUUGAGGUCAAAGUGUGUGGAACCCCAGAGCUCAAACCUAAGUGGUUCAAGGACGGUGUGGAACUGGCCUCUGGGAGGAAAUACAAAAUCUCAUUUUCUCGGAUGAUUUCCAGCCUAAACGUGCUCUCUGCUGAGAAAAUGGACUCUGGAGAAUAUACAUUUGAGGUUAUGAACGAGGUUGGGAAGGACCUGAGUAAAAUUAAUCUCACCGUUUUAGAUAAGAUCAUACCUCCAACAUUCUCAAGGAAGUUAAGGGAUUGUAACACAGUUGUUGGAAACCCUGGAGAGAUGGAGUGCAAAGUGUCAGGCUCCCCACCUUUUACCAUCUCAUGGUACCAUGAUGGGGAGGAGAUACAGAGUGGGCCAAAUUAUGAAAUUUCAUUCAGCGACAACAGCUGCAUGCUCAAAGUGCCCACACUGAAGCUGUCCGACUCCGGAGUGUACAAAUGCAAAGCCGUCAACAAGGCAGGAUCCAGUGAAACCAUGGCCUCAUUGGUUGUCAAAGAACCUCCAUCUUUCGUGGUGCCACCACAGCCAGUGGAGGCAAUGCCAGGCUCUACCGUGACUUUCUCAGCCAUGGUGAAAGGCAGCGCCCCGCUCAAGCUGAAGUGGUUCAGAGGAACGAAGGAGAUCCUGUCUGGACAGGGUUGUGAUUUCUCGCUGAAGGACAACCAAGUCCUUUUGGAGCUCUUCAACGUGGACAGAUCAUACACUGGAGAGUACACCUGUCAGAUCAUUAAUGACGCAGGAAAGGAAAACUGCCCCGUUAAUCUCACUGUCAAAGAGCCUGCAGCCUUCUCCAAGAAGCUGAAGGACGUGUCAGUUGAGAAGGGAAAACCAUUAACGCUGGAGUGCACGUACACUGGAACUCCAAAGAUCACAGUGAACUGGUACAAAGACAGACAGCAGAUCUUUGCUUCUUACAAAUACAACAUCACCACGACUGAGAGCUCCUGCAUCCUGGAGUGCCUCAGCACGGACGACAAGGAAGCUGCAGGAAGAUACAGCUGCGAAGUGUCCAAUGAUGCUGGAAAGGACACUUGUGAGGCAGCUGUGUCCAUCCUCGAGCCGCCGUACUUUGUUGAGUGUCUGGAGCCCAUGGAUGUGACUGCUGGAGACGCCGUGUGUCUGAAGUGUCAGGUGGCAGGCACACCGGAGAUUAAAGUGUCCUGGUUUAAGGCCGACGGCAAAGUCCGUUCCAGCCCCACCUGUAAAUUGGAGUACUCAAAGGGUGUCGCCUGUCUGAAGCUCAGCAAAGCCACCAAGGCCGACAUCGGAGAGUACACCUGCAAGGCAGAGAACCGGAUCGGCUCUGCCUCCUCCACCUGUAAACUCAAUGUGCAAGAGGCCAAAACGCCUCCGACCUUCCCCAAGAAAAUCACCAGCCUGCAGCAGACGGAGGGUCAGGCUGUCAGGUUCGAGUGCCGUGUCGCCGGCUCGUCACCCAUCGAGGUGUCGUGGCUGAAGGACGGCGAGCCUCUGAGGCAGGGAGAUGAGUUCUCCAUGCUGUACGACGACAACACAGCCGUGCUGGAGAUCAACCACAGCGAAAUGAGGCACUCUGGGGAAUACACCUGCGUGGCCACCAACAGCGUGGGCUCGGCCUCCUGCAGAGCCAAGCUCACCCUGCAAGAACCCAGAUACCCUCCAGUCUUUGACAGGAAGUUGUCACCACAGGAGGUGACGGUGGGUGACAGCAUUGAGCUGGAGUGUCACAUGACCGGCUCAGGCCCCAUUAAAGUCACAUGGUCUAAGGACCAUAAAGACAUUCGUUCUGGGGGGAAUUAUAAGAUCAGCUGUGUGGAGAACACGCCCCACCUGACCAUUCUGAAGGCAGAUAAAGCCGACACAGGGAGAUACUUCUGCCAUGCCUCUAAUGACAUGGGGAAGGACUCUUGUUCCUCUAAUAUCACUGUCAAAGAGCGUAAAAACCCUCCGGUGUUCACCAAAAAGCCCUCGGAGCAGAUCGAGGACAUGGAGGGCAAACUGGUAAAGAUCGAGGGCCGAGUCUCCGGCUCGCAGCCCAUGUCUGUCAGCUGGUUCAAAGACAGCACAGAGAUCCACAGCUCAGACAAAUAUGACAUCAGCUUUAAGAGUAACGUGGCCGUGCUGUGCAUUAAGAGCAGCCAGAUGAGCGACAGCGGCAGGUACUCCUGCCAGGCCUCCAACGAAGCUGGAAGAGCCACAUGCGACGUCACUGUGGGCAUCACAGAGGCCAAGAAGCCUCCCGUCUUUGACGUCCCUCUCAAACCGGUGACUGUGAACGAGGGUGAGAAGCUCAGCCUCAGGUGUCACGUCUGCGGGUCUCCUCCUCUGAAGAUCCACUGGAUGAAAGACAGGAAGGACCUGACUUCGGCCGGCAGCACCAGGAUCAGCUUCUCUGAUGGGACCGCCUGCCUGGAGAUCAGUCCGGCCUCUAGACACGACGCCGGCGAUUACCUCUGCAAGGCCACCAACGACGCCGGCAGCGAGUUCUGCAAAGCCAAAGUCACCGUGAAAGAAAAACCAGGAGCAGCUACGCCUCCUGCUGAAGCUCCAGCUGCGGCUCCGACUAAAAAACUUGACAACCUGUUCUUCAUCGAGGAGCCUAAAACUGCACACAUCACUGAGAAGGGCACCGCUACCUUCAUCGCCAAGGUGGGCGGCGACCCCAUCCCCAGCGUGAAGUGGAUGAAGGGCAAAUGGAGGCAGAUCAAUCACGGCGGCCGCAUCUCCAUCGAACAGAAGGGUCAGGAGGCCAAACUGGAGAUCAGGGAAGUGACCAAGUCGGACUCCGGUCAGUACAGGUGCGUCGCCUCCAACAAGCACGGAGAGAUCGAGUGCAGCGCCGACAUGCACGUGGACGAAAAGAAAGAGGUGGUGCAGCUCGAGGGAGACCUCCGAGCCAAACUGAAAAAGACGCCAUCAAAGCAGAAGAGUCCACAGGAGGAGAAAGACAUUGACAUUGUGGAGCUGUUGAGGAACGUGGACCCUAAAGAGUAUGAGAAGUACGCCCGAAUGUACGGCAUCACCGACUACCGCGGCCUGCUGCAGGCCAUCGAGCAGCUGAAGAAGGAGAAAGCUGAAGAAAGUGGAAGACCGGAACUGGAACGUGGAGACAGAGAGUCUGAUGAGGACAUGGCCCGACUAGUGGCCGAUCUGCAGAAGAGGAUGGAGCGGACAGAGCCUGUCACCGUGGUGAAGGAUAUCUCCGAUCGGUCCACCUUCACCAACAAGGAGGUGGUGUUCGAGUGCGAGGUCAAGAUCAAUUACCCGGAGAUCACCCUAUCCUGGUACAAGGGCACGCAGAAACUGGACACCAGUGACAAGUACGACAUCAGCAUCAGUGGCGACCGCCACCUGCUCAAGAUCAAGAAAUGCCAGUCGUCCGACCAGGGCAACUACCGGGUGGUCUGCGGGCCACACAUCUCCAGCGCCAAGCUCACUGUCAUGGAGGCGGAGGUUGAGAAGCAUCUGCAGGACACAUCGGGUAAGGAAGGGCAGUCAUGUACUCUUUCUUGUCAGUUGUCCAUCCCUAACGUAGAGGCUCAGUGGUUUAAAAACGGCACGCAGUUAGAGAUGAAGGGCAGGUACACCUCCGAGGUGAAACACAAGGUUCAGAAGCUUCUGAUCAGGGACCUGAAGCCUGAAGACCAGGGUCGAUACAGCUGCAGGUACCAGCACCUGGAGUCCUCGGCAGACCUCUGGGUGGAAGCUGAACAAAUUCAUUUCACCAAACGCAUCCACAACGUUGAAGUCAACGAGCGCCAGUCGGCCACCUUUGAGUGCGAGGUGUCCUUCGACAACGCGAUCGUUUCGUGGUACAAAGACACCUGGGAACUGAAAGAGAGCCCUAAGUACAACUUCACAAGCGAGGGCCGAAGACAUUUCAUGGUCAUCCGAAACGUGACCAUCGAAGACGAAGGCGUGUACUCAGUGAUUGUGAGGUUGGAGCCCAGAGGAGAGGCUAAGAGCACAGCUGAGCUUUAUUUGUCUGGCAAAGAAAUUGAAUUAGCAAUGGUGCCUUUUGAUGUCCCAGACUCCUCAGUUCAGAGGCCUGAAGUGCCCUCAUCAGUGGCAAUUCAAGUCGAGUAUGAGAGCUGGACAGAGGAGACGGUAACACAACAGGUUUCCACGACCAAAGCUGUCAGAGUUCCCAUUGAGGAGACAGUGGAGACCAAGAAAGUUGAAAUGAGAGAGGAAAUCCCAACAAAAGUUCCCAAAGCUGAGAAAAAGCCUGAAGAGAAGCCGACACCAGCUGUGAAGGAGCCAGCGCCACCUAAAGUAGUGGAGGCCAAAAAGCUGGUGGAGGAAAAGGUUCCUGUAGUUACAGUCCCAGAGAAGAAGGAAGUUCCUGCUCCCAAAGAACCUGAGGAGGUCAAGAAGCCUGCUGUUGCUCCCUUGCUGCCUGCUGAAAAGCCUGGAGUGCCAAAGAAAGAUGAACCCAAGCCUCAGGUACCGGCAGAGCCCAAAAAAGUGGCACCUGCAGCUAAGCCUGAACCUGAACCCAAGCCCAAACCAAAAGCAGAACCUGAACCAAAGCCUAAGACCGCACCGGCUCCCAAAGCAGAACCAGAAGCCAAACCUGCGAAGAUUGAGCUGGAGCCUGAGGCUAAACCGGCGGCAGUAAAGAAGCCGACAACGCCCCCGUCCAAAGAUGAAACCAAGGGACCCGUCCAAACACCGGGAGGAGUCAAGAAAGAGGGACAACCAGCAGAGGAGGCAGGAAGAGGUAGAGGUAGAGGGCUGAAACCCAAGCAGACCCCGUCCCCUGGAGAAGGCAGGGGCCGGGGCCUGAGGCCUGGUGGAAAGGGCCCAUCGCCUCCAGAGGAUCCCUUCGGAGGAUUCAAGCUCAAAGCCGUCCCACUGAAGUUCAUCAAGAAGCUUCAGGACAUCGUGCUGAAGGAAGCCGAGUCUAUUGGCUCGGCUGCUGUGUUUGACUGUGAGGUCUCACCUUCCACCGCCAUCACUUCAUGGAUGAAAGAUGGCAGCAACCUGCGUGAGAGCCCCAAGCACAAGUUCACUUCUGAUGGCAAGGAUCGCAAGUUGAACAUUAUUGAUGUCCAGCUGUCCGACACUGGUGAAUACACCUGUGUGGCCAAGAACGCUGGCAAGGAAAUAUCAUGCACAGCCAAGCUCAUUGUUGAAGAGCUCCCUGUGAAAUGGAUCAAAGAGCUGGAGGAGGAGACUUCGGCUCUGAAGGGUCAGCCUUUGUACAUGACCUGUGAGUUGAACAAAGAGAGAGAUGUGGUGUGGAAGAAGAACGGUGAGGUCCUGAAGAAAAAGGCCAACAAGAUCCAGAUCAAUGUCAUUGGUAUGCAGCACGCUGUGACCAUCCAGAACUCCACAGAUGACGAUGCUGGUUCCUACUCAUGUGAAGUGGCCAACCAGGAGGAUGUCAAGACUACAACAAGUGUAAAAGUGAUUGAAAUUAUCAAAGACUGGAUUGUGAAACCACUGAGAGACCAGCAUGUGAAACCGAAGGCAGCUGCUAUAUUUAAAUGCGAGUUGUUCAAGGAGACUCCCAACUGGAAGUGGCUCAAAGGAGAGAAUGAGAUCACUCCUUCUGACAAGGUUGAGAUCAAGAAGGAAGGAAAGCAGCUGACUCUCACUAUCAAGAAUUGUCAGCCUGAGGACGUGGCACAAUAUGCCAUGGAGGUGGAAGGACGUGUCUACACUGCGAAGCUGACACUAGGAGAGCGCGAGGCUGAAAUCCUGAGGCCCUUGGCCAGCAUUGAGGUGACUGAGAAGGAAGAUGCUACAUUUGAGACAGAGAUCUCUGAGGAUGAUGUUCCAGGGGAAUGGAAGCUCAAAGGAGAGGUUUUGACCAGAUCCCCGAUGUGCGAUAUCCAGAUGGAGGGUACAGUUCGUAGGCUCAUCUUGAAAAAUUGCCAACUGGACCAGGCUGGAGAAGUGUCCUACCAGGCUCUGAAUGCUGUAACCAAUGCAAUGCUCAAUGUCAAAGAAAUCGAAAUGGACUUUGUUGUCCCACUGAAGGAUGUUUCUGUGCCUGAAAAGAAACAGGCUAAGUUUGAAUGCACCAUCACGAAGGAUGUCUCUAAGGUCAUGUGGUAUAGAGGGGCUGACAUCAUCACCCCAGACCAAAAGUAUGACAUCAUCGAUGAUGGAAAGAAGCAUAUGCUGAUCAUAAACUGCUGUGAGUUUGAUGAUGAGGACGAAUAUACGAUUGAGGUUUUGGGCAAAACUUCAACAGCUAGACUCACAGUGGAGGGUAUCAGGCUCAAAUUUAUCUCACCAAUAAAGGACCAAACUGUAAAAGAAGGCAAAACGGCUUGGUUCGAGCUGGAACUCUCUCAUGAGAACAUCCCCGUCACUUGGUACAAGAACGACGUUAAAAUUCAUCCGAGCAGAACAGUGCUCACUCAAGUGGACGGAAAGAAACACAUGCUAGAAAUAAGGGAAGUGACUCUAGAUGAUACGUGCCAGAUUAAGGCUGAGGCCAAAGGAAUUCCUUCCAUGGCCAACCUGACAGUCAUAGAGGGAGACGCAUACUUCACGGUUAAGCUGCAGGACUAUACUGCAGUGGAGAAAGACGAGGUGGUUCUAGAUUGUGAGCUCAGCAAAGAUGUCAAUGUCAUGUGGUACCACAAUGAGGCCGAGAUCAAGGCCUCUAAGACGGUGACUAUUAAGGCUGAGGACAAACGCAGAAGCCUUGUGAUCAAGAGAGUAGGGGACAAAGACAAAGGACAGUACGUAUGUGACUGUGGAACAGACAAGACGACUGCAACACUGCACAUUGAAGCUCGCCACAUCAAGGUGGUUCGACCGCUGUAUGGCGUUGAAGUGUUUGACGGAGAGACGGCUCGAUUUGAGGUCGAGCUCAGUGAGGACGACGUCCACGGCCAGUGGAAAUUGAACGGAGAGAUCCUCAGUCCAUCCGCCGAUGUUGAGAUUGUGGAGGACGGAGCCAAACACACUCUGGUCUUGUACAACUGCAAAGUGCCGCAGACAGGCGAGGUGGCGUUUGCUGCCGCCAACGCCAAGUGUUCUGCUAACCUGAAAGUGAAGGAACUCCCAGUGUCAUUCAUUACACCACUGGCUGAUGUGCAUGUGUACGAAAAGGAUGAGGCAAAGUUUGAACUGGAAAUUUCUAGAGAGCCCAAAAGCUUCCGUUGGCUAAAGGGAUCUCAGGAGUUGUCAAGUGAUGACAAGUAUGAACUCCUGGUGGAUGGAAAGAGUCACACGCUUAUUGUCAAAUCUGCCAAAUAUGAGGACGAAGCCAAAUACAUGUUUGAGGCUGAAGAUAAAAGGACGUCUGGAAAGUUGAUUAUCAAAGGUAUCCGCCUCGAAUUUAUCAAGCCGAUUAAAGAUGUGACUGUGAAGGAACGAGAAACUGCAGAGUUCAGCGUUGAACUCUCGCAUGAAAAAAUCCCAGUGGUCUGGUACAAAAACGACGUCCGUCUGCACCCGAGCAAGGUGGUGCACAUGUCGGAGGACGGGAAAGUCCACACGCUGGCCUUCAAGGAGGUCACCACCGACGACACCUCCAUGAUCAGAGUGGAGGCCAUGGCCAAGACGUCAGAGGCCAUGCUCACGGUGCUCGAGGGCGACCUGUACUUCACAGCCAAGCUCCAGAACUACACCGCCGUCGAGAAGGACGAGGUGAUUUUGUCCUGCGAGCUGAGCAAAGCGUCUGGCGAGGUCCGAUGGUUCAAGGACGGGAACGAAAUCUUUCCCUCCAAGAAAAUUCUCCUCCAGUCGGACGGCAAGAAGCGCAUGUUGGUCAUCAAGAAGGCGGUGAAGAGCGACAUGGGAGUGUUCACCUGUGACUGUGGCACCGACAAAACCACAGCCGAGCUGAACAUCGAAGAGCGCGACAUCAAGUUCGUUCGCCCACUGUACAGCGUGGAGGUCACGGAGACGGAGACGGCCACGUUUGAGACAGAGAUCUCUGAGGAGGACCUCCACGCCACCUGGAAACUGAAGGGAGAGGCGCUCCACUCGUCUGCUGAGGUGGAGAUCAAGGAGGAGGGAGCCCGACACGUGUUGAUCCUCCUCAACUGCAAAAUGGACAUGGCCGGAAGUAUCGACUUCUCGGCAGCGAAUGCCAAAUCCACAGCUCAGCUCAGGGUCAAAGCCCGAGUGAUCGGCCUGAUGAGGCCUCUGAAGGAUGCCACCGUGACCGCCGGUGAGACCGCCACCUUCGAGUGCGAGCUGUCAUACGAAGGCAUCGCUGUCGAGUGGUUCCUGGGGGAAACAAAGCUGGAACCAAGCGACAGAGUGGUGCUGAAGUCGGAUGGUAAAGUCCACAGCCUGACUCUGAGAGACGUGCAGCUGAAUGAAGCCGGACAAGUCAAACUCACCGCCAAAGACUUCCAGACCGAGGCCAACCUCACUGUCAACGAGCCUCCGGUGGAGUUCACAAAGCCGCUGGAGGACCAGACGGUGGAAGAAGAGGCCACCGCCACGCUGGAGUGUGAAGUCUCCAGAGAGAACGCAGAGGUACAAUGGUUCAGGGACGGACAGGAGAUCAGGAAGACCAAGAAGUACGAGAUGAUCGUCGACGGACGCAAGAGAGCGCUGCUCAUCCACGACUGCGCUCUGGACGACUCCAGGACGUACACCUGCGACGCCAAAGACUUCAAAACCUCCUGCUUCCUCAACGUGGAACCGCCACACAUCGAGUUCUCGAAGCCGCUGCACGACGUCGAGGUGAAGGAGAAGGAAUCUGCCAGGUUUGAAUGUGAAGUCUCCAGAGAGAACGUCAAAGUCCACUGGUAUAAGGAUGGAAGUGAAAUCAGAAAGGGAAAGAAGUACGAAAUUAUCGCUCAAGGUCGCCAACACGCCCUCGUCAUCCACAAGUCCGUGUUCGACGAUGAGGCUGAAUACGAAUGUGACGCAAAGACCUCCAAGUCCUCCGGCAUGCUCACUGUCAUCGAGGAGGAGGCCAGGUUCACCAAGAACCUCUCCAAUGUGGAGGGAACAGAGACGGACAGCGUGAAACUGAUCUGCGAGGUGUCCAAACCCAGCGCCGACGUCACCUGGUACAAAGGAGACGAGGAGCUGCCGGAGGGCGGCCGCUACGACCACAUCGUGGACGGGAAGAGGAGGAUCCUCCUCAUCCAGGACCUGAAGAUGGACGACGCUGGAGAGUACAACUGCAGGCUGAGUCCCAGCAACAAAACCUCUGCAAACCUCAGGAUUAAUGAACUUGCUGCUGAGUUCAUCUCCAGGCCGAGCAGCCAGGAGGUGGUGGAGGGCCACAAGGCGGAGUUCACCUGCUCCGUCUCCAAGGAAACCUUCGAGGUCAAAUGGAUGAAGGGUGAUCAGGAGCUGGAGGCGGGAGACAAAUACCAGAUGGUCAGCGAUGGCAAGAGACGGACUCUGGUCAUCGUGAACAGCGAGCUGAAAGACGAGGGCGGGUACACGGUGGUGAUCGGAGCGACCAGAGCGAGCGCCGACCUCACCGUGCUCGAGAAACUGAAGAUCAUCACGCCGCUGAAGGACACGGAGGGUAAAGAAGGUCAGGAGGUCGUCCUGAACUGCGAGGUGAACACGGAGGGAGCAAAGGCCAAGUGGCUGAAGAACGACGACACAGUGUUCGAGAGCAGCAAGUUCGUCGUGGUCCAGAGAGACAACGUCUUCUCCCUGAGGAUCAGAGACGCCCAGAAGGGAGACGAAGCCAACUACAGCAUCAACCUGACCAAUCAAAGAGGAGAGCAUGCCAAAAGCGCCUGCAACCUCACCGUCAAAGAGGAGAGUCUGAGGAUCGUGGUUCCUCUGGAGGACAUCGACACUCAGGAGAAGAAGACCGUCAGCUUUACCUGCAAGGUCAACAGGCCCAAUGCCACCCUGAAGUGGAUGAAGGGCGGCGAGGAGAUCGUCUUCAGCAAACGCAUCGUCUACAGAGUGGACAAAGACAAGCACACGCUAACCAUCAAAGACUGCACCUUGGCCGACGAGGGCGAGUACACCGCCGUGGCUGGAGACAACAAGUCCACCGCCGAGCUGAUCAUCAGCGAGGCGCCGACGGACUUCAGCGUGCACCUGAAGGACCAGACCAUCACCGAGUUUGAGGACGCCGAGUUCUCAUGCAAGCUGACCAAAGAGAAAGCAGAAGUCAAGUGGUACAGGAACGGACGCGAGAUCAGAGAAGGACCCAGAUACACAUUUGAGAAAGUUGGAAAGAUCUGCACCCUUCGUAUCAAGGAGUGCAGACCUGAUGAUGAGUGUGAAUACGCCUGUGGUGUGGACGACAAGAGAUCCAGAGCCAGGCUCUUUGUUGAAGAGACCCCCGUGGAGAUCGUCAGACCACCACAGGACGCGUUUGAACCUCCAGGCUCGGACGUGGUGUUCGAGGUGGAGCUCAACAAGGACAGAGUGGAGGUGAAGUGGUUGAGGAACAAUAUGACGGUUGUCCAGGGAGACAAAUACCAGAUGAUGAGCGAGGGGAAAGUCCACAGACUGCAGGUCUGCGAGAUCAGACCCAGAGACCAGGGAGAGUACAGAGUCAUCGUCAAAGACAAAGACGCCAAGGCCAAGCUGGAGCUGGCAGCUGUGCCUCAGAUAAAGACCACAGACCAGAACUACGUCACAGACACCGGGAAGCCCAUCGUCAUGGCUGUCCCCUACAGCGCCUACCCGAAGGCCGAGGCCGACUGGCUGUACGACAACACCAGUCUGCCCAAAGACAACAUCCACACCUCGGCCGACCGCACAGAGUACCGGCUGAAGGACCCCAAGAAGUCCGACGAGGGCCGCUACAAGAUCCAUAUCAAGAACAAACACGGAGAGGGGGAGGCCUUCAUCAAGCUGGACGUCAUCGAUGUCCCGGGACCCGUGAAGAACCUGCAGGUGGUGGACACCGCCGACGGCGAGGUCAGCCUGGCAUGGGAGGAGCCCGAGAGCGACGGCGGUAGCAAGGUCAUCGGCUACGUGGUGGAGAGACGCGAUGUGAAGCGUAAGACCUGGACGCUGGCCACCGACCACAUCGACAGUCCCGAGUACACAGUGACCGGCCUCCAGAGGGACUCCAUGUACCUGUUCAGGGUCUGCGCCCGGAACCGGGUCGGCAGCGGACCCAACGUAGAUACCGACAAACCCGUACAGGCCAAGAACAAGUUUGACGUCCCUGAGGCUCCUCUCAACGUCAUCGUGGGGAACGUCACCAAGUUUGGCUGCACCGUCUCCUGGGAGCCUCCCGAGUCGGACGGAGGCUCUCCCAUCACCUCCUACAUAGUGGAGCUGCGUGACCGCACGUCGGUGAAGUGGUCGCCCGUCCAGGUGACCAAGGCCGACGAACUCAGCGCCAUCAUCAACGACGUCAUUGAGAACAAAGAGUACAUCUUCAGAGUCAAGGCAGAGAACAAAGCCGGCGUCGGCAAGCCCAGCGCCGCCUCCCAGCCCGUCAAGAUCAUGGACCCCAUCGAGCGUCCCAGUCCCCCUCUGAACCUGUCCUGGCAGGACCAGAACAAGAACUCGGUGCAGCUCACCUGGGAGACUCCUCUGAGGAACGGAGGCAGCAUGAUCACUGGGUACAUCAUCGAGCGCUGCGAGGACGGUAGCGACAAGUGGCUCCGCUGCAACGCCCGCCUCUGCCCCGACCUCUUCUACAAGGUGUCUGGUCUGAAAUAUGGAACUAAGUACAACUACAGAGCGUUCGCUGAAAACGCCGCCGGAGUCUCCGACCCGUCCAACCUCCUCGGACCUCUCCUGGCUGACGACCUGCACGUUGGCCCGACCUUUGACCUCAGUGCUUUCAAAGACGGCCUGGAGGUGAUCGUCCCUCAGCCUCUGACCAUCAGAGUCCCCAUCACUGGAUACCCGACCCCCGUCGCCAAGUGGACGUUUGGUGAGAAGGAGCUGACGACCGCCGACGAGCGCGUCUCCCUGAUGACCAAGUCCACGUUCACAGAGCUGAUGGUCACGCCGAGUGUCCGCCCGGACAAAGGCAUCUACACCCUGCACCUGGAGAACGACGUCACAUCCGUGUCUGGAGAGAUCGAAGUCAACGUCAUCGCUGCGCCCAGCGCUCCAAAGGACUUCAAGGUCCUGGAGGUGACACGGCAGCAUGUCCACCUGAGCUGGGAGGCUCCCGAGCACGACGGAGGAAGUCCUCUGACCGGAUACCAGGUGGAAAAACGGGACAUGUCCCGCAAGACCUGGGUCAAGGUGGCCUCAGGAGUCCAGGAUCUGGAGUUCACCGUCACCGACGUGGUUGAAGGGAAGGAGUAUCUGUUCAGAGUCACCGCCUGCAACAAGUGUGGACCAGGAGAGCCGGCGUACAUCGACGAGCCCGUCAACGUCUCCUCUCCCGCCACUGUCCCCGACCCUCCAGAGAACCUGAGGUGGAGAGACAAGUCCGCCAGUGGCAUCUUCCUGACCUGGGAGCCACCGAAGUACGACGGCGGCAGCAGCAUCCGCGGCUACAACGUGGACCGCUGCCAGAGAGGAACUGAUAAGUGGGAGCCCUGUGGCGACAUGGUGCCUGAGCUGAAGUGCCAGGUGACUGGUCUGAUCGAGGGCCAGUGGUACGCCUACAGAGUCCGAGCCCUGAACCGACUCGGAGCCGGACGGCCCUGCAAGGCCACCGAUGAGAUCCAGGCUGUGGAUCCCAAAGAACCUCCAGAGAUCCAGCUGGACGCCAAACUGCUGGCCGGUCUGACUGCCAAGGCCGGCAGCAAGAUCGAACUCCCCGCUGAGGUGACGGGUAAACCCGAGCCCCGGGUGAAGUGGACCAAGGCCGACCUGGUCCUGAAACCGGACGACAGGGUGACCAUUGACACCAAGCCGGGACACUCCACCGUCACCAUUGCCAAAACCAAGAGAGAUGACAGCUCCACCUACAUCAUCGAAGCCACCAACAGCAGCGGCCGUGCCACCGCCACCGUCGACGUCAACAUCCUCGAUAAGCCCGGUCCUCCCGCCGCCUUCGACAUCUCCGAGAUCACUAACGAGACCUGCUUCCUGGCCUGGAAUCCUCCGCGCGACGACGGUGGCUCCAGAGUCACCAACUACAUUGUCGAGCGCCGUGCAACCGACAGCGAGAUCUGGCACCGGCUGUCAUCCACCAUUAAACAUACCACGUACAAAGCCGUGGAUCUGGUCAAGUUCAAGGAGUACAUCUUCAGAGUCUUCGCUGAGAACCAGUUUGGUGUUGGCCCACCAGCUGAGCACCUGCCCAUCAUCGCCAGAUACCCCUUCGAUACUCCCGGAGCUCCUUAUAAGUUGGAGGGUUCGGACAUCGCCAAGGACUCGCUGACCCUGACCUGGUACGAGCCUGAUGAGGAUGGAGGAAGCCCCAUCACAGGAUACUGGGUGGAGAGAUACGAACCUGACCACGACAAGUGGAUCAGGUGCAACAAACUGCCCAUCAAAGACACCAACUACAGAGUCAAAGGUCUUCCCACCAGGAAGAAGUACAAGUUCAGAGUCCUGGCUGAGAAUCUGGCCGGAACUGGAAAACCCAGCAAAGAGACAGACCCGAUCCUCGUCAAGGAUCCAAUCGAUCCUCCAUGGCCUCCUGGUAAACCUACGGUGAAGGACGUGGCCAAGACUUCCUGCUUCCUGAUGUGGACCAAGCCAGAGCACGAUGGCGGAGCCAAGAUUGAUGGCUACGUCAUUGAGAUGCUGAAGAGCGGCACCAUGGACUGGAUCCGCGUGGCGGAGAACAUCAACGUCCUGGAGCACUUCCUGAAGGGCCUGAUGGAAAAGCAGGAGUAUUCGUUCAGGGUGCGGGCCGUGAACGUGGCCGGAGAGAGCGAGCCCAGCGAACCAAGCGACCCGGUGCUCUGCAAGGAGAGACUCAACCCUCCUUCGGCUCCUCGCUGGUUGGACGUCGUCAACAUCAGCAGGAACAACGCCGAGUUGAAGUGGACGGCGCCCGAGCGCGACGGCGGCUCCCCCAUCACCAACUACGUGGUGGAGAAGCGUGACGUCAGGCGUAAAGGCUGGCAGACCGUGGACACCACAGUCAAGGAGCUGAAGUACACUGUGACUCCGCUCAACGAAGGGUCGCUGUACGUGUUCCGCGUCGCUGCUGAGAACGCCGUGGGCCUCGGACCGUUCUGCGAGCUGGAGGACUCCGUGCUGGCCAAAGACACUUUCACCACUCCUGGGCCACCGUACGCCCUCGCCGUCAUCGCUGUGUCCAAGAGAUACGUGGACCUUCAGUGGGAGGCGCCUAAAAAUGAUGGUGGACGACCCAUCCUCAGGUAUUCCAUUGAGAAGAAGGAGAAGCUCGGAACUCGCUGGGUUAAAUGCGGGAAGACUUCAGGUCCGGACUGUAAGUACCGAGUGACAGACGUCAUCGAGGGAACUGAGGUCCAGUUCCUGGUCCGAGCCGAGAAUGAGGCCGGCAUCGGACAUCCGAGCGAACCCACCGAGAUCCUCACCAUCGAAGACCCAACUGGUGUCCCGUCACCGCCCAUCGAGCUGCACGUCACCGGAGCCAGCCGGGACUUCCUGUCCAUCGCCUGGAAACCUCCGCAGAGAGAUGGCGGCUGCCCCAUCACCGGCUACCACAUUGAGAUGUGCGAGGCCGGAACAGAGAAGUGGAUGAGGGUCAACUCUCGUCCAGUGAAGGAGCUGAAGUUCCGCGUGGAGGAGGGCGUGGUCCCCGAGAAGGAGUACAUCCUGAGAGUGAGGGCCAUCAACGCCAUCGGAGUGAGCGAGCCCUCCGACAUAUCCGAGAACGUCUUCGCCAAAGAGUCUGACUGUAACCCAAUGCUGGAGUUCCAGACUCUGGACCUGGUCGUCGUGGAAACAGAGAAGAUGCACAUCCCUGUUCCCUUCAGAGCCGUCCCCUCCCCCAGAAUCACCUGGCACAAAGACGGCAAGGAGCUGAAGGCCGACGAGCGCCUCGGCUUCAGGAAGGAGUAUACUUCCUGUCACCUAGAAGUUGAGAGCAGCCUUCACGCUGACGCAGGAGUCUACAAAGUGACUCUGGAGAACAAACUGGGAGCCGCCAGCGCCACCAUCAACGUCAAAGUCAUCGGACUUCCUGGUCCCUGUAAGGAGAUUGUGGCCUCUGAGAUCACAAAGAGCUCCUGUAAAGUGUCUUGGGAUCCUCCAGACUAUGACGGCGGCACCCCGAUCAUUCACUACGUCCUGCAGCGGCGUGAGGCCGGCAGGAGGACGUACGUCAACAUGAUGUCUGGAGAGAACAAGGUGAGCUGGAACAUCAAAGACCUCAUCCCCAACGGAGAGUACUACUUCAGAGUCCAGGCCGUCAACAAAAUCGGAGGAGGAGAGUUCAUCGAGCUCCGCAACCCGGUCAUCGCAGAGGACCAGAAACAUGCUCCCGACCCCCCCGUGGAUGUGGAGACCCACAAUCCCACAUCCAGCACCGUCACCCUGACCUGGAAGCCUCCCAUGUACGACGGCGGCGCCAAGAUCAUGGGCUACAUCCUGGAGAAGCAGCAGAAGGGUGAGGACAAGUGGGAGAGGUGCAACGACUUCCUGGUGCCCGUCGUGUCCUACACCGUCAGGGGACUGACCGAGGGCAAGAACUACACCUUCAGAGUCAAGGCCGAGAACGCAGCUGGGGUCAGCGAGCCAUCGCGCAACACGCCGUUCGUCAAGGCCUCAAACGCUGUUGACGCUCCGAAAGUUUUCCUCAGCGGCAGUCUGCAGUCCGGUCUCAGCGUGAAGCGAGGCUGUGAGAUCCUCUUGGACGCCAACAUCUCUGGCUCGCCCUACCCUCAGAUCACCUGGUACUGGAACAACCAGGUGAUCCGCCCAGAGCCGCUCCGCAAGAGGCCCGAGAGGCCCCUGAAGAAGAAGGUGGAGAAGAAGGAAGAGGAGAAGAAGGAGGAAGAGAAGAAGGAGGGAGAAGCCGAGAAGAAAGAGGAGAAGAAGGAGGGUGAGGCGAAGGAAGGAGAAGAGAAGAAAGAAGGAGAAGAGAAGGAGGAGAAGAAGGAGGAGGAGGCUGCAGAGCCGGAGCUGGAGGAGUUCGACUACCCGACGAUUAACGAGCGUCUCGCCAUCGACAACAGCCACAGGGGCACGUCCUCCGUCGUCAUCACGGACUCGUACCGCGCCGACCACGGCAUCUACAUGGUGAAGGUGGAGAACGAUCAUGGCAUCGCCUCAGCAACCUGCGAGGUCAACGUGCUUGAUACUCCCGGUCCUCCUGUGAACUUCAGAUUCGAGGAGGUGAGGAAGAACUCUGUGAUCUGCAAGUGGGAUCCACCUCUGGACGAUGGCGGCAGCGAGAUCCUCAACUACACUCUGGAGAAGAAGGACAACUCCAAGCUGGAGUUCGGCUGGAGCAGCGUCACCUCCACGCUGAGAGGAUGCCGCUACCUGGUGCCCAAACUCAUCGAGAAGAAGGAAUACAUCUUCAGGGUCGUGGCCGAGAACAAGUUCGGCGCCGGUCCUCCCUGCAUCUCCAAACCACUCAUCGCCAAGAAUCCCUUCGAACCUCCUGAGGCGCCUGAUAAGCCACAGAUUGAAGACAUCACAGCCAACAGCAUGCUGGUCACCUGGAAUGAGCCAAAUGACAACGGCAGCCCCAUCCUGGGAUACUGGGUGGAGCGUCGUGAGAUCAACAGCUCCCACUGGGCACGUGUGAACAGGAACCUCGUCCCCGACACUGAGCUGGACGUUGUGGGUCUGCUGGAGGGGCUGACAUACAUCUUCAGGGUCGCCGCUGAAAACCAGGCCGGCCCAGGAAAGUUCAGCAUCCCCUCCGAACCCAAGACGGCCCAUGCUCCGAUCCUACCUCCUGGACCUCCAGUCGCCCGAGUGGUGGCGACCACCGACCACUCCAUCGACGUGGAGUGGGACCCUCCUGCUGACAACGGUGGAGGGGAGAUCCUGGGAUACCAUGUGGAUAAGGCCAUGGCUGGUACCAAGGACUGGGGUAGGUCUACAGAGCGCCCCUGGAAGACCCGCGCAUUCACUGUCUAUGGAGUCCGAGAGGGAGCCAAGUACCUGGUCAGAGUCAUCGCCUGCAACGCUGCUGGAGAGGGAACACCAGGAUUCACAGAGUCAGUGUUCGUCAGGAAUCCAGCAGAGAUACCUGUGAUUGAACUGGACCUGUCCGUCAAGAAUGGCGUGGUCAUCAGAGCUGGAGAGACUCUCCGUGUACCUGCUACAGUCACAGGUAAACCCUACCCGACCAUCACCUGGACCAAGGACGACGCUAAACCUGACAAAGACAGGGUGGAGAUCCUCACUGAGGGCAACGACAGCAUCGUUUCAAUCAAGAACGUCCAGAGGAAGGACUGUGGCAAAUACCAGAUCUCCGCUUGCAACCCCAGCGGUACCAAGUCUGCUUGGACCAGAGUGGAGGUCAUGGACGUCCCCGGACCCGUCACAGACCUGAAACCCGUCGUCGUCACUCGUAAGAUGAUUUUCCUGAACUGGGACGAUCCCGUGGACGACGGAGGCAGCGACCUGACCGGCUUCAUUGUGGAGCGAAAAGACGCCAAGAUGCACACAUGGAGGCAACCCGUUGAAACCGCCUCAUCCAAGUGCGAGUGCGUGGGCAUCAUGGAGGGACAGGAGUACAUGUUCCGCGUCAUUGCCAAGAACAAGUAUGGCCUGGGACCGCCAGUUGAGCUGGGGCCCAUCAAGGCUGUGGACCCACAGGGUCCUCCAUCGUACCCUGAGAAGUUCCAUUACACUGAGCGCACCAAGAACUCCAUCACACUUGCCUGGAAGCCUCCUCGUAACGACGGUGGCAGCCCGGUCAUCGGCUACUUUGUUGAGAAGAAGAGACAGGACCAGCAGGCCUUCGAGCCCUGCAACACCGAGAUCUGUCCCAACAUGACCAUGACUGUGGAGGGCCUGGAUGAGGCCUGGUUGUAUGAGUUCAGGAUCAAGUGUGCCAACCUCAUCGGAGAGAGUGAGCCAUCCAUCCCACUCACUGUGGUCAUCCAGGAUGAUGAAGUGGCUCCUGAGGUCCACAUGCUGAAGCACUUCAAGGGUGACUGCAUCACCGUGAAGAAGGGUGAACCCAUCGAGAUCCCAGCCGACGUCCUGGGACUUCCCAUCCCUAAGGUUGAGUGGUCCAAGGACGACUUGGUGAUAGAGAAGCCCACCGAGACUCUGCUGAUGGAGACGGAGGUGACCGGCAGGAUGAACUGCAAGACUGUACUGUCCAUCCCAGCAUCCAACAGGAGGGACCGCGGCAGCUACACUGUGACCGCCUCCAACAACAUGGGCUCAGCCAAGCACACCAUCACUGUCAUGGUGCUGGACCGACCACUUCCACCCAGGAAUGUGACGGUGUCCAACAUCAAGGCAGAGUCCUGCUACCUGACAUGGGAUCCACCACUUGACGACGGUGGCAGCGAACUCACCAACUACAUUGUUGAAAGGAAGGAUGAAGCCCCACCUGAACCACAGUGGGUGGAGGUCACCAACAGCAUCAUUGAGAAGAAAUACGGGAUGUGGAAUCUGGAGACCAACAAGACCUACAUGUUCCGAGUCCGAGCUGAGAACCGCUACGGUAAAUCUGACCCAUGUACCACAGAGGAGGUCCAGAUCACAGACCCCUUCGGCCUCCCUGGCCCACCAGAGAAACCAACCAUCGCAGAGUACUCCAAAACCUCCAUGACCCUGACCUGGGAGCCUCCCAGGGAUAACGGUGGCUCCAUGAUCAUUGGCUACUGGCUGGAGAAGAGAGAGAAAGGCACAGGCUACUGGGCCAGAGUCAACAAGAUGCCAGUCACCAAGAGGGGCAUGAAAGGCUGGGAGUACCAGGUGACUCGUCUGUUCGAAGGAACAGAGUAUGAGUUCAGAGUUGCUGCCAGCAAUUCAGCAGGAAUUGGACCAUUCAGUGCACCGUCCGACUCCGCCUUUGCUGUUGAUCCACUGACUCCUCCGGGCAUGCCUGCUGCUCCUGAGGUGGCUGACAAGACAAAGCACAACGUCACGUUGUCCUGGAAACCACCAGAGAAGGACGGAGGAAGCCCCAUCAAGGGCUACAUCAUCCAGAUCCAGGAUGAGGGCACAUCUGAGUGGGUGAGGGUGAACGAUCCCGAAACCCUUCACCCCACCACUGAGUUCACCGUGCCCACCCUCCGUGAGCUGAAACGCUACCGCUUCAGGAUCAUCGCUGUCAAUGACAUCGGCGAGUCCGACCCCAGCCCCCGCACCAGCGAGGUCCUGAUUGAGGAUAUCCAGCUUCCUCCUUCCAUCACCCUCGACGUCAUGGCCGAUGACCUGCUGGUCAUCCGUGCUGGAGAUCCAAUCAAGAUUCCUGCCACCAUCAAGGGUCGCCCUGUUCCCAAGGUGACCUGGGACUUUGAUGGCAAGGCCAAGUCACACAAAAAGAACAAAUUGCACACACUGCCCGUGGACUCCGAGGUUGAGUCCACAGACACCAAGUCCAUCGUGACCAUCCCUGUAAGUCUGAGGAGCCACUCCGGACGCUACACCAUCACGGCCAAGAACAAGUCCGGACAGAAACACAUCAACGUCAGAGUCAACGUCCUCGACGUCCCUGGACCUCCAAAGGAUCUGAGGGUUACUGACAUAACUCGGGCUACUAUGAGGCUGAUCUGGAAACUUCCAGACAAUGACGGAGGAGAGAGAAUUAAGAGCUACUUCAUCGAGAAGAAGAGUGUCACUGAUAAGGCCUGGACCAAGGUGAAUGCGGCCUGUGCCAGCCAGGCUUUUGUGGUCCCCGGUCUGCUGGAGGGUCAGGACUACCUGUUCAGGGUCAGGGCCGAGAACAGACUUGGAUUUGGUCCGUUCACCGUCACCACCGAGCCCGCCCGGGCCAGAGACCCCAUCUACCCCCCCGACCCCCCUACCAAGCUGAAGGUCAACCUGGUGACGAAGACCACCGUCACCCUGAGCUGGGAGCCUCCCAAAAACAACGGCGGCUCUCCGGUAAAGCAUUACAUCAUCGAGCGUUUGAGCUGGGACACCAGCGGCAAGGAGAAGGAGACCUGGAAACAGUGCAACAAGAGAGACGUGGAGGAUCUCACCUUCGUGGUGGAGGACCUGAAGGAGGGAGGAGAAUACGAGUUCAGAGUAAAAGCCGUGAACGCAGCUGGACCCAGCCGACCCUCCGCCACCGUUGGACCCAUGGUCAUCAAGGAUCAGACAUGUGCUCCCACCAUCGUGCUGCGUGAGGCCAUGGAGGGCGAGGAGGGCUGCGACGUCAGCAUCGUGGCAAAGGUGAGCGGCUGUCCAUUCCCCACACUCACCUGGCACAAGGCCAGCGUGGCCAAACCCGAAGAGAAGGCCGCCGUCCAGUACGACCAGCACAUGAACAAACUGGUGACCCACGACAAGUGUACACUGCUGAUCCAGCAGGCCAGCAGGCACGACAGCGCCCUCUACAGCCUGACAGCCAGCAACAGCCUGGGCACCGUCACCAAGGACAUCAAGCUCUCAGUGCUGGGACCCCCCGGCCCACCUGUCGGACCACUCAAAUUCACAGAGGUGUUUGCGGAGAGGAUCGGCCUGGCCUGGAGCCCUCCCACAGACGACGGUGGAUCCAAGAUCACCAACUAUGUGGUGGAGAAGCGCGAGGAGAACAGGAAGUCCUGGGUCCACGUCUCCACAGACCCCAAGGAGUGCGCCUACGUGGUGACCCGUCUGACGGAGAACCACGAGUAUGAGUUCAGAGUCAUGGCCCAGAACAAGUUUGGAGUCGGGCCUCCGCUGGUCAGCGAGCCGGAAAAGGCCAGAAACCUCUUCACCGUCCCGGGUCAGUGUGAGAAACCGACUGUGACCGACGUGUGUCUGGAGUCAAUGACCGUCAACUGGGAUGAGCCUAAGUACGAUGGCGGCUCCUCCAUCACCGGCUACAUCGUGGAGAAGAAGGAGACCACCUCCAAGCGCUGGACCCGCGUCACCCGCGACCCGAUCCGCGCGCUGCCGCUGGGCAACAACUGGGACGUCACCGGCUUGAUGGAGGGCGCCAUGUACCAGUUCAGGGUAAUCGCCGUCAACGCCGCCGGCUGCGGUCUGCCCAGCGUGCCCUCUGACCCUGUACUCUGCAGAGACCCCAUCAAGCCCCCUGGCCCGCCCACUCCCAAGGUGACAGACUGGACCAGGUCGACGGUGGAGCUGGAGUGGAUCCCUCCCACACUGGAUGGAGGGUCAAAGGUCACCGGCUACAUCGUGGAGUUCAAGGAGCCUGAGGGUGACGAAGGAUGGGAGAAGGCAAAGGACACAGAGAUCAGAGGAACCAAGUUCGUGGUGGAUGGUCUGAAGGAAGGCGGUCUUUACCGCUUCAGAGUCCGAGCCGUGAACGCCGCCGGAGUGGGAGACCCGGGACUGGUGUCGGAGCUGAUUGAGGUCAAAGACAGAACAAUUCCUCCUGAGAUGGACCUGGACGCCUCCGUGAAGGAGAAGAUCGUGGUCCACGCUGGCGGCACCAUCCGCAUCAUUGCCUACGUGUCUGGUAAACCUGCCCCGCAGAUCACCUGGUGCAGAGACGACGGCGAGGUGCCCAAAGAGGCCGUGGUGGAGACGACGGGCAUCUCCAACUCGCUGGUCAUCAAGAACUGCAGACGCCAGCACCAGGGCAUUUACACACUGAGCGCCAAGAACGAGGGCGGAGAGAGGAAGAAGGCCGUCAUUGUCGAGGUCCUGGACGUCCCAGGACCAGUAGGUCUUCCCUUCGCCGGCGAGAAUCUGACCACCGACUCCUGCAAGCUGACCUGGUACUCCCCCGAGGACGACGGUGGCUCGACGAUCACCAACUACAUCAUCGAGAAGAGGGAGUCGGACCGCAUGGGCUGGACCUCGGUGUCCUACACUGUGACGAGGAACAACGCUGUGGUUCAGGGGCUCAUCGACGGCAAGGGUUACUUCUUUAGGAUCGCAGCCGAGAACAUCAUCGGCAUGGGACCGUUCAUUGAGACCGACAGGAUGGUUCUUAUCAAAGACCCCAUCUCCGUUCCAGAGCGUCCAGAGGAUCUGAUCAUUACCGCCGUUACCAAGGACUCCAUCUCUGUUGCCUGGAGACCGCCCAAGUAUGACGGAGGCGCCGAGGUGACCGCAUACGUCCUGGAGUCCCGUAUGGUCGGCCGUGACAACUUCACACGCGUAGGCGGCGAGGACAAGCUGAUGGACAGGAAGUUCACACUGACCGGGCUGAAGGACGGCUCGAGCCACGAGUUCAGAGUCUCCGCUCUCAACCAGGUGGGACAGGGCAAACCGUCCUUCGCCACCAAACCUGUGCAGUGCAAGGACGAGCUUGAACCACCCAACCUGGACCUGGACUUCAGGGACAAGAUGAUGGUGAAGGUGGGAGACAGCUGCACGCUAUCGGGACGCUACAGCGGCAAACCGACCCCGGCCAUCACCUGGAAGAAGAACGACGAGGAGCUGAAGGCGGAUGAGGAGAUCGGCCUCCACAGCACCGCCCGCCACCUCAGCCUCAACAUCGGCAAGGCCAAGAGAGAGCACAGCGGGUGCUACUGCGUCAGCGUGGAGAACGCCGCCGGAGCUCGCACAGGAAUCUGCACCAUCACUGUGGUCGACCGCCCUCAGCCACCAGAGGGCCCUGUGGUGUUCAAUGAGGUCUACAGGAACUACAUGGUGAUCUCCUGGAACCCUCCUCUGGACGACGGAGGCUGCGCCAUCUCCAACUACAUCAUUGAGAAGAGAGACACCAACAGAGACCUGUGGAUGCCCGUCACCUCGUCCUGCACUAGGACGACUUGCAAGGUACCGAAGCUGAUCGAGGGUCGUGAAUACAUCAUCAGGAUCAUGGCUCAGAACAUCUACGGCAUCAGCGACCCCCUCCUGUCUGCAGAGACCAAGGCCAGAGACGUCUUCAAGGUGCCUGACGCCCCCAAACAGCCCACAGUGAAGGAGGUUUACCACGACUCCGCCCUCAUCAGCUGGGAGCCUCCUGCCGACGGAGGAAAACCAAUCACAGGCUACAUCGUGGAGAGGAAGGAGACCAUGGCCAACAGGUGGGUUCGCUGCAACACAGAGAGGAUCUAUCCCAAGGUGGAGUACUGGGUGACCGAGCUGUUGAAAGGUUGUGAGUACGAGUUCAGAGUCAGCGCUGAGAACGUGGUGGGAGCCGGAGACCCGAGCCCACCCUCCAAACCCGUCUUCGCCAAAGACCCCAUCGUGAAACCCAGUCCACCGGUGAAGUUCCGGGCCAUCGAUCACACCAAGGAAUCAGUGACUCUGUCCUGGGAGCCGCCCACCGACACCGGCAGAGGAAAGAUCUUCGGAUACCUGCUGGAGUUCCAAAAGGCUGGAGAGGAGGAGUGGCAGAAGGUGAACCAGACUCCAGACUCCUGCCAGGAGACCAAGUUUAAGGUGAUAGGCCUGGAUGAAGGUUCUCUUUACCGCUUCAGAGUCAUGGCCGUCAACGCUGCCGGAGAGUCUGAUCCGGCUAAUGCAAGGGAGCCAGUCAGAGCCCAGGACAGACUUGAGCCCCCAGAGUUGAUUCUGGAUGCUGGAAUGACCCGGGAGGUAAAGGCCAUGGCCGGCACUCACAUUACUCUGAUGGCCGCCAUCAAAGGCAUCCCGUUCCCCACGGUUACCUGGAAGAAGAAUGAUGCUGAGGUUCCCACCAGGGCCGACAUCGAGACCAACCAGGCUGGCACUAAGCUGGAGAUGAGGUUCUGUAACCGUGGUGACUGUGGAGACUACACCCUAACUGUGGAGAACCCAGCCGGAUCCAAGACCGUCACGUGCACCGUGCUGGUCCUCGACAAACCUGGUCCCAUCCAGCACCUCCGGGUGUCUGACAUCAGGAGCGACUCCGCCUACCUGUCCUGGAAGGACCCGGAGGACAACGGUGGCACUCGCAUUACAAACUUUGUGGUGGAGAAGAAGGACACAGCAUCCACUCAGUGGGUCCCCGUCUGCUCCACAUCCAAGAAACGCAGCAUGAUGCUGAAGCACCUGAUGGAGGGAACGUCCUACGUGUUCAGAGUUGCCGCUGAGAACCAGUACGGCCGCAGCGAAUAUGUGGAGACGCCAAAGGCCAUCAAGGCCAUGAACCCGCUCUUCCCUCCUGGUCCCCCCAAAGAUUUGCACCACGUCGACGUGGACAAGACCGAGGUGUGGUUGGUCUGGAACUGGCCUGACCGCAACGGAGGAAGCGAUAUCACAGGCUUCCUGGUUGAGUAUCAGGAAGAAGGAGAGAAGGAGUGGGACGAGUGGAAGACCGUCAGCAUCCCCGAGAGUCACGUGACCGGCCUGGAGGAAGGAAAGACAUACCGCUUCAGAGUGAGGGCCGAGAAUGCCAUCGGCCUCAGCAGACCUGACACCACCGUGCCGAUCCUCUGCCAUGAGAAACUGGUGCCCCCGAUUGUGGAGGUGGAUGUGAAGCUGAUUGAAGGCAUCAUCGUGAAGGCCGGCACCACCAUCAGGCUGCCAGCUAUCAUGAGAGGAAUCCCCGUCCCCACCGCCAAGUGGUCCAUCGAAGGAGAGGAGAUCCUCAGCGAGGGCAACGUCAAGAUCGACACUGAUAACUUUUCGACAGUGCUGAGCAUUAACGAGUGCACCAGGAACCACACGGGCACCUACCUUCUCACUGUGUCCAACCCAGCUGGAUCCAAGACGGUGGCCUUGAACGUCACUGUCCUGGAUGUUCCCGCCGCUCCCAUCGGACCCGCCAACAUUCUGGAGGUCACUCCUGACUCCAUGAUGAUCGAGUGGCGUCCUCCCAAGGACGACGGUGGCAGCCCCAUCACCAACUACAUCGUGGAGAAGAGAGAGUCCAACAAGGAGACCUGGGGAGGUGUGAGCUCCGGCAGCCUCGCCACCCAGCUCAGUAUCACACGCCUGCAGAGGGGGGCGGAGUACGUCGUUCGCAUUCGUGCUGAGAACAAGAUGGGCAUCGGUGGUCCUCUGGAGAGCAAACCCACCGUGGCUGAGCACACCUUCAUGCCACCCAGCCCUCCGGGUAAGCCCCAGACAUCAGACCUCUCAGAGGAUGCUGUGACAGUCGGCUGGACCAUGCCCCUAAGUGAUGGCGGCAGCCAGAUCACCGGCUACAUCAUUGAGCGCAGACACAAGGGAGGAAAGUGGAUCCGUGUCAAUAAGAAACCCUGCAAGGACCUGAGGUACAGAGUCCUGGGUCUGUUUGAGGGCAGCGAGUAUGAAUUCAGAGUGUUUGCUGAGAAUAUCGCUGGCUACAGUGGCCCCUCUCCCAUCUCUGACCCCUGCAAGCCCUGCAGGCCCAUCACCGUCCCCAGUCCCCCUGUCAACCCCAGAGUUAAAGACUACAGCAAGACCACCGCCGACCUGGUGUGGAUCAAACCCAACAAGGACGGAGGCAGCCCUAUCCUCGGCUACAUUGUGGAGAUGAAGAAGGCAGAUACUGAAGAAUGGAAGAAAGUGAACCUGGACGACUUCAUCAAGCAGUGCGCCUACAGGGUGAAGGGUCUGGAGGAGGGCGUGACCUACAGAUUCAGAGUCCGCGCCUCAAACAUGAUUGGAGAUGGAGAGCCCAGAGAAAUCCCAGAGUCUGUCACUGCACAGGACAUCCUCAUCCCUCCGGAGAUUGAGAUGGAGGUCACCUGCCGUGAGCGUGUCACUGUGCGUGCCGGACACAACAUCAAUAUCAUCGGCUACAUUAAGGCCCGCCCUGACCCCGAAGUGCUUUGGGUUAAGGAGGAGGCAGUUCUGGAGAACAGCAAGCGCAUCACCAUCGUUCAGAACCUGCCUGUGACCCACCUGAAGAUCAAAGAGGCCACACGAGCUGACCAUGGCAAAUACACCAUCAAGGCUUCAAACGAGGGCGGCGAGGCCUCCUGCACCAUCACAGUCAAUGUACUGGACAGACCUAGCCACUGCCAGAACCUGCACAUUACCUACGCAACCAAAGACUCCUGCAUGAUCAACUGGGAGGCCCCUAAAGACAACGGUGGAUCCGAGAUCACCAACUACAUCGUGGAGUGCCGUGAGCCCAGCAUUAGCAUGUGGUCCAUGAUCUCUUCCAACUGCACCAAUCGCAAGAUCAAGGCCAAGCUGAUGGAGGGCCACGAAUACCUGUUCCGCGUCUGCGCUGAGAACAAGAUCGGACCUGGACCCUCCGUGGAGACCAGGACCCCUCUGCUGGCGAUCGACCCCAUCGAGAAGCCCGGUGAGCCUGAGAACUUCAGAGCCACUGACGUCGGUAAGAACCACGUCUAUCUGAGGUGGAGGAAGCCUGACUAUGAUGGUGGCAGUCCCAACCUCUCCUAUAACCUGGAGUGCAAAGCCAAAGAUGCUGAAGAGUGGACGAAACUCAACACCAGUGUGCUCACAGACACCUUCUUCCUGGCUGACAAGCGUGUGGAGAAUCAGACGUACACCUUCAGGGUGCAGACCGUCAAUGAAGGAGGUGAAAGUGCCUGGGUGAAGAUAGAUGUUCUGGUGAGGGAGGAGCUCCAGAAGCCCGUCAUUGACCUGAAGCUGGCCGGAGCUCUGACAGUGAAGGCCGGAGAGUCAGUGAGGAUGGAGGCCGCUCUGAGAGGAAAGCCCCAGCCUGAGGUCAAAUGGAUCAAAGACAAGGCUGUUGGAGACAACCCCAGAAUCAGCUAUGAGACUGGUUCAGACUACUCAAAGUUCCUCCUGACCAAGUCCAGACGCACUGACACCGGAAAGUACAUCAUCACCGCCACCAACGCGGCCGGCACCUUCACAGCGUAUGCCAACGUUAAUGUCCUGGAUGUCCCCGGGCCGGUGAGGAACCUCAGGAUCACCGGUAUCGGAGCCGACAAGUGCAGAGUGGUGUGGGACGGUCCGGAGGAUGACGGAGGUUGUGAGGUGGACAGCUACAUCCUGGAGAAAUGCGAGACCAGGAGGAUGGUCUGGUCCACGUACUCCGCCUCUGUGGUCACACCAUACUGUAACGUCACUCGUCUGGUGGAGGGCAACGAGUACAUCUUCAGAGUGAGGGCUGAGAAUAAGAUGGGAACCGGCCCCCCCAUGGAGAGCAAGUCUGUAACUGUCAAGACUCAGUUCAACAAACCUGGACCCCCUGAGGCCCCAGAGGUCACCAAGGUGAGUAAAGAUGAGAUGACGGUGGUCUGGGCUCCUCCCGAGAACGACGGAGGGAAGUCGAUCACCGGUUACAUCCUGGAGAGGAAAGAGAAGAGGGCGGUGCGCUGGGUGCCCUGCACCAAGAGCCCCAUCUCUGAGAGACGCAUGAAAGUCACCAACCUGAUCCCCAACCACGAGUACCAGUUCAGGGUGAAGGCUGAGAACGAGGUCGGUCUGGGAGAGCCCAGCAAACCCUGCAGGCCCGUCGCAGCCAAAGAUCCCAUCGAGCCCCCUGGCCCCCCUGCAGGCCUGAAAGUGUCUGACAGCACCAAGACUUCUAUCACACUGUCCUGGUCUAAGCCUGUGUAUGAUGGCGGUGCCCCUAUCAUCGGCUACAGCUUGGACAUGAGGCUGAAGAGCGAGGCGGACCCUGAGAAGCCCUCAGAGGGCUGGAAGAGGAUUGACACUCAUGGCCCACUGGUGCUCACAGAGUUCACCAUUGGCCAGCUGGAUGAGAAGCAGGAGUACGAGUUCAAGGUGUCCGCCCAGAACCAGGUGGGCUGGGGACGCCACGCUUACACGAAGGAGGCCGUCUUCCCCAAGGAGAUUCUGGAGGCUCCAGAGAUUGAGCUGGACGCCAGUCUGAGGAAAGGCCUGGCCGUCAGAGCCGGCUGUCCAAUCAGGUUGUUUGCUGUGAUCAGAGGAAGGCCCGCCCCCAAAGUCACAUGGAAGCGCAUAGGUGUGGACAAUGUGGUCCGCCGAGGCCACGUGGACCAGGUUGACACCAUGUCCUUCUUGGUCAUCCCUGAAAGCACCAGAGAGGAUUCUGGGAAAUACUCGCUGACUCUGUCUAACUCAGCUGGAGAGAAAGCGAUAUUCGUCCGCGUCAAAGUGCUCGACACUCCUGGUCCCGUUGGCGGCCUGGAGGCAACCGACAUCACCAAGACGACGGCUCAGCUGUCCUGGUUGCCACCGGAGAAUGACGGCGGCAGCCCCAUCCUCAACUACAUUGUGGAGAAACGGGAGGUGGACAGGAAGACCUGGACCAAGUGCACAGAGGACUUGAAGAAGACCAGCUUCAAGGUGACCAACAUGACACCUGGCAUCGAGUACUACUUCAGAGUCAUGGCCUGCAACAAGUACGGCAUCGGUGUUCCUCAGGACUCACCCAGGUCCUACUUGGCUGUUGAUCCCAUCAGUGAGCCCGACCCUCCAAAGAAGAUGGACGUGUUGGAGAUCACCAAGAACAGCGCCACGCUUGGUUGGCUGAAGCCGCUCAGAGACGGUGGGGCCAAGAUCAACGGUUAUGUGGUUGACUACCAGGAGGAGGGCGCACCUGAAGACAAGUGGACACCUUACUCUGUGGUCAAAGACCUGACCAUUGUGGUGGUCGGUCUCAAGGAAGGAACCAAGUACAAGUUCAGAGUGGCAGCCAGGAACUCAGUGGGAGUCAGUCUUGCCCGAGAGGCCGAGGGAGUGUUUGAGGUCAAGGAGCAGCUCAUGGCUCCUAAGAUCAUCAUGCCCGACAUUGUGACAGUCAGAGCUGGAUCCAAGAUGGUGAUUGAGGCCAUUGUGGCAGGUAAACCCGCUCCCUUCUGCAAGUGGAAGCAGGGCAACGAGGACGUGCUGACCUCUGACCGGCUGUCUGUCGUAAAGACGCUGACAACCUGCACGCUAAUCAUCAAGAAUGUGAACAGAAAAGACAGCGGCUACUACAGCCUGUCAGCCGAGAACAGCACCGCCAAGAUCAACCAGAUCCUCAAAGUCAUCGUCAUGGACAUCCCUGGACCCCCUGAGGCUCCUCUGGAGAUCACUGAGCAGGACAUUGAUGCCUGCACACUGCUGUGGAACUCCCCUCAGGAGGACGGCGGCAGCAACAUCACCAACUACAUCGUGGAGAAGUGUGACGUCAGCCAGGGCGACUGGAUCACCGUGUCCGCAUCCUGCACCAAAACCAGCUUCAGAAUGACCAAACUGACGACCGGCAAAGAGUACGGCUUCAGAGUCCGCGCUGAGAACAGGUUUGGCAUCUCUGAGCCCAUCUACUCUGAGAAGAUGAUUGCCAGACAUCCAUUUGAUCCUCCCAGCGAGCCCAGAAACCUGCAGAUCAACAAGAUCAACAAGGACUUCGUAAUCCUGUCGUGGGAGCGUCCAAGCAGCGACGGCGGCAGCCCAAUCACCGGAUACUGCAUUGAAAAGAAAGAAAGGAACAGCCUUCUAUGGGUGAAGGCCAACGAAUCCCUGAUCAAAGCCACCCAGUACACCUGCACCAACCUGAUCGAGGGCCUGGAGUACACCUUCAGGGUGUCCGCUCUCAACAUGGCCGGACAGGGAAAACCUUGCAAACAGACAGACUUCAUCACUGCCAGGACCGCUAUUGACCCACCAGGUAAACCCGAACCCAUGGAUGUGACCAAGAACUCUGUGUCACUGGUCUGGAGCCGUCCCAAGCAUGAUGGCGGCAGCAAGCUGAUUGGCUACUAUGUGGAGUACGCAAAGCUUCCGGAGGAGAAAUGGACUCGCUGUAACGCCAACUGCAUGAACAUCCAGACGGAGAACUAUGUGGCGACAGGCCUGGAAGAAGGCCAACAGUACCAGUUCAGAAUCAUCGCCAAGACGGCCGUCAACAUCAGCCUGCCGUCGGAGCUGUCAGACCCCAUCCCCGUCAUCGCAGAGAACGUUCCUCCUCGUGUGGAACUGGGCCUCAACAUGAAGAAUCUGAUCGUGGUGAAAGCCGGAGAGAACGUCCUCCUGGACGCCGAAGUGUUCGGCAAGCCACUGCCCAAGGUGAGCUGGAAGAGAGACGGAGCACCUCUGGUCCUCACCGAGGGAAUGAAGAUGAGCCAGAAGAAACAUGUCCACCUGCUGGAGCUCUACUCCGUCACCAGGAAGGAGUCUGGAGACUACAGCAUCACCGCCGAGAACAUCAAUGGCAGCAAGUAUGCCACCAUCAAGGUCAAGGUCUUGGACAAACCUGGCCCUCCAGCUUCUGUGAAAAUCUCCAAAGUGUUUGCCGACCGUGUGAAGCUGCGGUGGGAGCCCCCGCUCGCAGACGGCGGGUCUGAGAUCACCAACUACAUCAUCGAGAAGCGUGAGACCAGCAGGGCCAACUGGGCACUGGUCACCUCAAACAUCCACGGACACAUGACCGACUGCUCCGUGGAGAAACUCAUCGAAGGACAUGAGUACCAGUUCAGAGUCAGUGCUGAGAACCAGUACGGUGUGGGAGACGCCAUCAUGACUGACGGCGUCAUGGUCAAGAACCCGUACGAUGUUCCCGGUCCAUGUGAGCCACCAGUCAUCACCAACAUUACCAAAAACUCCAUGACAGUCAGCUGGAAGGCUCCAGCUAACGACGGCAAAGCUCCCAUCCUGGGCUACAUGGUAGAGAAGCGUGAGGCCACUGAGUUGACUUGGGCAAAGGUCAACCGCCGGCCCGUCAUCGACAGGACCAUCAAGGCAGCUCAGCUGACUGAGGGCUCUGAGUACGAGUUCAGAGUCAUCGCCUUGAACAAGGCCGGUCUGGGCAAACCCAGCGAUGCAUCCAACGCUGCGCUGGCUGUCGAUCCUGUCUAUCCUCCUGGCCCACCUGCCUUCCCUAAGGUGGUGGACUCCACCAAGAGCUCCAUCAGCCUUAGCUGGACCAAGCCCGCCUACGACGGUGGCUGUGAGAUCAUUGGCUACCUGGUGGAGUGCAAGAGAGUAGAAGCCGAGGACUGGACCAAGUGCAACGUCCCGAAAAAGCUCCAGGCCACCAAACUGCUGGUGACGGGCCUGAUGGACAACACAGAGUACCAGUUCAGAGUCACUGCCGUCAACAAGAUCGGCUACAGCGAGCCCAGCGAGGUCCCUGGAAACCACAUGCCCAAGGACAUCCUGAUUGCUCCUGAGGCUGAGCUGGAUGCCGACCUGAGAAAAGCUUUGGUUCUUCGAGCCGGUGUCACAAUGAGACUCUACGUCCCGCUAAGAGGACGCCCCGCACCCAAGGUGACGUGGACAAAGGUGAACGCCAACCUGAAGGAGAGGCAGGGCCUGCUGGUCAAGACCUCAGACUGGGACACGCUGCUGAUGAUCGAGGGCGUCAACAGAUACGAUGCCGGCAAAUACGUCCUGACUCUGGAGAACAGCAGCGGCUCCAAGAGCUACACCAUCGUGGUCAAGGUCCUCGAUUCUCCUGGACCACCUGUGAACCUGAUCGUGAAGGAGACCUCCAGAAGCCACGCCUGCAUCACCUGGGACGCCCCGCUGAUCGAUGGCGGCGGCCCAGUGAAGAGCUACAUCGUAGAGAAACGUCUGGCAGAGAGGAAGGCCUGGACCUGCGUGUCGGCAGAGUGCCCCAAGACCUCGUUCAGGAUUACCAACCUGGAGGGCGGACAGGCCUACUGCUUCAGAGUGUUGGCCGAGAACGCGUACGGAAUCGGAGAGGGCUGCGAGACUGCCGGCAGCGUCCGCGCAUCCGAGCAACCUGGUCCAGUGACAGAUUUCAAACCUCAGAAGACCACCAAGGACUCCAUCACUCUGGGCUGGAAGAAGCCCAUCAGCGACGGCGGAAGCCACGUUACUGCUUACAUCCUGGAGCAAAGUGAAGGCGAGGAGAAGUGGAAGCAGAUCAUGAAGGGCAAGAACACCUCACACAUCAUCGGCGAGCUGACUGAGGGCAAGGAGUACUUGUUCAGAGUCAAGGCUCUCAACGAGUCCGGGGAGGGACCGCCCACCGAGCUCGCUGUUGUCGCUAAAGACCAGUUUGUGCUGCCUAACUGCAACUUGAGCAGUCUGCAAGACGGCUGCUGCGUGGUGAAGGAGGGCAGCACCACACGUAUCAACAUCCCCAUCAUUGGAGUGCCCUACCCCACCGCCACCUGGAAGAAGGGCGACAUGGCACUUGGAGACACUGGCCGGAUGUGCGUGGAGGCGUCUCAGGGCGUCACCACCCUGCUGAUCAGAGACUGCCAGAGAGGAGAUGCUGAAACCUACACCAUCAACAUCAGGAACAGCGCUGGCUCCAAGGACUGCAAGUUCCAGCUGAAGGUGGUCGGCAAGCCCGGCAUCUGCACCGGACCCAUCAAGUUCGACGAGAUCACCGCCGACAGCCUCACCCUGGAGUGGGGACCGCCCAAAGAUGACGGCGGCGCAGAGGUGUCUAACUACAUCGUGGAGAAGAGGAGGACGACAGACAACAAAUGGGCCACAGUGGCUUCAGCCAUCCAGAAGACGACCAUGAGGGUGAUCAGGCUCCACGAUGGAGUCGAGUACAUUUUCAGAGUCUUCGCUGAGAACAAGUACGGGGUUGGAGAGUAUCUGAGGUCUGACGCUGUCAUCGCCCAGCAUCCAUUCAACGUACCCGAGGCGCCUGCUCCUCCAGAAAUCGUGAGCAUCCGCCAUGAGUCAGCCAUCUUGACUUGGGCUGAUCCAAAGGACACUGGUGGCUCCCCAAUUACCGGAUAUCAUGUGGAGUUUAAGGAGAGGAACAGUCUGAUGUGGAAACGGGCCAGUAAGACUCCUUUGAGAGUGAAGGAGUGCAGAGUCACUGGCCUGAUAGAGGGACUAGAGUAUGAGUUCAGGGUGAUGGCCAUGAACAUGGCCGGCCUGGGAAAGGCAAGCAAGGUCACUGAGGCUGUGGUUGCCCUGGAUCCUAUUGAUCCUCCUGGCAAGCCUGAAGUGAUUAACGUCACCAGGACCACGGUCACUCUGAUUUGGACCGCCCCCAAAUAUGACGGCGGAUACAAGCUGACUGGCUACAUGGUGGAGAAGCUGGAGGCUGGUGGCAAGGCCUGGAUGAAGGCCAAUCAUGUCAACAUCCAGGGCUGUGCCUUCACUGUUUCUGAUCUGACAGAAGGAUCUCAGUAUCAGUUCAGGGUCAGGGCCAAGAACUCUGCUGGGGCUAUCAGCGUUCCCUCAGAGUCCACUGACCUUCUGACCUGCAAGGAUGAGUACGAGCCUCCAAGCAUCACUAUCGACCCAGACAUGAAGGACGGUGUAUCGGUUAGGGCAGGAGAUACCAUUGUGGUCUCAGCCUCCAAGAUUGUGGGCAAACCUCCACCAACCGCAGUCUGGUCCAAGGGAGGCCGUGAGUUCAAGACCUCUGACAUUGUCACCAUUACCAGCACCCCUACCUCUUCUACUCUGUCCAUCAAGUACGCAAGCCGGAAGAACACAGGCGAAUACACCAUCACCGCCAGCAAUCCCUUCGGCAUUAAGGAAGAACAUGUAAAGGUGAAGGUCUUGGACGUGCCUGGACCUCCGGGCCCCAUUGAAGCCAGUAACAUUUCAGCUGAGAAGUGCACUCUGACCUGGCUUCCACCAGAGGAGGAUGGAGGCUGCUCCAUCAAGUCCUACAUCCUUGAGAAGAGAGAGACCAGCCGCCUGCAGUGGACCAAGCUAGCAGAGAAUGUCAUGGACUGCAGAUAUGUAGCCAGCAAACUGAUCAAGGGCAACGAGUACAUCUUCAGAGUGUCUGCUGUGAACCAGUACGGCACUGGAGACUCAAGCCAGUCUGGUCCAGUCAAAAUGGUUGACAGCUACCGCCCACCAGGCCCGCCCUCAAUCCCAGAGAUUGAUAACGUCAGUAGAAAUGCUGUCACCAUUUCAUGGAAGAGACCAGCACAGGACGGUGGAAGUGACAUCAGAGGAUAUUGUGUAGAGAGGAAAGAGAGGAGAGGAAUGAGAUGGGUGAGAGCCUGUAAGAGGACAGUCCCUGACCUGCGCUUCAAGGUGCAAGGCCUGAGUGAGGGAGUAGAGUAUGAGUUUAGAGUCACUGCUGAGAACAAGGCUGGAUUUGGGGAGCCAAGUGAGCCAUCACGCCCUGUGAUGACUAAGGACAUUGUGUAUCCACCUGGUCCUCCAUCCAAUCCCAGAAUUACAGACACCACAAAAACCACAGCCACCUUCGCCUGGGGCCGACCCCAUUAUGAUGGUGGUCUGCCAGUAGAGGGAUAUAUUGUUGAGUACAAAAAGGAGGGCCAUGAUGACUGGGAGACAGAGACACAGUACCCAUUGAAAGCUACUGAAUAUGUUAUUGGUAAACUUCAAAAACGUGGCAAAUACCACUUCAGAGUCAGCGCUGUAAACUCUGAGGGAGUCGGUGAGCCUGCAGAGGUUGAGAAAGUGACUGAACUGGUGGACCAGGAGGCGCUGCCAGACUUUGAGCUGGAUGCUGAACUCAGGAGAACCCUGGUGGUCAGGUCCCGUGCUUCAAUUCGUAUGUUUGUUCCCAUCAGGGGCCGUCCUGUUCCUGAGGUAACAUGGAGCAAAGAUGAUACCAACCUGAAAACCCGUGCACACAUUGACACCACAGAGUCCUACACUCUACUGGUUAUUCCUGACUGCACCAGAUACGAUGCUGGAAAGUACAACCUCUGUCUGGAGAAUGUUGCUGGAAAGAAGACAGGCUUUGUUAAUGUGAGAGUUCUGGACACACCAGGACCACCAGUCAACCUCAAACCUAGAGAGAUCACCAAGAACAGCAUCACCCUCCAGUGGGAAAUCCCCAUAAUCGAUGGUGGUUCCAAGAUUCAUAACUACAUUAUUGAAAAGAGAGAGGCUACCAAGAAGGCCUACACAGUGCUUACCACCACAUGGCAGAAGUGUUCCUUCAAAUUUACAGACCUUGACGAGGGAGCUUACUACUACUUCCGUGUCUCUGCUGAGAAUGACCUAGGCGUAGGUGAGCCCGCUGAAACCCCUGAGCCAAUCAGGGUGUCCCAAGCCCCCUCAGCACCAGAGAACUUGUAUGUCACAGAUGUGACUGCUGACAGUGCCAGCCUUGCAUGGGUCAAGCCCCUGCAUGAUGGUGGCAGCUUGAUCACUGGAUACGUCAUUGAAACCCAGAAGAAGGACACUGACCAGUGGGUCCAUGUGGCCACCAUCAAGGCUCUGGACUACACUGUCACAGAUCUGACUGAGGGGGCAGAAUAUACCUUCCGCAUAAUGGCUGUCAAUGCAUCAGGUAGGAGCGACCCCCGUGAGAGCAGGCCUGCAGUUAUCAGAGAGCAGACUUCUGCUCCCUCCUUUGAUCUGCGUGGAGUCUACCAGAAGACGGUCAUCGCCAAGGCAGGAGACCGCGUCAAGGUGGAGAUUCCAGUGCUUGGCAAACCCAGGCCUGUGGUUUCCUGGAAGAAGGGAGACAUGGCUCUCAAGGAGACACAAAGAAUCAACACUGAAACCACACUAACAUCAACUAUCCUCAACAUUGGUGAGAUCAAGAGGACUGAUGGAGGCCAGUAUUCCAUGACUGGAAAGAACAUGUUGGGUACGGUGACUGAAACAAUCACAGUCCUAGUCCAUGACAUUCCAGGUCCUCCCACUGGUCCCAUUAAGCUGGAAGAGGUCUCAUGUGAUUAUGUUCUUAUGUCCUGGGAGGCACCAGAGAAUGAUGGAGGCGUUCCCAUCAAUAACUAUAUUGUUGAGAUGCGAGAGACUAUCGGUACUUCAUGGGUGGAGUUGGCAGCUACAGUGAUCCGCACAACAUUCAAGGCCGCUCGUCUCAACACUGGAACCGGAUAUCAGUUCCGUGUCAAAGCCCAGAAUCGAUAUGGCAUUGGACCAUGCAUUGUCUCUGAGCCAGUUGUGGCUGCCUAUCCAUUUGAUGUGCCAGGUCAGCCAGGCACUCCUGUGGUCACAUCUUUCAACAAAGAUGCAAUGACUCUGAGUUGGAAUGAGCCAUCCUCUGAUGGAGGAAGUGCUAUCCUGGGCUAUCAUGUGGACAGAAAAGAGAGAAACAGUAUUCUGUGGCAGAGAAUCAGCAAAGCGCUUGUUGUUGGAAAUAUCUUCAAAUCAAUAGGCCUUGUUGAUGGAAUCGCAUAUGAACACCGUGUUACUGCUGAAAACAUGGCCGGUCUCAGCAAACCAAGCAAACCCUCUGAGUCUAUGUAUGCUUUGGACCCAGUUGACCCACCAGGCAGGCCUGUGGCACUGAAUAUCACCAGACAUGAGGUCACCGUGUCAUGGACCAAACCAGAGGGAGAUGGUGGAUUUUCCAUCACAGGAUACACAGUGGAGAGGAGAGAGAUGCCAAAUGGACGCUGGCUCAAAGCCAACUUCAACAACAUCCUGGAAACCAUCUAUACAGUCAGUGGUCUGAUUGAAGAUGCAACUUAUGAAUUCCGUGUCUUUGCUAGAAACUCAGCUGGUUCUAUCAGUGCUCCAUCCCAGCCAUCUGAGGCAAUCACAUGCAGAGAUGAUAUUGAAGAGCCCAGACUUGAUGUUGACGCAUCGUAUAGCAGCAAUGUUGUUGUCAUGGCAGGAGAGGUAUUCAAGCUGGAGGCCAAUGUGACUGGCAGGCCAAUCCCAUCUCUGGUAUGGACCAAAGAAGGAAAGGAGCUUGAGGAUACAGGCAAGCUAGAGAUAAAGACAUCUGACUUCCAUACAACUCUAAUAAACAAAGAUUCCCUCAGGAGAGAUGGUGGUGCUUUUACUCUGACUGCCAGCAAUCCAGGUGGAUUUGCCAAGUUCACAUUCAAUGUCAAGGUGCUCGACAGACCUGGACCACCCGACUCCCUGACAGUAACUGAUGUCACUGCUGAGAAGUGUGUCCUGAAUUGGCUGCAUCCAACACACGAUGGUGGUGCCAAAAUAGAGUACUUUAUCAUUCAGAGGCGUGAGACCAGUAGGUUGGCCUGGACAAAUGUGGCCACAGACCUUCAAGCAAAUAGAUUCAAGGUCACCAAACUUCUGAAGGGCAAUGAGUACAUCUUCAGAGUCAUGGCUGUUAACAAGUAUGGAAUUGGUGAACCCCUGGAAUCUGAACCUGUCAUCUGUGCCAACCCCUAUGUCCCCAGUGAUGCACCACAGCAGCCUGAAGUCACCACCAUUACCAAGGACUCCAUGGUUGUCUGCUGGGAGCGCCCUGAACAUGAUGGAGGCAGCAGAAUAAACACUUACAUAAUUGAGAGAAGGGAUAAGACUGGCCUGCGCUGGGUGAAGUGCAACAAGAGGACUGUUACUGACCUGCGAUUCAAGGUCUCUGGCCUAACACCAGGACAUGAGUAUGAAUUCAGAGUUCUUGCUGAGAACAAUGCUGGUCUGAGCCAACCUAGUCCUUCCAGUCCAUUCUACAAAGCAGUAGACACAAUCUUCCAGCCUGGACCUCCAGGGAACCCCAGGGUGCUGGACACAACCAAGUCUUCUAUCACCCUUGCUUGGAACAAGCCUGUGUACGAUGGUGGUUCUGAAAUCACUGGUUACAUUGUGGAAACCUGCCUGCCUGAGGAGGAUGAGUGGACAAUUCACACUCCCAAGAAGGGCUGGACAGCCACUUCCUUCACCAUCACCAACUUGAAGGAAAACCAAGAGUAUAAAAUUAACAUCUGUGCCACUAAUUGUGAAGGAGUAGGAGAGCCUGCUGCUGUUCCUGGUACCCCCAAGGCUGAAGACAGACUGCUUCCUCCAGAAGUUGAGCUUGGAGCAGAGCUGCGUAAGGUGGUGUGCAUCAGAGCCUGCAGCACACUUAGACUCUUCGUCCCCAUCAAGGGCAGACCAGCACCUGAAGUAAAAUGGUCGAGAGAGCAUGGAGAAUCCCUAGACAAAGCAAACAUUGAAAUCACCUCAUCAUUUACCGCUCUUCACGUAGAAAAUGUUGACAGGUUUGAUGGAGGUAAAUACAUGGUGACUGUAGAGAAUGCCUCAGGAAGCAAGACAGCUUUUGUUAAUGUCAGGGUACUAGAUACUCCUGGAGCACCUCAGAAUCUGAUCAUUAAGGAGGUCACAAGAGAUUCAGUAUCCCUCGUUUGGGAUGCACCUCUCAUUGAUGGUGGCUCCAGAGUUCGCAACUACAUCGUAGAGAAGCGUGAGUCAACCAGAAAGGCCUACUCAACUGUCUGUGCAAGCUGCCAUAAGUCAAGUUGGAAAAUUGGAGAGCUGGAGGAAGGAAAGAUGUACUUCUUUAGAAUCCUGGCUGAGAAUGAAUAUGGUGUUGGCCUCCCGGUGGAGACUGUUGAACCAAUUAAAGUGUCAGAGAGGCCUCUACCUCCUGGUAAAGUGUCCCUCCGUGAAGUUACCAGCACCAGUGUCACGCUAAGCUGGGAAAAACCUGACCAUGAUGGUGGAAGCAGAAUCACAGGCUAUAUUGUUGAGAUGCAAGGUAAAGGCAGUGAGAAGUGGACCCAGGUCAUGGUGGUAAAGACCAAUGAAGCUGUUGUAACUGGCCUUACACAUGGAGAGGAGUACAUGUUCCGUAUUUCAGCCACCAAUGAAAAGGGAGCUAGUGACCCACGUUCUCUCAAUUUGCCUGUGGUGGCAAAAGACCUUGUUAUCUCACCGACCUUCAAACUGCUUUUUAGCACAUUCAGUGUGCUGGCAGGAGAUGAUCUGAAGAUAGAUGUACCAUAUGCUGCAUGUCCCAAGGCCACAGCAACUUGGCUCAAAGACGGUGUUGUUCUCAAGGAGACAACAAGAGUUAAUGCUGAGGCCACAGACAAAAACCUUCUCCUGGUCAUCAAGGAGGCUUGCAGAGAUGACGUGGGCACAUACACUAUCAAACUAACUAACAAAGUUGGAGAGGCAUCCACAGACAUCAGUGUUGUUGUUCUAGAUAAGCCUGGUCCUCCAACAGGCCCAAUUAAGUUGGAUGAAGUCACUGCUGACAGUGUGGUGCUGUCCUGGAAUCCACCAGAGUAUGAUGGUGGUUGCGCCAUCAACAAUUACAUCGUUGAGAAGAGAGACACAUCUACUACAAACUGGCAGAUUGUGUCAGCUACAGUUGCCAGAACCACUAUUAAGGCAGCCCGUCUGAAGACUGGAUCUGAGUACCAAUUUAGGAUUGCUGCAGAGAAUAGAUACGGCAAGUCCUCAGCUCUGCUCUCUGAAAGCAUUGUUGCUCAGUAUCCAUUUGAAAUGCCCAGUCAGCCACGUUCUGUUACGGUCCAGUCAGCCACCAGGGAAAGCAUGGUGGUUGUAUGGGAGAAACCCAGUAAUGAUGGUGGAAGCAAAAUUCUGGGCUAUCACGUAGAGCUCAAAGAGAGAAACAGUAUACUGUGGGUGAAACAGAACAAACAACUCAUCCCAGAGACCAGAUUCAAGGCUGUUGGUCUUGAGGAGGGUAUUGAAUAUGAGUACAGAGUCUAUGCUGAGAAUAUUGUCGGCCUCAGCAAAGCCAGCAAACUGAGUGAAAUGCAAGUGGCCAGAGAUCCUUGCGACAGACCGGGAAAACCAGAGGCUGUUAUUGUAACAAGAAACCAAGUGACACUCAGAUGGACCAAACCUGAGUAUGAUGGUGGCAUCAAGAUCACAGGUUAUGUGGUUGAGAAGAAGGAAGCAACAGGCCGCUGGAUGAAGGCCAGUUUCGCCAACAUCAUUGAGACUGAAUUUGUUGUGACAGGACUUACUGAAGAUCAGGUUUAUGAGUUCCGUGUCAUUGCCAGGAAUUCAGCAGGUGUCUUCAGUCAGCCCUCUGAUUCAACUGGAGCUAUCACUGCCAAGGAUGAGGUGGAUCCACCCAAGAUUGACUUGGAAGCUAAAUACUCCCAGGCUGUGGUGGUAAAUGCUGGGGAAACAUUCAGGCUUGAGGCUGUUGUCGCUGGUAAGCCUGUGCCCACAAUACACUGGCUGAAGGAAGGUCAAGAGAUCACUGAAGCAGCUCGCUUAGAAGUCAAGAACACAGACUUUAUAGCUUGUAUAGUUGUUAAAGAAGCCAUUCGUGUUGAUGGAGGUCAGUACACUUUGCUGGUGAAGAAUGUUGGAGGAGAGAAAUCUGUUAACAUUAAUGUCAAGGUCCUGGACAGACCAGGUCCUCCCGAGGGCCCCAUCUCCAUCUAUGGGGUCACCAGUGAGAAAUGCUCAAUUUCCUGGAAAUCUCCCAUGCAAGAUGGAGGUAGUGAUGUUUCCCAUUACAUAGUUGAGAGGAGGGAAACCAGCAGAUUGGUUUGGACUGUAGUUGAGCCAAAAGUUCAGACACUGAACUUGAAGAUUACCAAACUUCUUCCUGGUAAUGAGUACAUCUUCAGAGUGAUUCCAGUCAACAAAUACGGAGUUGGUGAGCCUCUGGAAUCUGAGCCGAUGAUUGCCAGAAAUCCAUUUGUCACUGCCAACCCACCAACAGAGGUAGAAGUCAGCACAAUCACCAAGGAUUCCAUGGUGGUGACCUGGGAGAGACCAACUAAUGAUGGUGGUAGUCCCAUCCAGGGAUAUAUUGUUGAGAAACGUGACAAGGACGGUGUAAGAUGGACCAGGUGCAACAAGCGCACAGUGAGUGAGCUGCGCUUCAGAGUGACCGGACUCCUAGAAAAUCAUAGCUAUGAAUUCAGAGUUGCUGCUGAGAAUGCUGCAGGUGUUGGCACACCUAGUGCACCAACAGUGUACUACAAAGCAUUGGAUCCUAUCUUCAAACCAGGCCCACCAAACAACCCCAAAGUAGUCGACUCAUCUAGGUCCACUGUUUCCCUGACAUGGGGCAAACCCAUCUAUGAUGGUGGCUGUGAGAUUAAAGCGUACAUUGUGGAGGCCUGCAAUGGGGCAUCUGAUGAGUGGUUUAUGUGCACUCCUCCCACUGGAAUCACAGAUACUAAGUUUACAGUGAAAAAGCUUCUCGAGAAGCACGAGUACCAGUUCAGAGUAUGUGCCAUCAACAAAGUUGGUGUUGGUGAACAUGCUGAUGUUCCAGGAAAGAUUCUCCUGGAGGAGAAGCUUGAGGCUCCUGAUCUUGACCUGGAUGCUGAUAUGAGAAAGAUGAUCAACAUUAGGUCAGCAAGCACUCUCAGGCUGUUCGUUCCUGUGAGAGGUCGUCCAGCCCCUGAGGUGAAAUGGGGUAAGGCUGACGGUGAGAUUAAGGAGACUGCCCAGAUUGAUAAUACAGGCAGUUAUGCUUCACUUGUCAUUGAGAAUGUUGACAGAUUUGACAGUGGCAAGUACACCCUGACUGCAGAAAAUGCCAGUGGAGUGAAGUCAGUUUUCAUCAGUGUCAGGGUCCUGGACUCACCUAGUCCACCAACUAACUUCAUGGUGAAAGAGAUUACCAAAACUUCUGUCACUCUCACAUGGGAGCCUCCACUUCUGGAUGGUGGCUCAAAGAUUAAGCAUUAUAUUGUUGAGAAGCGUGAGAGCACCAGGAAAGUUUACUCUCCCGUCACCACCUGCAAUAGGAUGUCAUGGAAAGUUGAGCCUCUUCCGGAGGGUGGAAUCUUCUUCUUCAGAGUCCUGGCUGAGAAUGAAUAUGGCGUGGGUCUCCCCGCCAAAACUUUGGAACCCAUUAAGAUCUCUGAGAAGCCUCAGCCACCUGGUAAAGUCAGUGUUGUUGAUGUUACUCAUAGCACUGUAACCCUCACCUGGGAGAAGCCGGAACAUGAUGGCGGCAGUAGGAUCAGUCACUAUGAAGUCGAACUGUCACCUAAGGACAGUGAGGCCUGGUCUGUGUGUGCUAGUGUGAAGGCACUGGAGACUGUAGUGACAAACCUACUCAAGGGAGAGGAGUAUCACUUCAGAGUUGUAGCUGUAAAUGACAAGGGCAAGAGUGACCCCAGACAACUGGUUCAUUCAGUUGUAGCAAAGGAUCUUGUGAUUGAGCCUGCUGUUAGACCCAAAGUGAGCACCUACAGUGUCCAGGUGGGCCAUGACCUCAAGAUAGAGGUCCCAAUUGCUGGUCAUCCAAAGCCAACCAUCACCUGGACCAAGGACGGUGCUGCUCUUAAGCAGACCACCAGAGUUAAUGUCACUGACACAAAACAUCAAACCACCCUCACCAUAAAGGAUGCCACCAGAGAGGACGGAGGCAUGUAUAGCAUCAAUAUCUCUAAUGCCCUGGGAUCCAAGGAUGCCACUAUUGAGGUGAUCACCCUGGACAAACCAGGCCCCCCCACAGGCCCUGUCAAGUUGGAUGACAUAAGUGCUGAAAGUAUCACUCUUAGCUGGGAACCUCCUACAUACACAGGUGGCUGCCAAAUCUCCAACUAUGUGGUAGAGAAGAGAGAUACAACCACAACCAACUGGGUGGUCGUAUCUGCUACUGUGGCCAGAACCACACUGAAAGUAGCUAAUCUGAAGACAGGUGCUGAAUACCAGUUCAGAAUCUAUGCUGAGAAUAGAUAUGGAAAGAGUUACGCAAUUGAUUCAGAGGCUGUUUUGGCACAGUAUCCAUUCCAGGAGCCUGGGCCACCAGGAACACCAUUUGUGUCUUCAUACACCAAAGACUAUAUGGUGGUUGAGUGGCACAAACCCCCAUCUGAUGGAGGCAGUGCCAUCUUGGGCUACCAUCUGGAGAGGAAAGAGAAGAACAGUAUCCUCUGGACAAAGAUCAACAAAAUGCUCAUUCAAGACUGCAGGUUUAAAUCUACUCCUCUUGAGGAAGGCAUUGAGUAUGAGUAUAGAGUCUAUGCUGAGAAUAUUGUUGGCAUUGGAAAAUGCAGCAAAGUUUCUGAGGUUUAUGUAGCCCGUGACCCUUGUGAUCCCCCUGGCCGCCCUGAGGCUCUGAUUGUGACCAGGCACUCGGUUAAGCUGAGGUGGACCUCUCCAGAGUAUGAUGGUGGAAGCUUAGUUACUGGCUAUUUAGUGGAGAAACGUGACCUUCCUGAAGGAAAGUGGAUGAAGGCUAGCUUUACAAACAUCAUUGAGCAUGAAUUCACAGUUACUGGCCUGACAGAAGACAGUAAAUAUGACUUCAGAGUAAUAGCCAGGAAUGCAGCUGGUGCUGUCAGCAAGCCAUCCGAGUGCACAGGAUCCAUCACAGCCAAGGAUGAAGUUGAACCACCAAAGUGUGAGACAGAUCCUAUGUACAACCAGACCAUUGUUAUCAAUGCUGGAGAGACUUUCAGUCUGGAAGCCAGUGUGGAAGGAAAGCCCAUCCCCACAGCUCAGUGGUUCAAGGGAGCUGUUGAAGUUGAAAACUCAGCAAGGGCUGAAAUCAAAAAUACAGAUUUUAAGGCAUUGUUAGUUGUGAAGGAUGCCAUCAGAGUGGAUGGUGGGCAGUACACUCUGGUUCUUACUAAUGUGGCUGGAACAAAGACUAUCCCAUUCAGUGUGAAGGUACUGGACAGACCAGGACCCUCAGAAGGACCUCUUACUGUCAGCAAUGUCACUGAGGAGAAAUGCUCACUGUCAUGGCUGCCACCCAGGCAUGAUGGAGGAGCUAGCAUUUCUCACUACAUCAUUCAGAAGCGAGAAACCAGCCGCCUGGCAUGGACUGUGGUCUCCAGUGACUGUGGAGCUACCAUGUUCAAGGUUACCAAACUGUUGAAAGGAAAUGAAUACAUCUUCAGAGUCAUGGCUGUUAACAAGUAUGGUGUGGGUGAGCCUCUCGAGUCAGCACCAGUUAUCAUGAGAAAUCCAUUUGUUCCUCCUGGCGCCCCUCAGGAGCUUGAGAUCACUAACAUUACAAGAGACUCCAUGACUGUCUGCUGGAACCGCCCUGAGACCACAGGAGGCAGCGAGAUUGUUGGUUACAUUGUUGAGAAGAGAGACAGAGCUGGAGUGAGGUGGACCAAGUGUAACAAACGCAGGGUGACAGACUUGCGUUUUAGAGUAACAGGACUAACUGAAGACCAUGAAUAUGAAUUCAAGGUAUCUGCUGAGAAUGCAGCUGGAGUGGGUCAGUCAAGCCCAGCUUCACCCUAUCUCAAAGCCUGUGAUCCCACCUUUGAACCAGGCUGUCCCACCAAUGCCCAUGUGGUCGACACAACUAAAGACUCCAUCAGUCUGGCCUGGCAUAGGCCCAUCUAUGAUGGUGGUUGUGAGAUUCAAGGAUACGCUGUUGAAAUUACCAAGGCUGAUGAGGAGGAAUGGACCAUAUGCACCCCACCCUCUGGAGUUAAUGCUACCAAGUUUACCAUCACCAAGUUGGUGGAGCACCAAGAAUACAAAGUCCGCAUCUGUGCAAUCAAUAAGCUGGGUGUUGGUGAGCCCAUCGAGAUCCAGGGAGUCGUGAAACCUCUGGAUAAGAUUAAUCCUCCAGAGAUGACUCUUGAUUCAGAACUCAGGAAGGGAAUAGUUGUCCGUGCAGGUGGCUCAAUGAGAAUCUGCAUUCCAUUCAAGGGCCGUCCUACUCCUGAGAUUAGCUGGGCCAAGGAGGAUGGAGAACUUCCCACUAAAGUCCAGAUAGAGACAGGGGAAGAUUACACACAGCUCUCCAUUGACAUAUGUGACAGAUAUGAUGCUGGAAAAUACAUCCUCAACCUGGAGAAUAGCGCUGGCACCAAGUCAGCCUUCGUCUCUGUCAAGGUUCUGGACACUCCAGGGUCCCCUCUAAAUUUGACAGUCAAAGACAUCAAGAGAGAAAGUGUUACUGUGACCUGGGAGCCUCCUCUUAUUGAUGGUGGUGCAAGAAUCAAGAAUUACCUGGUUGAAAAGCGGGAGUCCACCAGGAAGGUUUAUUCUAAUGUGGAUAACAAGUGCACAAAGACAAGCUACCGUAUCACUGGCCUCACUGAAGGAACUAUCUACUAUUUUAGAGUCUUAGCUGAGAACGAGUUUGGAGUGGGACAGCCAGCUGAGACAGAGAACGCAGUAAAAACAUCCGAGCCUCCUCUGCCUGUGGGUAAAGUUACUUUGACUGCAGUGACCAAAACCACUGCCUCACUCUCCUGGGAGAAGCCAGACCAUGAUGGAGGCAGCAGGAUCAUGGGCUACUACAUUGAGAUGCAGCCUGUGGGCUCAGAGGAGUGGGUGGUGGCCGCUACAAUCAAAACUUGUGAGGGCACUGUUACAGGCCUUAGUGCAGGACAUGAGUACUUGUUUAGAGUGUUAGCUUUCAAUGAGAAGGGCAAGAGUGACCCCAGGGCUCUGGCUGCACCAGUCACUGCUAAAGAUGUAACUAUCGAGCCCAGAUUCAAGAUGGCAUUCAACACUUACAGUUUACAGCAUGGUGAUGAUCUGAAGAUUGAGAUUCCAGUGAUAGGACGCCCUGUUCCCAAGGUUGAAUGGAAAAAGGAUGGACAUGCUCUAAAGGAGACAACCAGACUAAAUGUAUCUAGCACUCAAUCAUCAACUAAGCUGUACAUAAAGGAUGCAAAUAAGGAAGACUCUGGUAAAUACAUUCUCACAGCCACCAGCAGUGUUGGAACAGCUACAGAGGAGCUUACUGUUAUUAUUCUUGAUAAACCUGGCCCACCCACAGGCCCUGUGAAGAUUGAAGAGGUGAGCUCUAAUUAUGUCACUCUCUCCUGGGAGCCACCAGAGUACACUGGAGGCUGUCAGAUCAACAACUACAUUGUGGAGAAGAGAGACACCACCACGACAGCAUGGCAGAUUGUGUCUGCUACUAUUGCCAGGACAACCAUCAAAGUCACCAACUUGAAGACUGGAGUUGAGUAUCAGUUCAGAGUGUCUGCUGAGAAUAGAUAUGGAAAGAGUUCUGCCAUUGUUUCUGCCGCUGUUGUUGCUCAGUAUCCAUUCAGUGAGCCUGCUGCCCCAGGAACGCCAAUUAUUUCUGCAGCAACCAAGGAUAACAUGGUUGUUGAGUGGAAACCACCGACCAACAAUGGAGGCAGCCCCAUCCUAGGCUAUCACCUCGAGAGAAAGGAGAAGAACAGCCUAUUGUGGACUAUGCUUAACAAGCUUUUAAUCCCAGACACACGUUUCAAGACUACAGAGCUGGAAGAAGGUAUUGAGUAUGAAUUCAGAGUUUAUGCUGAGAACAUUGCUGGUAUCAGCCCGGCCAGCAAGAUCUCUGAGGCCACAGUUGCUAGGGACCCCUGUGACCCACCAGGCACUCCUGAGGCUAUUGAAAUCACCAGAAACCAUGUGACACUCCAGUGGACCAGGCCUCAGUAUGAUGGAGGCAGUGCAAUUACUGGCUAUGUGGUUGAGAGAAGGAAGCACCCAGAUACUCGCUGGAUGAAGGCCAGCUUCACCAACGUCAUUGAUACCCAGUUCACAUACAGUGGCAUGACUGAGGACUGUGUUUACGAGUUCAGAGUCAUUGCCAGAAAUGCUGCUGGCAUUUCCAGCCGUCCCUCUCAGACCACAGGAGAAAUUACUGCCAAAGAUGAGAUUGAGGCUCCAGAAGCCACCAUGGAUUCUAAAUUCAAGGAUCUGACAGUUGUUCAUGCUGGUGAAUCAUUCGUCAUCGAUGCUGAUUACACUGGCAAGCCAAUGCCUGAGGUUGUUUGGUUAAAGGAUGGAAAGGAGAUUGACCAAACCACACCAAGAAUGGAGGUUAAGACCACACUCACACGUACCAUCCUGACAGUGAAGGAUUGCAUUAGAAUUGAUGGAGGCCACUUUGUUCUCAAGCUUGUCAAUGUGGGAGGAGUUAAAAUGAUCCCAAUCAAUGUUAAAGUUCUGGAUAGACCUGGUCCUCCAGAUGGCCCACUAGAAGUCAAAGGUGUAACAGCUGAGAAAUGCUAUCUUCACUGGAACCAUCCUUCACAUGAUGGUGGAGCCAGCAUCUCUCACUACAUUAUUGAGAAGAGAGAGACUAGUCGUUUGUCAUGGACCAUGGUUGAGCCCAAUAUUCAGGCCAUCAGCUACAAAAUCACAAAACUGCUGCCUGGCAAUGAAUACAUCUUCAGAGUCACUGCAGUGAAUAAAUUCGGUGUUGGUGAGCCUUUGGAAUCUGAGCCUGUUAUUGCUCGUAACCCCUUCACCACUCCCGGUGCUCCCUCCACCCCAGAGGCCGGUGCUAUCACGAGGGACUCCAUUGUACUUACCUGGGAGAGGCCAGGUGAUAAUGGAGGAGCUGAGAUUGAUGGAUAUGUCCUUGAAAAACGUGAUAAAGAUGGCAUCAGAUGGACUAAGUGCAACAAGAAGAGGCUGAAUGACCUGAGAUUCAGAUGCACUGGUCUCACAGAGGGCCACUCCUAUGAAUUCAGGGUCUCAGCUGAAAAUGCUGCUGGUGUGGGAAAACCUAGCGCACCAACUGAAUACAUCAAGGCCUGUGAUGCCACUUAUCCACCAGGACCUCCAAAUAAUCCCAAAGUCCUCGACCAUUCAAGCACCAGUGUCUCCCUGUCCUGGUCCAGGCCUAUCUAUGAUGGCGGAGCACAGAUCAGCGGAUACAUGGUUGAAAUGAAGGAGGCAGCAGAUGAUGAAUGGAUUACUUGCACACCAUACACUGGUGUUCAGACUACUCAUUACACAGUGAAGAAACUUAAAGAGAAUGCAGAGUACAACUUCCGCAUCUGUGCUGUUAACUGUGAGGGAGUAGGAGAGCAUGUGGACCUACCUGGGUCUGUGAUUGCUGCAGAGAAGCUGGAAGCCCCUGAAAUUGAACUAGACGCUGACCUAAGGAAGAUGGUCAAUGUUCGCGCUACUGCAACCCUACGUCUGUUUGUGACAAUCAGGGGAAAGCCCGAGCCUGAGGUCAGAUGGUCAAAGGCUGAUGGCACUUUGAAUGAGCGUGCCCAGAUUGAUGUCACAAGCUCUUACACAAUGCUAGUGAUUGAAAAUGUUGACAGAUUCGACACUGGCAAAUAUGUACUGACCCUUGAGAACCUCAGUGGCUCUAAAUCAGCCUUCAUCAAUGUCAGAGUUCUUGACUCACCCAGUGCUCCUAUCAACCUGGAGGUGAAGGAUGUGAAGAGGAAUUCUGUCUCUCUCUCUUGGGAGCCUCCUCUAAUCGAUGGUGGGGCUAAGAUAUCACACUAUAUUGUGGAAAAGAGGGAGCAGAAGAGAAUGGCUUUCACCAGUGUUUGCACAAACUGUGUGAGGAACUCCUACAUUAUUUCUGACCUGCAGGAGGGAGAACGAUACUAUUUCCGUGUAUUGGCUGUGAAUGAGCUUGGAGUAGGUCUGCCUGCUUCCACAGAUCAAGUCAAGGUGUCUGAAGCUCCUCUGCCUCCUGGUAAGAUUGUCCUGGUUGAUGUGACUCGUCAUACUGUCACUCUUUCUUGGGAGAAACCUGAUCAUGAUGGAGGCAGCAAGAUCACAAACUAUAUUGUGGAGAUGCAGCCCAAGGGAGAUGACAAAUGGACUGUGUGCAGUGAAGUCAAAGCACUGGAAGCUACUAUUGAAGGACUUGUAACUGGAGAGGAAUACUCCUUCAGGGUGUUUGCUGUGAAUGAUAAGGGCAAGAGUGAUGCCAAACCUCUGGCUGCCCCUGUGGUGGUCAAGGACAUCACAGUAGAGCCCAUUAUCAACCUCCUGUUCAACACAUACAGUGUAAAGGCAGGAGAUGACUUGAAGAUUGAUGUUCCCUUCAAGGGCAGACCUCAACCAGAGGUGUCCUGGAAGAAGGAUGGCCAGGCGCUUAAGCAGACAACCAGGGUCAAUGUUCUUAACUCCAAGACCUCAUCCAAGAUUACCAUCAAGGAUGCAACCAAGGAGGAUGUAGGAAAGUAUGAGAUCACUUUGACUAACUCAGUUGGCACCAAGACAGCUGAAAUCUCUGUUAUAAUCCUGGACAAACCUGGCUCACCUAGCAACAUUAAGGUGGAUGAGGUGAGUGCUGACUUCAUCUGCCUGUCUUGGGAUCCUCCAACUUAUCACGGUGGAUGCCAGAUUAACAACUACGUGGUGGAGAAGAGAGACACUACCACAACCACAUGGCAGAUAGUCUCAGCCACAGUAGCCAGGACAUCUAUUAAGGUGACUCGCCUCAAUCAGGGAACUGAGUACCAGUUCCGUAUUGCAGCUGAGAACCGUUACGGCAAGAGUCAUGCUAUUGACUCGGCUCCUGUUGUUGCUCAGUAUCCAUUCGAGCCUCCUGGCCCUCCAACCAACCUCCAUGUCGCCCAUGCCACUAAGACUGGCAUGCUCGUAGUAUGGGGCAGACCUGCCAGUGAUGGGGGAAGCCCUGUUAUUGGUUAUCACAUUGAAUGCAAAGACCAAAGUAGCUUACUGUGGACUAAGGUCAACAGAGGACUGCUGGCUGAGAACCAGUUUAAGAUGACAGGCAUUGAAGAAAGUCUGCUGUAUCAGUUCAGAGUCUAUGCUGAGAAUAUUGCUGGCAUUGGUCCAUGCUCUAAACCCAGUGAGCCUGUGGCAGCCAGAGAUCCAUGUGAAUCUCCACAUAACCUUAGAGUCACCAACAUUACCAGGACCUCAGUUUCUCUAUUCUGGGAGAAGCCAGAGUAUGAUGGUGGAGUAAAGAUUACUGGCUACAUUGUUGAGCGUAAAGAACUUCCCAAUGGCCGCUGGCUGAAAUGCAACUUCACCAACCUUCAGGAUACCUACUUUGAUGUUACAGGCCUCACUGAAGAUGUCCAGUAUGACUUCCGUGUCAUCGCUAAGAAUUCCGCAGAGAUGUUGAGUGCUCCUUCUGAGAGCACUGGUCCUGUCACAGUCAAGGAUGAUGUAGACCCUCCCACUAUUAUCCUGGAAGAUAAGCUCAGACAGCUGGUUGUCAUUAAAGCUGGGGAGAUCAUCAAAAUUGAUGCUGAAAUUACAGGACGUCCACUUCCAGUUGUCUCAUGGUCUAAGGAUGGAAAGGAUAUUGUGGCCAAGGCCAGGUGUGAAAUCACCUCCACCAACUUCGCAACCACCCUGAUUGUCAGAGAUGCUAUCAGGAGGGAUUCUGGCCAAUAUGUUCUGACCCUGCACAAUGUGGCAGGAACCAGGUCUGUGGCUAUCAACUGUAAGGUUUUGGACAGACCUGGACCGUCUUCGGGACCUUUGGCGGUGUCUGGGCUCACAGCAGAGAAAUGCACCAUAACAUGGGGACCCCCUCAGGAGAAUGGCGGUGCUGAAAUUAUGCACUACAUUGUGGAAAAACGCGAGACAAGUCGCCUUGCCUGGACUCUUGUCUAUGGAGACAUGAAGGCAACCACCUGUAAAGUGACGAAGCUGCUCAAAGGAAAUGAAUACAUCUUCAGAGUCAGGGGAGUCAACAAAUAUGGGGAUGGCGAGGCCCUGGAGAGUGAGCCAGUGAAGGCCAUGGAUCCAUUUACUGUGCCUGCAGCUCCCACUAAUGUCCAGGUCACCUCAGUUACUAGUGAGGCAAUGACCAUCUGUUGGGAGAGACCCAUUUCUGAUGGUGGAAGCAGUAUCGCUGGCUAUGUCAUUGAAAAACGAGAGAAGACCGGUCUUCGCUGGUGCCGUGUUAACAAGAAGCCUGUUUAUGACCUUAGAGUCAAAGCCUCAAACCUUCGUGAUGGUUGUGAGUAUGAGUACAGAGUGUUUGCAGAGAAUGCUGCUGGGCUCAGUGCUCCUAGCAACCCUUGCCCACUCACCAAGGCUGAAGACCCACAGUUCCUGCCUUCACCUCCUGCUAAGCCCAAAAUCAUUGACUCUACAAAGACCACAGUCACCCUGUCAUGGAACAAGCCACUAUUUGAUGGUGGAGCACCUGUGACUGGUUACAGAGUAGAAUAUAGGAAGACUUUCGAUGAUGAAUGGAUUGUUGGAGUCCAGAACACCAAGAACACAGAGUUUACAGUGGUGGGAUUGACUCCUGGGGCUGAAUAUGUGUUUGUUGUCAAGUCCAUUAACAAGAUUGGUGUCAGCGAGCCCAGUUCUGAGUCUGACAGACAGGUUGCCAAAGAGAGAGAGGAGGAGCCAGUCUUUGACAUCAGCAAUGAGAUGAGGAAGACUCUUAUUGUGAAAGAUGGAAGCUCAUUUACUAUGACAGUGCCCUUCAGAGGUAAACCCAUCCCCAGUGUCACAUGGACUAAACCUGAUGUUGACCUUAGAGUCCGUGCUGUCAUUGACACCACAGACACCUUCACCUCCAUCACCUUAGAGAAGGCAACUCGCAACGACUCUGGCAAAUACACCGUCACCUUGUCCAGUGUAGCUGGAACCUCCUCCUUGACACUCACUGUCAGAGUCCUGGACUCCCCUGGACCACCUACCCAUGUAGAAGUCAAGGAUGUGACCAAGACCUCUGCUACUGUAACCUGGGACACUCCUGAGAAUGAGGGAGGAGGACCAGUCAAGAAUUACCUUGUUGAUAUCCGUGAGGCCAGCAAGAAAGGCUGGACUAGGUUGACUGACACAUGCCACAGACUGACAUACAAAUUGACAGAUCUCCAGGAGGGAGAAGUUUACUACUUCAGAGUGACAGGCGAGAAUGAGUACGGUGUUGGUGUUCCUGCUGAGACCAAAGAGGGAACCAAGAUCACAGAAAAACCAACCCCCCCACCAAAGCUUGGUGUGACUGAUGUGUCCAAGGAGAGUGUGUCCUUGGCCUGGGCCAAACCAGAACAAGAUGGAGGAAGCAGAAUUACUGGAUACUUAGUGGAAGCUCUGGAGAAAGGCCAGGAGAAGUGGGUUAAGUGUGGUGUAACCAAGUCCAUCCACCUCACAGUGUCUGGUCUGAGGGAGAACGCUGAGUACUUCUUCAGGGUCAGAGCUGAGAACCACGCUGGAUACAGUGACGUUAAAGAAAUGGUCAACCCCGUAUUAGUCAAAGACCAGCUUGAAUCUCCUGAGAUCAACAUGAAGGACUUCCCUCACAAUACAGUGUAUGUCAGAGCCGGCUCCACCCUCAAGUGUGAGAUCCCACUGACAGGCCGACCCCUGCCUAAAGUCACUCUGUCCAAGGAUAAUGUGCUGCUCAAGUCAACAAUGAGGUUCAACUCUGAAGUCACCCCUGACAGCAUCAAGAUCACUUUGCGCGAGAGCAUUGCUGGAGACUCAGGACGCUAUGACAUCACUGCCUCUAACUCAAGUGGAACCACUAAGUCCUUUGUAAACAUCGUGGUUCUGGACCGUCCUAGUGCCCCAGUUGGACCUGUGGAGCUGUUUGACAUCACAGAGGACAGCGUUAGCCUGAAGUGGCUCCCGCCAGCAUAUGAGGGUGGCAGCCCCAUCACCAACUACAUCAUCCAGAAGAGAGAGACCACCACAGCCAACUGGAUGGAUGUCUCUUCUGCUGUGGCCCGCUGCACCAUGAAGAUCAUGAAGCUAACCACUGGCCUGGAGUACCAGUUCAGAAUCAGGGCUGAGAACAGAUAUGGAGUCAGCGAGCAUAUUGACUCACCGACCGUCGCUGUCAGCCUUCCUUACACUAUUCCUGAGGCUCCAUCGACACCAGAGAUCACUGCUGUAACCAGGGAGACAGUCACUGUAGCCUGGAAGGAGCCCAAGUCAGAUGGUGGCAGCCACGUGUUUGGCUAUCACCUCCAGAUGAAGGACAGGAACAGCAUCCUUUGGCAGAGAGUCAACAAGAUGGUGAUCCGUGCUACACACUUCAAGGUCACCAACAUCAAUGCUGGACUUAUUUAUGAGUUCAAGGUGGCAGCAGAGAAUGCUGCUGGAAUAAGUGCCUUCAGCAAGGUUUCAGAUGCAGUGCUGGCUAUUGAUGCCUGUGAGCCACCGAUCAACUUGCGCAUCAGUGACAUCACCAAGAACUCCAUCAGCCUGGCCUGGCAGAAACCCAACUACGACGGUGGAUCCCCGAUCACUGGCUACAUCAUUGAGAAGAGAGAGGGUGUUAGUGCCAGGUGGUCCAAGGCUAACCUCACCAAUGUCACAGACACCCGUUUCACUGUGACUGGCCUCACCCAGGACGAGACAUAUGAGUUCAGAGUCAAAGCCAAGAAUGCUGUCGGUUCAGUGAGCAACCCGUCAGUGACUGCUGGACCAGCCACGUGCGUCGACACCUACGGUGCCCCAGAGAUUGAAAUACCUCAGGAGUACUUUAGUGAAGUCAAACACAAGGCUGGCUCUAAUGUGGAGCUCAAGUUUAAUAUCAUAGCCAAACCUGCUCCCACUAUUGAGUGGUUUAAGGAUGGCAGAGAGCUUGAACCCACCUCCCAGCUCUCUUUCAAACACACAUUUGAGUACACCAGUUUGUUCCUGAAGGAAACCACUCGUCUGAAUUCUGGUACCUAUGAGGUCAAGGUGAAGAACUCUCUGGGAUCUGCAUGUGCUGUCGUCAGGCUGCUCAUUCAAGACAAACCAGGCCCUCCUGCUGGAGAGAUCCAGUUUAAGAAGGUUACUGCUGACAACAUAACCAUCAUGUGGUCCCCACCUGCCGAUGAGGGUGGUGCCAUGGUAACUCAUUACAUUGUGGAGAAGCGAGAGACCAGCAGGGUCAUGUGGUCUAUUGUCUCAGAGAAACUGGUCGACUGCAUCGUUAAUGUGCCCAGACUCAUCCAGGGCAAUGAGUACAUCUUCAGAGUCCGUGGAAUAAACAAGUACGGCAUUGGAGACCCGCUGGAGUCCGAGCCUGUAAUUGCAAAGAAUGCAUUUGUUCCUCCUAGCGAGCCAUCCAAGCCUAAAGUGACAAUGAUCACCAAGUCCACCAUGACAGUGAUCUGGGAAAGACCAGCAUUAGAUGGAGGCAGCGACAUCGAUGGAUACUACCUGGAGAAGAGGGAGAAGAGGAGUCUGCAGUGGUUCAAGGUGGUGAAGGGCACCAUCAGAGACACCAGGCAGAAAGUCUCCAACCUGGCGGAGAACAAUGAGUACCAGUACAGAGUUUGUGCUGUCAACAAAGCUGGAGCAGGAAACUACUCAGAGGCUUCUGACCUCUACAAGGCCUAUGACCCCAUCGAUCUGCCUGGUGAGCCAUCCAAGCUGCGUGUGGUUGACUCCACAAAGACCUCCAUCACCCUCGGCUGGGAGAAGCCUGUCUACGAUGGCGGCAGUGAAGUCACACACUACACUUUGGACCAGAUGAACACAGAAGAGAGAGAAUGGGUGACCAUCAACCCAGAGGUCAAGGCCUGCGAGUAUGUGGUGUCACACCUCAAACCUGGACACUACUACUUCUUCAGAGUCUGUGCUGUCAACUGCAAGGGCAAAGGAGAGGACAUCAAAAUGUACCAGCCUGUGCAAGCCAAAGAUAUCUUGGAGGAGGCUGAUUUGGACUUGGAUGUUCCCAUGACAACCCAGUACACAGCCAAGGCAGGCCGUGACGUGGAGGUGUUUAUCCCCCUGAAGGGACGCCCCGCCCCCAAUGUCACCUGGCGCCGAGGUGACCGCAACAUGGCUGGUGACAACCGCUACACCAUCACCAGCACUGAGCGAGCCACUACACUCCUCAUACCCAAGAUCACCCGCGAUGACUGCGGCAAGUAUCUGCUGGAAAUUGAGAACGGCGUGGGAGAACCCAAGAUCAUUACUGUUUCCCUGAAGGUUCUGGACAGUCCAUCCACAUGUCAGAAACUGAUGAUCAAGAACGUCACGAGAGGAAAGCUGACCCUCAGCUGGGAGGCUCCUCUCAUUGAUGGUGGUUCCCCUGUCACUAAUUACAUUGUCGAGAAGAAGGCCUCCACCAUGAAGGCUUACCAGGUGAUCACUGCUGAGUGUGCCAACACAACUUACAAGGUGUCGGGUCUGGAGGAGGAUGUAGCUUACUUCUUCCGUGUGUCUGCUGAAAAUGAGUUUGGUGUGGGUGACACCUGUGAGACCACUGAGCCGGUCAGAGCCACUGAAACUCCAGGAGCUGUUAAACAGCUGAUGAUGGUGGACUCCACAAAGACCUCUGUUACCUUGCAGUGGACCAGACCUGACCACGAUGGUGGCAGCCACAUCACUGAAUACAUCAUUGAGAAGAGAACCAAGGAAGACCCCACCUGGACUUUGGGUGCUACAUGUAAGCGCUGCAGCUGCGAGGUCACGGGACUCAAGGAGAAUGCUGUCAUGGACUUCAGAGUGUUUGCCAAGAAUGAGAAGGGCAACAGCGACUUCUCCCAGAUUGGUCCAAUCACAGUGAUGGACUUCAUCAUUCCACCAGAGGCCAUCCUCAGUGACUACCCCAACGGAGAGCUUGCUGUUCGUAUUGGUCAGAACAUCCACAUUGAACUGCCCUUCAAGGGUAAACCAAGACCAGCAAUCAGCUGGCUGAAGGAUAACUUGCCGCUGAAGGAAAGCGAGAAGAUUCGCUUCAGGACCACUGACAACAAGACUGCAGUCACAGUAAGAGGAGCCAAGAAAGAGCAUGCCGGCCAAUACACCUUGGUCUUGGACAACAGAGUCAUCAAAAACUAUUUUGACAUCAAUGUGAUCACUCUGGGACCCCCCUCAGCACCUGUUGGCCCUAUUCGCUUUGAUGAAAUUAAAGCUCAGAGUAUCAUCAUCUCCUGGGAUGAGCCAAAGGAGGAUGGCGGUGGCGAGAUCACGUGCUACAGCGUGGAGAAACGUGAGACCUCCCAGGCCAAUUGGAAGAUGGUCUGCUCCAGCGUUGUCAGGACCACCUUCAAGAUCCCCAACCUUGUUAAGGGAACUGAGUACCAGUUCAGGGUCCGUGCAGAGAACAAGUAUGGAGUCAGUGAAUCGCUCAACUCCUCAGACAUUGUUGCCCAACACCAGUACAAACCUCCAGGCCCCCCAGGAAAGCCAGUGGCCUUCAAUGUCACCAGUGAUGGUAUGACCAUCAGUUGGGAGGCCCCAGGUUUCGAUGGAGGAUCCCCUAUUUUGGGCUAUCAUAUUGAGAAGAAGGACAGGAAUAGCCUCUUGUGGCAGAAGGUCAACUCCACAAUCAUCUCCAACAAAGAGUACAGAAUCAUUGGUCUCAUGGAGGGAUUGGAGUACUCCUUCAGAGUCUAUGCUGAGAACAAUGCUGGACUUAGCCCUGUUAGUGAACAGAGCAAACAUGCACUGGCUAUCUCCCCUGUUGAUCCACCUGGCAACCCCGUCUGUAUCGAUGUAACCAGAGACUCAGUCACCCUUCAGUGGGACAUCCCCAAGAGGGAUGGUGGCAGCAAAAUUGUAGCCUACAGUGUGGAGAGGCGCCAAGGUAGAGGCAAAUGGCUGAGGUGCAACUUCACUGAUAUCAGUGAAACCCAGUUCACUGUGACUGGUCUGUCUGCUGGAGACAGAUUCGAGUUCAGAGUGAUUGCCAGGAAUGCUGUGGGCACAGUCAGUCCACCAUCUAACUCCUCUGGAUACAUCAUGACCAAGGAUGAGAGCAUUGCUCCUGAGAUUGAAUGGUCUCCAGACCAGGUGGUCACCCUUAGGGCCGGAGAGAACGUUAAGCUCGGCUGCAGCAUCACUGGACGUCCCGUCCCCCAGGUUGUCUGGUACAAGGAUGGCAAAGAGAUCGACAAGAGGACCAUGAUCGACAUUGAGAUUACCACUGGCAUUGGCACCAGCAGUCUGUUUAUUCGUGAUGCUGACAGGAACCACCGUGGAAUCUACACUGUAGAGGCCAAGAACAGCUCUGGUACCAGUAAAGCUGACGUCAACGUCAGAGUACAAGAUACCCCUGGACCUGUCGAGGGACCUAUUCGUUUCACCGGCAUCACGGCUGAGAAAUGCACCGUGUGGUGGAACCCGCCGGAGAACGACGGUUGUGCUGCCAUCACCCACUACGUGGUGGAGAAGAGGGAGACCUCCAGGAUCUCCUGGGCCAUGGUUACCUCCAAGUGUGAAGCCUGCUCUUAUAAUGCCACCAACCUCAUCAAGGGUAACGAGUACCAGUUCAGAAUCUCUGCUGUCAACAAGUUUGGUGUUGGCAAACCACUGGACUCUGAUCCUAUCAUUGCACAGAUGCAAUACACUGUGCCCGAUGCCCCUGGUACUCCAGAUGCCACCCAUGUGACCGGAGACAGCAUCACCCUGUGCUGGACCAGGCCAAGGUCGGACGGAGGCAAUGAGAUCAAACACUACAUCCUGGAGAGGAGAGAGAAGAAGAGCCUGCGCUGGCUGAAGGUUUCCUCCAAGAGGUCCAUCACAGAGCUAAGGCACCGGGUCACCCACCUCAACGAGGGCAACGAGUACGAGUUCCGCGUCAUGGCUGAAAAUGGCGCCGGUGUCGGACCAGCCAGUAGCACCUCCAGGCUCUUCAAAUGCAGAGAACCAACCAGUGCUCCUAGUGCUCCCACAGUGAUCAAGGUUAUUGACUCCACUAAGUCCUCUGUCACCCUGGAAUGGACCAAGCCAGUCUUUGAUGGUGGCAUGGAAAUCAUUGGCUACAAUAUCGACAUGUGUAAGGCCAGUCUGGAGGAGUGGCACAGAGUCAACAGCCAGAUUUGCAUCCACACCAGGUACACUACUAAGGGCCUGGUGCCUGGAGAGCUCUACAAGUUCAGGGUCAGCGCUGUAAAUGGAUCAGGAGAAGGUGAAGCUUCAGAAAUGCCCAAUGCUGUUCAGGCUCUGGACAGACUUACAUCUCCUGAGAUCGACAUUGACGCCAACUUCAAGCAAACUCACAUCGUAAAGAAUGGUGGCAUGGUCACGCUUCACGUGGACUUCCGCGGCAAACCAGCUCCACUUGCUACCUGGUCUAAGGCAGAUGGUGAGCUGCCUGUCAUGGCUGAUGUCAACACCACAGAUUCCUUCUCUACUCUCACCAUUGAAGGUUGCACAAGGUAUGAGGCAGGCAAAUACACCCUGUCUCUGGAGAACAACAGUGGGCGCAAGUCCAUUACAUUUACUGUCAAAGUGCUGGAUACUCCUGGACCUCCAGGUGCUAUCACCUUUAAAGACGUUACCCGGGGAGCCUUGACAAUGAUGUGGGAUGCCCCCACCAAUGACGGCGGAUCCAGAAUCCAUCAUUACAUCGUGGAUAAGCGUGAGGCCAGCCGCCUAGCCUGGCAGGAGGUCAGCAUCAAGUGCUCUCGCCAGAUGAUCAGGGUGACUGGUCUGGAGAUUGGCCUGCCAUAUCUGUUCAGGGUGAUUGCCGUUAACCAGUAUGGCCAGGGAGAACCCCAUGAGCUGACAGAGCCCAUCAUUGCCACAGAAGAACCUCCUCCACCAAAGAGACUGGAUGUUGUCGACACCACCAAUUCCACAGCCUCGCUGGUUUGGCUGAAGCCAGAGCAUGAUGGAGGCAGCCGCAUCAGAGGCUACAUCGUUGAAUUCAGAGCUAAAGGCACUGACCGCUGGGUUGUCUAUGGAGAGACCAAGUCCCAGAAGAUGCUGGUGGAGGGUCUGAUCGAGAACACAGAGUAUGACUUCAGAGUCAAGGCCAAGAAUGAUGCUGGAAUCAGCGAGCCUCAGGGCACGUUCGGGUCUGUGGUCAUUAAGGAACCUCGCAUCGAACCAACCGCUGACCUCAGCAGCAUCACUAACCAGCUCAUCACCUGCAAGACCUCCAGCACCUUCACCAUUGACAUCCCUAUCAGUGGCAGGCCUGCACCCAAGGUCACCUGGAAGCUGGAGGAGAUGAAGCUGAAGGAGACUGACAGAGUGUCCAUCAAGACCACAAAGGAGAGAACCACUCUGGUGGUGAAAGACAGCAAGAGAAGCGAUAGCGGCAAGUACUACCUGACCCUGGAGAAUGCUGCUGGCAUGAAGACGUUCACAGUGACUGUGGUUGUUGUUGGCAGACCAACUCCACCAUCGGGCCCUGUGGAAAUUUCUGGAGUUUCCUCAGAGUGCUGCACCCUGUCCUGGUCUGAUCCAGCUGAUGAUGGGGGCACUGACAUCACCAACUACAUUGUGGAAAAACGAGAGUCUGGCUCUGCCUCCUGGCAAGUGGUGAACUCAAGUGUGAAGAGAACCACCAUCAAAGUGACUCAUCUUACCAAGUACAUGGAGUACACUUUCAGGGUGUGUGCUGAGAACAAGUUCGGAGUUAGCAAGUCCAUUGAGUCUGCUGCUGUUGUUAUUGAGCAUCCAUUCGUUCCUCCGAGUCCACCAACUCGUCCAGAUGUUGUAUCUGUGUCUGCCAAUGCCAUCAGCAUCAAAUGGGAUGUACCAUAUGCAGAUGGUGGCAGCAAGGUGACAGGCUACUGGAUUGAGAAGAAGGAGAGGAACACGAUCCUGUGGGUGAGGGAAAACAAACUGCCCUGCCUGGAGUGUCAUUACAAGGUAUCCAACCUGAUCGAGGGCCUGGAGUACCAGUUCAGGGUGUACGCCAUGAACAUCGCUGGACUCAGCAAGGCCAGUGAGGCCUCCAGACCUGUGGUGGCACUCAAUCCUGUUGAUCCUCCUGGUAAACCCGAGUUGACGGACAUCAGCCGCUCCUCCGUUUCAUUGUGCUGGACCGUGCCGUUCAACGAUGGCGGCAGCAAGAUCGUCGGCUACGUGGUGGAGAAGAAGGUGUACAGCACUGACGAGUGGGACGACAACCGCUGGCUGAAGUGCAACUACACCACCAUCACUGAAAACUACUUCACUGUGACUAACCUGGGAGAGGGAGAGACCUAUGAGUACCGUGUCAUCGCCAAGAAUGCUGCCGGUGUCCACAGCACUCCCUCAGAAUCCACCGGACCGGUCACAUGCAAGGAUGAAUACUCUCCUCCCAAAGCCGAGCUGGACAGCAAGCUGGUGGGUGAGACAGUCAUCGUCUCUGCCGGCUCCGACCUUGUCCUGGAUGGCGUUGUAGGCGGUAAACCAGAGCCUACCGUGCACUGGUCAAAGGGCGACAAGAUUUUGGAACUCGGGGAGAAAUACUCACUGACUUACACCUCCACCAGAGCCAUGGCCGUCAUCAAGAACUGCGACAGAUACGACACAGGCAGAUACAUCCUGACCGUCAAGAACCCCAACGGAACCAAGACUGCUGGCGUCAACGUUAAGGUUCUAGACACACCUGGAGCUCCAGCUGAUAAGCUCGUAAUCAGCAGAGUGACAGAGGAGAAGUGUACGGUGUCCUGGAAGAUUCCUCUGGAGGACGGCGGGGACUCCGUCACCCAUUACAUCGUGGAGCGUCGCGAGACCAGCCGCCUCAACUGGGUCAUCAUGGAGACCGAGUGCAAGACUCUGUCCUGUGUCAGCACCAGGCUGAUCAAGAACAAUGAGUACAUCUUCAGAGUCCGGGGAGUCAACAAGUUCGGACCUGGAGUUCCUCUGGAGUCCGAUCCUGUCAUCGCUAGGAACGCCUACACAAUCCCAUCCCAGCCGGGCACACCGGAAGCUACAGCGGUGGGCAAGGAGCACGUGAUCAUCGAGUGGCUGAAGCCCGAGAGCGACGGAGGCAGCGAGAUCAAAAACUACAUCGUUGAUAAACGAGAGAAGAGCAGCACCAGGUGGACUCGAGUGAAUAGAACUUACACCAUCUACGACACCCGUCUGAAGAUCACAGGCCUGUUGGAGGGAAGCGAGUAUCAGUUCAGAGUGACUGCUGUCAACGCUGCUGGAGACAGUCAGCCGAGCGACGCCUCGCCAUACAUCCUCUGCAAAGACCCCACAUAUACACCAGCUCCUCCGUCAAUGCCUCGCAUCACUGACACGACAAAGCACAGCAUCAGCAUGACCUGGACCAGGCCCAUGUACGAUGGUGGCUCAGACGUCACCGGCUACGUGGUGGAGAUCCUGGAGGAGGGCUCCGAGCAGUGGUACCGCGCCACCACCAAGGCACUCAAGACCAACGAGUACGUGGCCGCGGGCCUGGCAGCCAAUAAGAAGUACAGGUUCAGGGUCGCUGCCAUCAACAACAACGGCACCGGGGAGUUCAGUGAACCGAGUGCUGAGGUUGAGCCCCUGGAGAGAAUUGAAAUGCCCGACCUGGAGCUGGCCGACGACCUGAAGAAAACCGUGUGUCUGCGCUCCGGAGGAACCCUGCGUCUGUUCGUGUUCGUCAGCGGACGGCCGACACCAGUGGUGGCCUGGAGGAAGAAGGGCGUGGAGCUGCAGAGCCGCGGCUACAUUGAGACCACUGAUAGCUACACCUCACUGAUUGUGGAGAAGGUCAAUCGCUACGACUCCGGAAAAUAUGUUGUGGAGGCAGAGAACCCAUCUGGCAAGAAAACUGCCACCAUCCUGGUUAAAGUCUAUGACACUCCUGGUCCUCCAGGUUCUGUGAAGGUGAAGGACUACACCAAGGAGUCCGUUGUGAUUACCUGGGAUGUGCCGAGCAUUGACGGUGGUGCUCACGUCAGCAACUACAUUGUAGAGAAACGUGAAGCCAACAUGAAGUCAUACAAGACUGUCACCACCGAGUGUAGGAAGACCCUGUUCAGGAUCACUGGUCUGGAGGAGGGCGUGCACUACUUCUUCAGAGUCCUGCCAGAGAAUAUCUAUGGUGUCGGUGAGCCCUGCGAGACGAGCGAGGCUGUGCUGGUGUGCGAGGUGCCGUCGGUGCCUCAGAACCUCCAGAUUGUCGAUGUCACCAAGUCCUCUGUCACACUGCACUGGGCGAAGCCACUGCAUGAUGGCGGCAGCAGGCUGACAGGCUAUGUCAUGGAAGCCUGCAAGGUAGGAUCAGACAGGUGGAGCACCGUGGCGACAGUGAAGUCCUCCGUGUCCCAGCAUACCAUCCAAUCCCUGAUGGAGAAAGACCAGUACCUGUUCAGAGUCCGAGCCACCAACAGCAGGGGAACCAGCGAGCCCAUGGACACCGUCACUCCGGUCACAAUCCAGGAUAUCAAGGUGAUGCCCAAGAUCGACAUGACCAGCAUCCCUCAAAAGAUCGUCCACGUGCACCGCGGCAAACCCAUCGACCUCAACAUACCGAUAAAAGCCAAACCACAACCCGUCUGCUCCUGGUUCUUCAGUGGCGUCAAGCUGAAAGACAGCCUGGACCGCAUCAAGAUCGACAGCAACGGAAAAUACACCCACCUCGUCAUCCGUGAGACCACAAUCAACGACACGGGAGACUACAAGCUGGAGGUGAAGAAUGCCAUCGGCACAGCAACCGAGGUCAUCAAGGUCAUCAUCCUCGACAAACCUGGCAUCCCAGUCGGUCCGAUGAAGAUUGAGGAGGUCGACGGCGUGUCGGUGACAGUGAGUUGGGAACCUCCAGAGAAGGACGGCGGGGCCAAUGUCAGCGGCUACGUUGUGGAGCAGCGUGACGCCCACCGGCCAGGCUGGACCACCAUCUCAGAGUCAGUGACCCGACCAUGCUUCAAAUUCACCAGACUCUCAGAGGGAACAGAGUAUGUGUUCCGCGUAGCCGCCAUGAACCGCUUUGGUGUAGGUGGCUUCCUGCAGUCCGAGGUGGUGGAGUGCAAGAGCGCCAAAACCAUCCCUGGACCUCCAAGCAGACCAGAGGUGCUUGACGUCACCCACGAGGGCAUGACCCUGACCUGGCAACCACCCGAGGACAAUGGUGGCUCCACCAUUGCCGGCUACAUCAUUGAACGUAAGGAGGCCCGUUCUGACAGGUGGAUGAAGAUCAACAAGAACCCCGUCACCAUGACCAGGUACCGCUCCUCCGGCCUGAUCGAGGGCCUGGAGUACGAACAUCGUAUCACCGCCAUCAACUCAAGAGGAUCCGGCAAACCCAGCGAGAGUUCCGCCAUCACCGUGGCCAUGGAUCCCAUCGAACCACCAGGUCCUCCAGUUCAGCCCAGAGUCACUGACACCACCAGGACUUCAGUCUCUCUGGCCUGGUUGCCACCUGAAGAGGAGGGUGGUGCAGUGAUUACUGGAUACUUGAUCGAGAUGCAGAAGGUGGACCAGGUGGAAUGGACACUGUGCAACACCACACCCACCAAGAUGUGCGAGUACACCCUCACCCACAUGCCCCAGGGCGCCGAAUACAAGUUCAGGGUCAUCGCCUGCAAUGCUGGUGGUGCCGGAGAGCCUGCUGAGAUUCCUGGAGUGGUUAAAGUCCAGGAGAUGCUUGGUUAUCCUGACUAUGAGCUUGAUCGUAAAUACGAGGAGGGCUACGUGGUGCGGCAGGGCGGAGUCGUCCAUCUGUCUGUGCCCAUCAAGGGUAAACCCAUCCCCUCAUGCAAGUGGACCAAGGACGGACGUGACAUCUCCCACCGCGCCAUGAUUGCCACCCAUGAUGACAUCACCGAACUGGUCAUCAAAGAGGCGCACAAGGACGACACUGGUACCUAUGACCUGGUGCUGGAGAACAAAUGCGGCAGGAAGGCGGUGUACAUCAAGGUGAAGGUGAUCGGUCGCCCAGAUGUCCCAGAAGGCCCUCUGGAGUUUGACGACAUUCAAGCCAGAUCAGUCCGGGUCAGCUGGAGGCCACCUUCAGAUGAUGGCGGCUCCGACAUCCUGGGAUACAUUGUGGAAAGGCGGGAGGUAUCCAAGGCCGCCUGGUAUACAGUGGAUGCCCGGGUCACCGAGAACUCUCUGGUGGUGAAGGGCCUGAAGGAAAACAUGGAGUACCACUUCAAGGUUUCUGCUGAGAACCAGUUUGGAGUCAGCAGAUCUCUCAAGUCUGAUGAGUCCGUCACACCAAAGACACCACUUUGUCCACCAGAACCUCCCAGCAACCCACCAGAGAUCAUGGAUGUGACCAAGUCUACAGUGUCUCUGUCCUGGGCUCGGCCUCGGGACGACGGAGGCUCCCGCGUCACAGGAUACUAUGUGGAAAGGAGGGAGGUGUCGACAGAGAAGUGGGUGCGCCACAACAAGACCCACAUCACCACCACUAUGUACAACAUCACAGGCCUCAUCCCUGAUGCAGAGUACAUGUUCAGAGUGGUGGCUCAGAAUGACAUUGGGCAGAGUGAGCCUGGUCCGACCUCAGAGUCUGUGGUUUGCAAAGAUCCAUUUGAUAAACCAAGCCAGCCGGGAGAGAUCGACAUCAUCUCUGUCACCAAAGACUGCAUCACCAUCCACUGGCUCAGGCCUGAGCAUGAUGGAGGCAAGGAGAUUCUGGGCUACUGGAUUGAGUUCAGGCAGGCUGGGGAGAGCGCCUGGAAGAAGUGCACCAAGGAGCGCUCCAAGGAUCGUCAGUUCACCAUGGGUGGCUUAAUGGAGGCCACAGAGUACGAGUUCAGGAUCUUUGCAGAGAAUGAGACAGGACUCAGCCGACCUCGUCGCACACCCAUGGGCAUCAAGACCAAACUGAGCGUUGGUGAAGCUCCAGCUCUGAAGGACGAGAUCCAAGACGUAACCACCAAGCUUGGUGAGUCUGGCACUCUGACCUGUGGCAUUAUUGGCAGACCACUGCCUGAGAUCAAGUGGUACCGCUACGGCAAGGAACUGAUCCAGAGCCGCAAGUACAAGAUGAGCUCAGACGGCCGUAACCACUCCCUCAGCAUUCUGACAGAAGAGCAGGAAGACGAGGGCCUGUACACCUGCAGGGCCAUCAACGAGGCCGGAGAGAUUGAAACCAGUGGCAAGCUGCGCCUGCAAGCAGCUCCUCAGUUCCAUCCCGGCUUCCCGCUCAAGGAGAAGUACUUCGCCGGGGCUGGCACAAGCCUCCGCCUGCAUGUCGUCUACAUCGGGCGUCCCAUCCCCCAGAUCAUGUGGUUCUAUGGCAAGAAGCCUCUGAAUUCAUCAGAGAAUGUGAUCAUUGAAAACACAGAGAGCUACACCCACCUGGUGGUGAGGAACGUCCAGAGAAAGACAAACGCUGGCCGCUACAAGGUGCAGCUCAGCAACGUGUUUGGAACCGUUGACACUUCGCUACGUGUUGAAAUCCAAGAUAAACCAUGCAUCCCUGAGGGCCCUAUGGUUGUCGAAGGCCUGCUGAAGAGCUCAGUUGUCAUCAGCUGGAAGGCUCCCAAGGAUGAUGGAGGCUCCAUGAUCACAAACUACAUCGUGGAGAAACGUGAGGCCAAAGAAGGUGAACAAUGGCACCUGGUGUCCUCCUCCAUCUCUGGCACCACCUGCCGUGUCCCCAACCUGAUCGAGAGCGCUGGCUACUACUUCAGAGUGUCUGCCCAGAACCAGUACGGAGUCAGUGAGCCUCUGGAGAUCCCAUCAGUGGUCAUCAUCAAGAGUCCAUUCGAAAAACCUGGCAUCCCACAGCAGCCCUUCAUCAUGAGCUCCACCAAGGACUCCUGUGUCGUCUGCUGGAAGCCUCCAAGCAGCGACGGCGGCGCCAAAAUCUCCAACUACUACUUGGAGAAACGUGAGAAGAAGCAGAACAAGUGGAUGUCAGUAACCACAAAGAAGAUCAUGGAAACCAAUUACGAGGUCACAGGCUUGAUUGAGGGCUUCGAGUACGAGUUCCGUGUCAAGUGUGAGAAUGUGGGUGGCGAGAGCGACUGGAGCGAGAUCUCUGCGCCUAUCAUCCCCAAGUCUGAACAGUCUCCUCGUGCUCCCGCAUUCAGGGAGGAGAUCAGGGACAUGACUGUCAAAUACCAAGCCAAUGCCACCUUUGUCACUAAGGUGGUGGGAUAUCCAAAGCCUGUGGUGAAAUGGUACCGCAGUGGAAAGGAAAUCCUGGCAGAUGGAACCAAGAUCAAAGCCCAGGAGUUCAAGGGCGGCUACUACCAGCUGGUCAUCACUUCUGCUGAUGAGAACGACGCCACAGUUUACCAAGUCAGGGCAACCAACUCCUCAGGAUCUAUCUCUACGACAGCCAACCUGGACGUGGAAGUUCCUGCUAAGAUCCACCUGCCCAAAGAGCUUCAGGGAAUGGGAGCAGUCCAUGCUGCGCGUGGUGAUCACAUCACCAUCAAGAUCCCCAUCUCUGGCAAGCCCGAGCCAGCAGUCACUUGGCAGAAGGGUCAGGAGAUCCUCUCCAACUCUCCUUAUUACCAGGUCAUCACCACCAGGUCUUUCACCUCCCUGGUCUUCCACAAGGGAAUGCAGAGGAAGGAUACUGGCUACUAUAUUAUUACUGCAAAGAACAGGUUCGGAACGGACAAGCAAACCAUAGAGGUGAACGUGGCUGACAUACCUGAAGCUCCAAAGGGACUCGUGGUCAGUGACAUUGCACGGGACUCCAUCACCCUGACCUGGGAGCCCCCUGCCCAUGAUGGUGGAAGCGACAUCAUUAGCUACAUCGUGGAGAAGUGUCCCACCACUGCUGACAGGUGGAUCCGAGCUGGACAGACCACUGACUGCAGCAUCACCAUCAUCAACAUAUUCGGAAAGACCAAGUACCAGUUCCGUGUCAUUGCCGAGAACCAGUUUGGCCUGAGCGCUCCUUCUCAGCCGACUGAGCCCAUCACUACAAAGGAAGACAAGUCUGUGAUUAGGAACUACGACGAGGAAGUGGACGAAACCAGAGAGAUCACCAAGGAGGAGGCUCUGUUCUACAAGGUGAAGGAGCUGUCCUCCAAGUACAUCAUCUCUGAGGAGCUUGCUCGCUGCCAGUUCGGAGCGGUCCACCGUUGCGUGGAGAUUGCCACAAAGAAAACCUUCAUGGCCAAGUUCAUCAAGGUCAAAGGAACCGACCGUGAGUUGGUUCUUAGGGAGAUUGAGGCCCUCAACGUGGCAAGGCACAAGAACAUUAUCUACCUGCAUGAGUACUUUGAAAGCAUGGAGGAGAUAAUCCUGAUCUUUGAAUUCAUCUCUGGAGUUGACAUCUUUGAGCGCCUUGGCACCAGCAACUUCGAGCUGACAGAGCAGGAGAUUGUCCGCUACCUGAGACAGGUCUGCUCUUCCCUCAAGUUCUUGCACAGCCACAACUUCGGCCACUUUGAUAUCCGCCCAGACAACAUUGUCUACACCACAAGGAGAAGCACCACCAUAAAGAUUAUUGAGAUGGGCCAGGCUAGGCUGUUGGUGCCUGGAGAGAACAUCAGAAUGUUGUUCUCAGCUCCGGAGUACUAUGCCCCUGAGGUCCAUCGCCAUGACCUCGUCACGACAGCCACUGAUAUGUGGUCUGUUGGUGUUCUGGCCUAUGUUCUGCUCAGUGGCCUUAAUCCGUUUGCAGCAGAGUCCACUACAAAAAUGAUUGAGAACAUUUCCAACUGUGAGUACAUCUUUGAAAGUGAAGCAUUCAGGGACAUCAGCCUGGAAGCUAUGGACUUUGUGGACAGACUUCUAGUCAAGGACAGGAAGCUCCGUAUGACAGCCCAUGAGGCUCUGGAGCACCCAUGGCUCAAGAUGAAAAUUGAGAAUGUCAGCAAAAAGACAAUCAGGACCCUGAGACACAGGAGGUACUACCAGACUCUGGUGAAGAGGAUCGAUACCAUUGUAUCAGCAGCUCGCAUUGCGUAUGGCGGCGCCUUCAAGAACCAGAGAGGAUUGGCUGUGGGUAAAGUGAAGAUUGGAACUGAGUACCACGGCCUCCGCGCUGGUCCAGUCAUGCAUGGCUCAGCCGAGGAAGGCGGCCAUGUCAGAUUCACCUGUAGUAUCGCCAGCUACGACAAGAGCACACAGGUGUCAUGGUACUUCGGGAACCGUCAGCUACACCCGAGCCCCAAGUAUGAGAUUACUUACAGUAACGGUUUUGCCAGCAUUUAUGUAAAGGACAUUGAAGAGAGUGAUGAUGGUGUGUACAGAUGCAAGGUGGUGAGCGAUGAUGGAGAGGACAGUGCUUAUGGAGAGCUCUUUGUUGAGACAGUGAGGAGCAUCAGAGAGCACUACAUCAGCCGCUCCAUCAAGAAACUGAGGAGGAGAGUUGACAAGACUAUGGUCCUGCGGAGACCACCAGAGUUCACUUUGCCGCUCUACAACCGCUCCGCCUACAUCGGCGAAGACGUCCGCUUCGGUGUCACUAUCACUGUGCACCCAGAGCCUCAGGUAACAUGGCUCAAGAAUGGAGAGAAAAUUAAGCCAGGUGAUGAUGACAGCAAGUACACAUUCACCAGCGACAAGGGUCUGUACCAGCUGAUGAUCCACAACCUGGACAUGAGCGAUGAUGCUGAAUACACAGUCAUGGCCCAUAAUAAGUUUGGAGAAGACAGCUGCAAGGCUCGUCUCACUGUAGCACCUCAUCCUGUGCUGGAGGAAACUAUGAGGCCCAUGUUCAAACGUCUGCUGGCCAAUGUUGACUGCACCGAGGGCCACAGUGUCCGCUUCGAACUCCGAGUCUCAGGAAUCCCAAAUCCUACUCUGAAGUGGGAGAAGGAUGGUCAACCACUACAGUUUGGCCCCAAGGUGGUUGUCAUACAGGAGGACGUUGACUACCACGUCCUGCACAUCAGAGAGACUCUGCUUGAGGACUCAGGUGUGUACAAGGUUACUGCAACCAACUCCACUGGCUCUGCAAGCUGCCAGGCCACACUAAAGGUCGACCGCCUCACCUACACCAGGAGAGAGUACAAGAGCGAGGAGGAGAAAUACAGACACGUUCAGAAACAAAUUGAAAAGACGAAUAAGAUGGCUCAGCAAAUUGUCGCCACCGAGGAGCACGUACCUUUCAACCCCACAGCCCAGGAGGCCCUCAAAUUUGCUGCCGAGAUGUACAAGCCUGCAGUGAGCACCAAAAACGUUGAGGGUGAGUUCGACAUCACAGUGGAGAAGUCAGAGACCAAGAAGCUGGAGGAGGAGAGGAGGAUCUUCAUGCCAUAUGAGAUCCCUGAGCCUGUAGUCCAUGAUCCCAGAGUUCUGGAUGAAGACAAAGCCAUCAGGCAGUUUGUGCCUCUGUCGGACAUGAAGUGGUACAGAAAGCUGAGAGACCAGUAUGAGAUUCCAGAGAGGAUGGAGAGGAUUGUGCAGAAGAGACAGAGACGUAUUCGCCUGUCCAGGUGGGAACAGUUCUAUGUCAUGCCCCUCCCCCGAAUCACCGACCAGUACAGGCCAAGAUGGCGUAUUCCAAAACUCAGUCUGGAUGAUCUGGAGACUGUCAGACCUGCACGCCGUUCGCCCUCUCCCGAAUCAGAGGUGUCCUUCAGAUCCAGAAGGAGAUCUCUGGGAGACCUUAGUGAUGAGGAGCUGCUGAUGCCUGUGGACGACUACCUUUCCAUGAGGAGAACAGAAGAGGAGAAAAUGAUGCUGGAGGAUGAACUUGAGCUCGGCUUCUCUGCCUCUCCCGCUGGCAGCCCUGUCCGCGUUGAACGGCGCGCCAUGGAACAUGAAGAGAGGAGGCAGGAGGUUAGACACGAGGCCGUCGAGGUUUCUGAGACAAAGAAGAAACGGACUGUUUCUCAGUUCAUGAGGAGGAGAAGGUCGUUGUCCCCUACAUACAUCGAACUGAUGCGUCCAGUCUCGGAGCUGAUCAGACCACCACGUGCCAGGGCUCCUGUGGAGGUAGAGGGAGAGAUCGUGGAGAGGAGGUCCCCCACCCCAGAGAGGACCCGUCCCCGCUCUCCCAGCCCCAUCAGAUCAGUUGAGAGGUCAUCCCGUUCCUCCUCCAGGUUUGAGCGGUCUGCCCGCUUUGACAUCAUGUCCCGCUACGAAGCCAGAAAGGCUGCUCUGAAGUCUGAGAGGAAAUACCAGGUGGUAAGCCAGACACCUUUCAGCCUGGAUCACGCCCCCCGUGUGACCGUCAGGAUGCGCUCUCAUCGCAUACCAAUUGGUCAAGACACCAAAUUCACCCUGAACAUCCAAACCAAGCCAGAGGCCGAGGUCAAGUGGUUCCACAAUGGAACCGCCAUCUCUGAAAGCAGCGAGAAAUACAUUUUCUCCAACAUGAGCGGCGUUCUGUCCAUCACUAUCCUGGAGUGCCAGGAAGAGGACAGUGGCACAUACCGCUGUGUGUGCUCCAACUCCAAGGGAGAGGCAUCAGACUAUGCCACCCUGGAUGUGUCAGGUGGCGGCUACACCACCUUCUCCUCUCGCCGCAGGGAUGAAGAAGCCCCUAAAGGCCAUGUCCCUGAAGUAACUCGAAUUGACCACUAUCACACUGCCCACUUCAAAGCUGGCUACGCCUCGCAGACACACUUUGAGGUGGAGGAGAGCAAGUCUAAGCUAACCGAGACACAUGAGGUUGUGACACGUGAAAGAUAUGCCACUUCCUCUGAGCGCUACUCCUCCGCUGAGAGGUAUGACUCAUCUGUGAAAUACGCCUCCACUGAAUACCUGUCAUCUGGUUCCUCCUACUCAUCUGACAAAUUUUCAACUGGAAAACACGCCAUAUCUGAAACUAAACUUAAAUCAUCCACUGCUGCUGUAGCUGAGGAAGUGUCUGUCCACAAGGUGAAGCCUCCUCUUCCGGCCAGAAUCCUCACCAAGCCUCAGUCUGUGACCGUCGCAGAGGGAGAGACAGCCAGAUUCUCCUGUGACAUUGAUGGGGAACCUGCACCCACUGUGACAUGGAUGCAUGAGAGCAGAACUGUUGUCUCAUCUCACCGUGUCCACGUCACCACAACUCAGUACAAGUCCAGCCUGGAGAUCUCCUCUGUGACGUCCUCCGAUGAGGGCAGUUACACGGUGGUUGUAGAGAACUCCGCAGGCCGACAGGAGGCUCACUUCACUAUAACCAUCCGCAGAGCAGCUCACAAAGAAGAGGUGAAGGCUGUCAAAUCCCCUGAGCCAUCUGUAAAGUCACCGGAGCCUUUUGUCACAUCACCUACUCCCUCCAUAACUUCCCCUGUCCCCAGUGUGAAGUCACCUGAACCCAGCAUCAAGUCCCCCGAGCCUUCAGUUAAAUCACCAGCUCCAAGUGUUAAGUCCCCUGAGCCAAGUGUAACAUCUCCUGCUCCAAGUGCGAAGUCACCCACACCAGGUGUGAAGUCACCCACACCAAGUGUGAAGUCACCCACACCAGGUGUGAAGUCACCUACACCAGGUGUGAAGUCACCUACACCAAGUGGGAAGUCACUUACACCAGGUGUGAAGUCACCUACACCAGGUGUUAAGUCUCCUGAACCAGAGGGAAUCAAAUCCCCUAGGAGCAUCAGGUCUCCUGAGCCUCCCUCUCCAGCACCUGGCUUAAAAUCACCAGCUCCAGGUGUCAAAUCUCCUGAACCUGAAGGAGUAAAGUCUCCACGGGGUAUUAAGUCUCCAGAACCUAGACUCAAGUCACCGCCACCAACUAAGUCUCCAGAGAGAGUGAGGUCACCUGAACCUGAGGGAGUAAAAUCCCCUCGGGGUCUCAAAUCUCCAGAACCUGUAGGACUCAGAACACCAAAAGGUGUGAAGUCCCCAGAACCUGUUGGAAUCAAAACACUGAAAGGCAUCAGGUCCCCAGAACCUUCAGGCAUCAAAUCACCCAGGGCCUUAAAGUCCCCUGAGCCCGAGGGAAUCAAAUCACCUCCAAGGAUGAAGUCUCCUCCACCAAUUAUGUCCCCCAAGAGGGUUGUCUCCCCACCCACGGUCAAAUCCCCAACCCCGAAACCUCCCAAGGUCCUAAGCCAACUAACAGCUGAGGCCCAUGAGGGCUCCGUGAGGAUGUCCUGCGUCUGCGAGAGCAGUGUCAGGGAGGUGGUGUGGUUUGUCAAUGGGAGGAGACUUUCGCAGAGCAGCCACUUUGAGAUGCACUACUCCGAGGGCUCCUGCAGCCUUCUCAUCCAUGAUUUGGCGGACAGUGAUCAGGGAGAGUACACCUGCGAGAUGACAUCAGAGGGAGGAGUAUCCAAAUCCUCCUUCUCCUUCACCGGACAGGUGUUCCAGUCCAUACGCAUGAAGAUCACAUCCUACCGUGAGCAGCAGUUGGCACUUAAAGGAUCAAUGAUGAUGAGUCACAAGGAGUCAUCGUCAUCCAUGAGCUCAGCUAUGAUGAUGAAGAAGGAAAUCCACACGAUGGAGGAGUCGUCCUCCUUUUCUUCCUCCAGCCAGCAAGCAAUGAUGUCAUCCAUGAUGGAGUCCAGCUCCUUCAGCGGCAUGGCAGCUGAGAUGAAGUUUGAGACCAUGUCCAUGUCCAGCAUGUCUUCAAUGGCAUCUGAGUCAUAUGCAAUGAGCUCCAGCAGCCUCACUGAGAUGGCCUCCCACAUGGAGGGAUCCUCAUUUAGAGCCAUUGGUUCUGCUCCCAGGAUCGAGGCUCUGCCGGAGGACAUCAGCAUUGAGCCGGGCAAAGUCCUGACAGUCGCUUGUGCCUUCUCUGGUGACGCCAAACACAUUGAGUGGUCCCGCAGCGGUAAAACCAUCGAGGUGACUGUCGGCGGACGCUUCCACAUAGAGACCACAGAGGACCUGACCACCCUCAUCAUCACCGGAGUUAAGGAGGAAGACGCUGGAAUCUACACCCUCAAACUGUCCAACGAGCUAGGAUCGGACACAGCGAUUGUUCACAUUAGUAUUCGCUCAGUGUAAAAAAAAAAAAAAAUCUAAUCCUCCCCUCUUCCCUACUUCCAUGCCUUUUUAUUUAUUAAUUAAGCGAAUUAAUCUACUUGAUAAAGAUCUGGAUUUCUCUUCUUGUAAAUAUGAACUAUUUUUGUACCAAUCUUGACAUUAAUUUAUGCCAAACUAGACUAAAGUCUAAAGUUGUUAUAAAAUGUGCCAUAUUGGACAAUUAUGACUUAGGAUUUUUGAUCCGUUUUUCUGUGACAUGUACAUAAUGUAUAUAGCCGAAUUUAACGGUUAUGGGAAAUGUAUGCAUUGUUAUUUAUGACAAUAAUAUUAACUGAAACAAAAUGAAACUAAAUGUAGUUUAACAGGAGAAAGUUUCACCAGGAACGAAUACCCUGUUAAACUGAGAAACUAAACUCUGUGCCUCAACGAAAAGUUGAAGUCUUAAGAUUGCCUCAACAGGUGGAGAGGCUCCCUGUUGAUGUUAACUCAAUCAGAGACAAAACUAUGAAUGCACUGCUGGAGAGUGAGAGCAGUGCUGUUACAAUCUAAUGAGAGCGAGAUCCUGAGUGCUGUUUGCAUUUACCCUCAUGUAAGCAGGACGACUGGACCUCGCUCUCUGACUGAUUAUGUCAUACCGCCAUUUUGAUGACAUGCUCACAGUGCGAGCGGCCUGCACUCCCUGAGCACAAAUGUUUCUUUUUUGUUUUGUGCUCUGCUUCUGGCAAACGACCACUCGCUCGGCUCCUCAGUCGUACCAUCAACCUGGCCAAACGAGAGUCCGUCCUGUGCUUGUUUGCAGAGGCAGAGCUGUCUCUUGGAGGUCUGCAGUGUGUUUGUUUGUUAGUUUGUAGAAAUUCACCUGUCAGUCAAGCUGGGCGCCAUCAAGCAGAUGUACCGCAGCCAAAACCAACCGCUGCUGGUGAUGCAGUCACUGAGGACAAAAUGAAGCGUGGUCUUGUGUGUUGCCCCGCACUUUGGUUUGAUUGAAGUUAGAGUUGUAGAGUAGAUUAUUUUUGCAGCCUCCUUGGGUUUUUCUCCAAUUAUUGAUUUAAUAAAGCAUGAUUAUCAGCACUA